UCCCAGCCUCGCCUCGGGUGUAGGGAUUGCAUAAAGCAAAACUACACUGUUUCGACUGUGUAGUUUUGUUUUUAGGUUUAGAGGCUCAACGAUUCAUGUCUGGGAUUGUCUAAAAAACCAACUCUGGAUAAGGACGUCGUUUCAGAAGGAACACUGGGCUUUGCCCACCCUUUUUAGGCACUCUUGAGAAAUCAGAGUGCCUAAAAAGAUGGCGACUCAAGCCCCUACGUUCACACAGCCAUUACAAAGUGUUGUGGCACUGGAGGGUAGUGCCGCAACCUUUGAGGCUCAUAUUAGUGGUUUUCCAGUUCCCGAGGUGAGCUGGUUUAGGGAUGGCCAGGUUCUUUCCGCUGCGACGCUGCCCGGCGUGCAGAUCUCUUUUAGCGAUGGCCGCGCUAAAUUGACGAUCCCCGCCGUGACAAAAGACAACAGUGGAAGAUAUUCCCUGCGAGCCACCAAUGGAUCUGGACAAGCGACUAGUACUGCUGAACUCCUCGUUACAGCAGAAACAGCGCCCCCCAACUUCGUACAAAGACUACAGAGCAUGACCGUGAGACAAGGAAGCCAAGUCCGCCUGGAAGUUAGAGUGACUGGAAUCCCUACACCUGUGGUGAAGUUCUAUCGGGACGGAGCAGAAAUCCAAAGCUCCUUUGAUUUUCAGAUUUCACAAGAAGGCAACCUCUACAGCUUAUUAAUUGCAGAAGCUUAUCCCGAAGACUCUGGAACCUAUUCAGUAAAUGCUACAAAUAGUGUUGGAAGAGCUACUUCAACUGCAGAAUUACUGGUUCAAGGCGAAGAAGUAAUACCCGCUAAAAAGACAAAAACAAUUGUUUCGACUGCUCAGAUUUCCCAAACAAGACAAACUCGAAUUGAAAAGAAAAUUGAAGCCCACUUUGAUGCCAGAUCAAUUGCGUCUGUUGAAAUGGUCAUAGAUGGUGCCACUGGACAACAGCUGCCCCACAAAACACCUCCAAGGAUACCUCCUAAGCCUAAGUCAAGAUCUCCAACUCCACCGUCCAUUGCUGCAAAAGUUCAGCUGAGCCGCCAGCAGUCUCCAUCCCCAGUUAGACAGUCACCAUCUCCCGUCAGACAUGUUCGGGCACCAACCCCAUCUCCUGUCAGGUCUGUGUCUCCAGCUGGAAGGAUUUCCACAUCACCCAUUAGACCUGUGAAGUCCCCAUUACUGAUGCGGAAGACACAGACCACCAUAGCUACUGGUCCUGAGGUGCCUCCCCCUUGGAAGCAAGAGGGCUAUGUAGCUACCUCCGAAUCACAAAUGAGGGAAACCACAGUGACAAGUUCAACACAGAUUAGAACUGAAGAAAGAUGGGAAGGCAAAUAUGGUAUCCAAGAGCAAGUGACCAUCAGUGGAGCUGCCGGGGCUGAAGUCAGUGCUGCAAGUGCAGCCUUUGCUGCUGGAGUUGCAGCCACUGGUGCUAAAGAGGUGAGACAAGAAGCCGACAAGAGCGCAGCUGUUGCGACCGUUGUUGCCGCAGUUGAUAUGGCCAGAGUGAGAGAACCAGUAACGAGUGCUGUAGAACAGACUGCAAUGAGGACAACCACGACUGCAGUGCAUGUACAACCUGUUCAAGAGCAGACAAGAAAAGAAGCAAAGACUGCUACAACCAAGGUAGUAGUUGCUACUGAUAAAGCCAAGGAACAGGAAUUAAAAUUGAAAACCAGAGAAGAAAUUACUACCAAGAAAGAACAAAUACACAUAACUCAAGAAAAGAUGAGAAAAGAAACCGAGAAAGCCUUUGUACCGAAGGUAGUAAUUACCGCUGCUAAAGCUAAAGAACAAGAAACUAAAACUGCUGAAGGAAUAAGACAGCAACAAGUACAAGUAACUCAAGAGACGAUGAGGAAGGAAGCCGAGAGCACUGCAGUAGCUAUGGUGGUAGCUGCCUCUGACAAACUUGAAGAACAAGAAACAGUGCUGAGAGCUAGAGAAGAGCUUGUCUCAAUACAAGAACAAAUGCAUAUAACUCAUGGAGAGAUGAGAAAAGAAACUAGGAAAACAGUGGUACCUAAAGUCAUAGUUGCCACUCCUAAAGUCAAAGAACAAGAAACAAUAUCAAGAACUAGAGAAGAAAUCGCUACUAAGCAGGAACAAUUACACAUAACACAAGAAAAGAUGAGGAAGGAAGCUGAGAAACUUGCUCAUUCUACAAUAGCAAUUGCAGCUGCUAAAGCCAAAGCUCAAGAAACUACACUGAGAAGUAGAGAAGGAAUGGCCGUCAGACAUGAACAAUUUCAUGUUACUCAUGAAAAGAUGAGAAAAGAAGCUGAGAAAACCACAGCACCUACUGUUGUAGUUGCUACCACUAAAUCCAAACAGGAUGCAAUAUCAAGAACUAGAGAAGGAAUUUCUACCCAACAAGAACAAGUACACAUAACCCAUGAAAAGGUGGGAGCUGGGAAAAAGGCCGAAGCCGUGGCCACCGUUGUUGCUGCAGUCGAUCAAGCCCGUGUGAGAGAGCCCCGAGAGCCAGGGCAUUUCGAAGAAUCUUACGGGCAACAGACAACUUUGGAGUAUGGCUAUAAGGAGCAGAUCUCCGAAACCAGAGUCAUUGAGCAUCCCCAGCGUCCGGUUUCAGAACCUCAUGUUGUCCCUAAAGCAGUCAAGCCCGCAGUGGUACCAGUGCCUUCUGAAACGCAUAUCUCAACAACAGAUCAAAUGGGAAUGCACAUAUCAUCACAGAUCAAGAAAACGUCAGAUCUGACAACCGAAAGAUUAGUCCAUGUGGAACACAAACGUCCUCGUACAGCAAGUCCUCACUUUACCGUUUCAAAAAUUUCUGUUCCUAAAACGGAACAUGGACAUGAGGUAUCAAUAGCAGGCAGUGCUAUUGCUACGCUACAAAAAGAAUUGUCGACCACUUCUGUUCAGAAGAUUACCAAGCCAGUGAAGGCUCCUACCGUCAAGCCAGUUGAUACUAGAGUAAGGGUGGAGCCCACCCCUUCACCACAAUUUCCCUUUGCUGACACACCUGAGACAUACAAAAGUCAUGCUGGAAUUGAAGUGAAGAAGGAGGUAGGAAUGAACAUCACUGGUGAGACAGUCCGUGAAGAGCAUUAUGAAGUACUGAAAGGACGAGAAACAAAGGUUACAGAGACAGCUAGAGUGCCUGCACCAGCAGAAGUUCCUGUAACUCCACCAACAUUAGUCUCAGGCCUAAAGAAUGUGACAGUCAUAGAAGGUGAAUCUGUUACUUUGGAAUGCCAUAUCUCUGGCCACCCAUCGCCGACGGUGAUGUGGUACAGAGAAGAUUACCAAAUCGAAAGUUCCAUUGAUUUCCAGAUUACUUUCCAGUCCGGCAUUGCUCGACUGAUGAUUCGAGAAGCCUUUGCAGAAGACAGUGGGAGGUUUACUUGUACUGCUGUCAAUGAGGCUGGAACUGUCAGUACUUCAUGCUAUUUAGCAGUACAAGUUUCAGAAGAGUUUGAAAGCAGAGAAACAACUGCUGUUACUGAAAAAUUAACUACAGACACAAAACGCUUUGUGGAGUCAAAAGAUGUGGUAAUGGUGGAGACUAGCAUCGCAGAAGAGCAAGCUGGUCCUGGAGAACCUGCUGCUCCUUUCUUUAUAAGAAAGCCAAUAGUACAGAAAUUAGUUGAAGGUGGGAGCAUCGUUUUUGAGUGCGUGAUUGGAGGCAACCCAAAACCCCAUGUGUACUGGAAAAAAGCAGGUGUUCCUCUCACCACUGGAUACAGGUACAAAGUAAGUUACAAUAAGCAAACUGGUGAAUGCAGGCUGGUGAUUUCCAUGACUUUUGCUGACGAUGCUGGUGAAUAUACUGUCGUUAUUCGUAAUAAGCAUGGGGAAACUUCCGCAUCCGCCUCCUUACUAGAAGAAGCUGAUUACGAGUUGUUGAUGAAGUCACAGCAUGAAAUGCUUUACCAGACACAAAUGACUGCAUUUGUUCAAGAGCCCAAGGUUGGGGAGAUGGCACCUGGGUCCCCCUACCCUGAAUAUGAAAAAGAAUAUGAAAAAGAACAAGCCUUGAUUAGGAAGAAAAUGGCUAAAGAUACGGUUCUGGUCAGAUCUUUUGUAGAGGACCAGGAAUUCCAUAUUUCUUCCUUUGAAGAGAGACUUAUUAAAGAAAUUGAAUACAGAAUUAUAAAGACUACAUUAGAAGAACUUCUUGAAGAAGAUGGUGAAGAAAAGAUGUCAGUUGACAUUUCUGAGUCUGAAACUAUUGAAGCAGGAUUUGACUUACGAAUAAAGAAUUACAGAGUAGUUGAGGGAAUGAGUGCUACUUUCCAUUGCAAGAUGUCUGGAUAUCCAUUACCCAAGAUUGCAUGGUACAAAGAUGGCAAGCGCAUCAAACAUGGUGAACGAUACCAAAUGGACUUUCUUCAGGAUGGCAGGGCUAGUCUGCGCUUACCUGUUGUUCUUCCAGAAGAUGAAGGAAUCUAUACAGCAUUUGCCAGCAAUAUCAAAGGGAAUGCAAUUUGCUCAGGCAAACUUUAUGUGGAACCUUCUGCACCAUUUGGAGCUCCAUCUUAUCUGCCAACACCAGAUACAAUGAGCAGAAUUCGAUCAGUCUCUCCCCGUUCUUUAAGCCGUUCUCCUGCACGAAUGUCUCCUGCUUAUAUGUCUCCUGCCCGUAUGUCUCCUGUCCGAAUGUCUCCUGCCCGAAUGUCUCCUGCCCGCAUGUCACCUGCACGCAUUUCUCCGGGACGUCGUCUGGAUGAAACAGAUGAGUCACAACUGGAAAGACUUUAUAAACCCGUCUUCGUAUUAAAACCCACCUCAUUCAAAUGUUUAGAAGGACAGACUGCCAGAUUUGACUUAAAAGUUGUUGGCAGACCUAUGCCAGAGACUCUCUGGUUUCAUAAUGGCCAGCAGAUUGUCAAUGAUUAUACUCAUAAAGUAGUAAUUAAAGAAGAUGGCACACAAUCACUGAUCAUUGUUCCUGCCACACCUGAGGAUUCAGGAGAGUGGACGGUGGUUGCCCAGAACAGAGCAGGGAAAUCAUCCAUCUCGAUGACUUUAACUGUUGAAGCUGUGGAACACCAGGUGAAACCGAUGUUUGUGGAAAAACUGAAAAAUGUCAAUGUAAAGGAAGGUUCUAGACUCGAGAUGAAAGUCAGGGCUACUGGCAAUCCAAAUCCUGACAUCGUUUGGUUGAAAAACAGUGACAUUAUUGUACCUCAUAAAUAUCCAAAAAUCAAAAUUGAAGGAACCAAGGGAGAAGCUUUCCUAAAAAUUGAUUCCGCUGUCAGCCAUGAUUCUGCGUGGUAUACUGCAACAGCUAUCAACAAGGCUGGUCGAGACACCACAAGGUGUAAAGUCAAUGUUGAAGUUGACUUUGCAGAACCUGAACCAGAAAGAAAACUAAUUAUUCCACGUGGGACAUAUCGUGCCAAAGAGAUUGCAGCACCAGAACUGGAGCCUCUCCAUUUACGAUAUGGUCAAGAACAAUGGGAAGAGGGUGACCUCUAUGACAAGGAGAAACAACAGAAACCAUUCUUCAAGAAAAAACUCACCUCUUUAAGGCUCAAGCGCUUUGGACCUGCUCACUUUGAAUGCAGACUCACACCAAUUGGUGAUCCAACCAUGGUGGUGGAAUGGCUCCAUGAUGGCAAGCCACUGGAAGCAGCCAACAGGCUUCGCAUGAUCAAUGAAUUUGGAUAUUGCAGCCUUGACUAUGGAGUCGCCUACUCCAGGGACAGUGGUGUUAUCACUUGCAGAGCCAGUAAUAAAUAUGGAACUGAUCAUACAUCAGCCACCCUUAUUGUUAAAGAUGAGAAAAGUCUUGUUGAAGAAUCUCAAUUACCUGAAGGGAGGAAAGGGUUGCAGAGAAUUGAGGAACUAGAGAGGAUGGCCCAUGAGGGUGCACUUACUGGAGUAACAACUGAUCAAAAAGAGAAGCAAAAACCUGACAUCGUUUUGUUUCCAGAGCCAGUCAGAGUACUUGAAGGAGAAACUGCUCGGUUUCGCUGCCGUGUGACAGGCUACCCACAGCCCAAGGUGAACUGGUACCUCAACGGACAGCUCAUCCGCAAAAGCAAGAGGUUUAGAGUGCGUUAUGAUGGCAUCCAUUACCUUGAUAUAGUAGAUUGCAAGUCCUAUGACACGGGAGAAGUGAAGGUCACUGCUGAAAACCCUGAAGGGGUGACCGAACAUAAAGUAAAACUAGAGAUUGAACAGAGGGAAGACUUCCGGUCCGUCCUUCGUCGAGCCCCUGAACACAAGCCUGAAAUUCAUUAUCAUGAGCCUGGAAAACUUCAGUUUGAGGUACAGAAGGUAGAUAGGCCUGUUGAUGCCAAAGAAACCAAAGAAGUGGUAAAACUGAAAAGGGCUGAACGAAUUACCCACGAGAAAGUGUCCGAAGAAUCAGAAGAGUUACGCAGUAAAUUCAAACGCAGAACAGAGGAGGGAUACUAUGAAGCCAUUACAGCAGUAGAGCUCAAAUCUCGGAAGAAAGAUGAGUCCUAUGAAGAGCUGCUAAAGAAGACCAAGGAAGAACUUCUCCACUGGACCAAGGAGUUAACUGAGGAAGAGAAGAAAGCCCUCAUGGAAGAAGGCAAAAUCACAAUCCCAACCUUUAAACCAGAAAGAAUUGAACUUAGUCCAAGUAUGGAGGCUCCCAAAAUCUUACAACGAAUUCAAAGCCAAACAAUAGGCCAAGGAACUGAUGCCCAUUUCCGAGUGAGAGUAGUAGGGAAACCAGACCCUGAAUGCGAAUGGUAUAAAAAUGGAGUCAAGAUUGAGCGAUCUGACCGGAUCUACUGGUACUGGCCUGAAGAUAAUGUUUGUGAAUUGGUUAUAAGAGAUGUGACAGCUGAGGACUCAGCCAGCAUCAUGGUGAAAGCCGUCAACAUAGCUGGGGAAACCUCAAGCCAUGCUUUCUUGCUUGUCCAAGCCAAACAGUUGGUCACUUUCACACAGGAACUGCAAGAUGUUGUUGCUAAGGAAAAAGACACCAUGGCAACCUUUGAAUGUGAAACUUCAGAGCCAUUUGUCAAAGUGAAAUGGUUUAAGGAUGGUGUGGAGGUUCAUUCUGGAGAUAAAUAUAGAAUGCACUCUGAUAGAAAGGUCCACUUCCUUUCUGUACUGACAAUUGACAUGUCUGAUGCUGAGGACUACAGCUGUGUACUUGAAGAAGAUGAAAACAUAAAAACAACAGCUAAGCUUCUUGUUGAAGGUGCAGUUGUUGAGUUUGUGAAAGAACUUCAGGAUAUCGAAGUGCCAGAGUCUUUUUCAGGGGAGCUAGAAUGCAUCAUUUCCCCUGAAAAUGUGGAAGGCAAAUGGUAUCAUGGUGAUGUUGAACUCAAAUCCAACGGAAAAUACACCAUUACAUCUCGCCGUGGGCGUCAAAAUCUCACCGUCAAGGAUGUAACCAAGGAAGACCAGGGUGAAUAUAGCUUCAUUGUAGAUGGGAAAAAGACCAGCUGCCAUCUAAAGAUGAAACCCCGCCCCAUAGCUAUUCUCCAAGGACUCAGUGAUCAAAAAGUCUGUGAAGGUGACAUUGUUCAGCUCGAAGUUAAGGUUUCUUUGGAAAAUGUGGAAGGUGUCUGGAUGAAAGAUGGACAGGAAGUAGAGCCCAAUGAUCGGAUCCACAUCGUGAUAGAUAAACAAUCACACAUGUUACUCAUUGAGGACAUGACCAAGGAAGAUGCUGGUCAUUAUUCCUUCACCAUCCCUGCUCUAGGACUUUCAACUAGCGGACGAGUCUCUGUUUACAGUGUGGAUAUAAUAACACCUCUAAAAGAUGUCAAUGUUAUCGAGGGCACAAAGGCCAUCCUGGAAUGCAAAGUCUCUGUUCCCGACGUGUCUUCUGCUAAAUGGUACCUAAAUGAUGAACAAAUCAAACCUGAUGACCGUGUCCAAGCAAUCAUCAAAGGAACUAAGCAGCGGUUGGUGCUUAAUCGAACUCAUGCUUCUGAUGAAGGACCUUACAAGUUGAUGGUUGGCAGAGUUGAAACCAGUUGCAAUCUCACUGUAGAAAAAAUCAAAAUCAUCAAAGGUCUUCGUGACCUGACCUGCACAGAGACCCAAAAUGUGGUCUUUGAGGUGGAGCUCUCUCAUGCUGGAAUUGAUGUCUUAUGGAAUUUUAAAGAUAAGGAGAUCAAACCUAGCUCUAAAUACAAAAUUGAAGCUCAUGGGAAAAUAUAUAAGUUGACAGUCCUAAAUAUGAUGAAAGAUGAUGAAGGACAAUAUACAUUUUAUGCAGGAGAAAAUACGACAUCUGGAAAACUUACAGUAGCAGGAGGUGCUAUUUCCAAGCCACUCACUGAUCAAACUGUAGCUGAAUCCCAGGAAGCUGUGUUUGAAUGCGAAGUCGCCAACCCAGAUUCAGAAGGCGAAUGGCUCAAAGACGGCAAACCUUUAGCAAUGAGUAACAACAUCAAAAGUGAAGCUGAACAUCAUAAGAGAAGACUUAUUAUUGUGGCCACCAAAUUAGAUGAUAUUGCAGAAUACACUUACAAAGUGGCUACCUCCAAGACAUCUGCCAAACUCAAAGUUGAAGUUGUCAAAAUAAAGAAGACACUAAAGAACUUGACCGUGACAGAAACACAAGAUGCCGUUUUUACUGUUGAGCUGACCCACCCUGAUGUGAAAGGAGUUCAGUGGAUUAAAAAUGGUGUUGUGUUGCAGUCAAAUGACAAAUAUGAAAUCUCAGUGAAGGGAAACAUUUACACACUAAAAAUUAAAAACUGUGCUAUUGUUGACGAGUCUGUUUAUGGCUUUAAGCUUGGGAGGCUGGCAGCCAGUGCCAGACUUCACGUGGAAACUGUCAAGAUCAUCAAAAAGCCGAAGGAUGUGACCGCCUUGGAAAAUGCCACUGUUGCCUUUGAAGUGAGUGUUUCCCAUGACACUGUGCCUGUCAAAUGGUUCCAUAAGAAUGUGGAGAUUAAGCCAAGUGACAAACACAGGCUCGUCUCUGAACGAAAGGUCCACAAGCUGAUGCUGCAGAACAUUGCCCCCUCGGAUGCUGGCGAAUACACAGCGGUGGUUGGACAACUUGAGUGCAAAGCUAAACUCUUUGUGGAGACUUUACACAUUACAAAGACCAUGAAAAGCAUCCAAGUGCCUGAAACCAAGACAGCUUCUUUUGAGUGUGAAGUGUCCCAUUUCAAUGUCCCUUCCAUGUGGCUGAAGAAUGGUGUGGAGAUUGAAAUGAGUGAGAAGUUUAAGAUAGUUGUGCAAGGAAAGCUUCACCAGCUGAUCAUCAUGAACACAAGCACUGAGGAUUCUGCUGAAUAUACUUUUGUCUGUGGAAAUGAUCAAGUCAGUGCCACUCUGAAAGUGACACCAAUCUUGAUCACAUCCAUGUUGAAAGAUAUCAAUGCUGAAGAAAAGGACACUAUUACCUUUGAAGUAACUGUGAAUUACGAAGGCAUUACUUACAAAUGGUUAAAGAAUGGUGUCGAGAUCAAAUCAACCGACAGGUGCCAGAUGAGAAGCAAAAAGCUCACACACUCCCUGAACAUUAGGAACGUCCACUUUGGGGAUGCCGCCGAGUACACUUUUGUUGCUGGCAAAGCCACAUCAACAGCUACCCUUUACGUGGAAGCUCGUCACAUUGAAUUUAGGAAACAUAUUAAGGAUAUUAAGGUUCUUGAGAAGAAAAGAGCCGUGUUUGAAUGUGAAAUUUCUGAACCUGACAUCACUGUACAAUGGAUGAAAGAUGGACAAGAACUACAAGUUGCUGACAGAAUGAAGAUACAGAAGGAGAAAUACGUUCACCGCCUUCUCAUUCCUUCUACACGCAUGUCUGAUGCUGGACAGUACACUGUUGUGGCUGGAGGCAACAUGUCCACUGCUAACCUCUUUGUUGAGGGACGAGAUGUUCGCAUCCGUAGCAUUCGCAGGGAGGUUCAGGUCAUUGAGAAGCAGCGUGCCAUGGUUGAGUUCGAGGUCAAUGAAGAUGAUGUUGAUGCCCAUUGGUAUAAGGAUGGCAUUGAAAUCAACUUUCAGAUUCAAGAACGACACCAAUAUGUAGUGGAGAGAAGAAUCCAUCGGAUGUUUAUUAGUGAGACCAGACAAAGUGAUGCCGGAGAAUACACUUUUGUGGCAGGAAGAAACAGGAGCUCUGUAACUCUCUACGUCAAUGCUCCAGAGCCACCCCAAAUCUUACAGGAACUCCAGCCCACCACGGUGCAGUCUGGCAAGCCUGCCCGUUUCUGCGCUGUGAUAUCAGGCCGACCUCAGCCCAAAAUUUCCUGGUACAAAGAGGAACAGUUGCUGUCCACUGGAUUCAAGUGCAAAUUUCUCCACGAUGGGCAAGAAUACACUCUCUUGUUGAUUGAGGCCUUCCCAGAAGAUGCUGCUGUUUACACCUGCGAAGCCAAGAAUGACUAUGGAAUUGCUACUACUUCUGCUUCCCUCACAGUGGAAGUUCCAGAAAUUGUAUCUCCUGACCAGGAAAUGCCUGUCUAUCCACCUGCCAUCAUCAGCCCACUUAGAGAUAUCGUGACUUCUGAAGGAAGGACAGCCCGCUUUCAGUGCCGAGUGUCUGGAACAGAUCUGAAGAUUACUUGGUACAGCAAAGACAAGGCAAUUAAACCUUCUCGCUUCUUUAAAAUGACUCAGUUUGAAGACACAUACCAGCUGGAGAUUGUGGAAGCUUAUCCGGAGGAUGAAGGAAUUUAUACAUUUGUCGCUAGUAAUGCUGUAGGCCAAGUGUCAAGUACAGCAAACCUGAGACUAGAAGAAUCAAUUCUUCAAGAGAGGAUGGAACAGCAGAUGGAGAUGGAAGUGAAAGAGUAUUCUAGUUCUGUUCUAUCUGCUGAGGAAGAAAGCCUCCAGACUUACAACAUUGCUCUUCAGUUGUCUGAUAGAGAUAAAACAAUUGAACUUGUACCAGAAUCUUCCACUUGUUCAAGUAAAUUUGAUUUGCAAAAGGAGGGGAGUGCCCCAGAGUUCACCAAAAAAGUAUCUGAUGUUGAAAUAAGCUUAGGGGAUGUAACUAAAUUUUCUGUGACAGCCAUUGGCACGCCAAAACCUAAAAUUCAGUGGUUCUUUGAUGGAAUACAGUUAACAACGUCUACUGCCUACAAAUUUGUAUUUGACGGAAAUGAUUACAGUUUGAUCAUUAUAGAUACCACAUUUGAGGAUGAAGGAGAUUAUACUUGCAUUGCCAGCAAUGAAUAUGGAAAGGCAGUAUGCAGGGCCCAUUUAAAGGUAAAGGCAAAAGUGAAGGACUGCAAAGAUAAUGAAGCAGAACCCACAGUGGAGAAAACUUUGGAACAGCUUGGAGGUCCAGGUCCCCCUUGGUUCAUUAAGAAGUUGGAACCAGUUCAGUGUAUUGAAGGUCUUCCUGCUGUCUUUGAGUACAUAGUGCUUGGAGAACCAGCUCCUAAAAUUCAGUGGUUCAAAGGAGACAAACAGCUUUCUACCAACAUAUAUUUUACUAUCAUUCAUAAUCCAGAUGGCUCAGGAACAUUUAUUGUCAAUGACCCUCAAAGCCAAGACAGUGGUAUGUAUGUCUGUAAAGCCAUAAAUCCAUGGGGGGAAUGCAUAUCUACUGCUGAACUUCUUGUACUUUCAGAAGACCUUGAUCUAGCUGGUUCACCUGUGAUAACGAAGUCGACACAAGCAGGUCCUGAAGAUCUGAACCUUCCUGAAACAGACAUAUCAGCCUCAGAAGCAGAAACUGAGUCAUUUGUAAAAGACAUCAUUUUGAAAGCUGCUUUAAUCACUGAAGAAAAGCAGCAGUUUUCAUAUGAGCACUAUGUGAGUAUACAUGCAGUAAACACUGAUGUAACUUCAGAGACCCAAGAAGACAAGGAAUUGUGUAAUUUGCAGAUUGUACAGGAGCAAAUAGCAUUACCAAAGGUUGAUUCACCAUCAGAUGACCAACCAAUCUUCCCCCAAAGCCCAGCUUUACUGCAAUCCAGUGUCACAGAAGACCAAAAUAGCCCCUCUUUUGAAAGUACCAGUAAACUCCCCUCCACUGACCAGUCAAUGGGUAUUCCACCUAUCAAAGAAGUCUUUCCUACACUGCAACAGCAAACUGGACAACCCAACAAAACCCACCCCAAAGAAGAUGUUCUAACUUUUCAAAAGCCUCCAUCAAAAGCUGUCUCAUCAUGCACCGACCAAAUGUUUCAAGGUGUUGUGACCACAGAAGACAGUGGCGUGUUCACAGAAGAGCAACUCAGAACUAUGCCAACCAGCCCUGAAAUGAGUUAUCCACAAUCUACAAGUGAACCCCAGCCUUGCUUGUAUUCCAGCAAUGUGACUGAAGAAAUGCCUCUCCCAAAAGAGACUGUGAUCCCUGUGUCAGAUCAAGAGAGAAGAGGAACUGUCCAAGAUCAAGAAACACAAGCUAUUCUGCAGUUACCCACUGUAACUGAGAAUCAGAGUCUAAAUGAAGGGUCUAUAGACAGUUUCAAGGGUAUUGAAACUGUGGUCCCUGAGAUGAGCCAGGAACCACAAUUUCUUUCAGAAAAUAUGUGCACCAAAGAACAUGAUAUCCUUGUAGUGAGUACAGGUCAAUUAGAAACUGUGGUUCAAGAUUUUGCAGUCAGAAUUCAGGAAGGGCAGUCCAUAAGGCUUCCUCUAUCACUAGAGGAAAAGCAACUACUCAGAAAAGAGCAUGCGUAUGAGUGGUCAAGGUCAGAAACCCAAAUUACUAAGUACAAAAAGCAACCUAAAGGAAUACAGAGGGUACAUGAGGUUCAGGGAAGUGACAUCCUUUCCAAGGAAAAGCAGUUUUCUCCUGUUGUUCUAGAUCAGUAUAAACUUGACAUGAAGGUUCAGCUCCGAAGGGCUCUGCAAGCUGCCGUGGCCAGUGAACAGCCAAGCAUCUUCUCUGAAUGGCUCAAAAACAUCGAUAAGGUUGAAGUCAAGACUGUAGCACCCACCACAGAGCCUAAACAAAUAAUGUGCACCUAUCUCAUAACCACAGUGAAUUCUGUUAUAGAAGAAAUCACUGUUGUCAUUGAAGGGAUUGACUUUCAGAGGACUAACUUGGAAAUGGAACUUAAGGAUGCUUUAUGGUCUGUCGUCUAUGAGGAGAGAAACAUACUAGUAGCAGACCAAACCAGCCCUCUGUUAGUUACUACAACAGGCUUACAGGAAGAAGCUGAUUUUUCCUCAUAUGCACAACAGGUUGAGGUAACCACGGCACCAGAAGUAAGGCCUGACAAUCUUAUUUCAAUGGAAGAAGUCAUUUCUUUUCUUGUAGAAAGUCAGGUCAAAGAAAUAGAGACCACAGCAGAGGUGCCACUAGUUUCUGAACCCACUGAAAAGCAAGAUGAUGAAAUAAAAUUGGCAGAGGAAAAGGAGGACCUCUCUGUUGAUAACAGCAUGGAAAAUAACAUGGCUGCAACCAGAAAACCAGAAGAGUGUCCAGCUGGAAAGGAAUGUCCAGUUAUACAAAAGCAUUUGGUAGACUCCGUUGCAGAAGAAGGCGAUAUUGUACACUUCACAUUGCAAAUUACCAAUUCCAAAGAGGUAAACUGGUAUUUUGGGAGUAAACUGAUUUCUCCAGAUGAAAGAUUCAAGUGUGUACAAGAUCAUGACACAUACACGCUAGUGAUCGAUAAAGUGAGCAAGGAGCUACACCAAGGAGAUUAUAGCUGUGAGGCACUAAAUGAAAGUGGAAAGACCUCAACUUCUGCAAAACUCACAAUAAUAAAAAGAGUUGCCCCAGUCAUCAAGAGGAGAAUUGAACCCUUGGAGGUAGCUCUUGGGCACCUCGCUAAGUUCACUUGUGAAAUCGAAAGCGCACCCAACGUUCGUUUCCAGUGGUUUAAAGCUGGCCGAGAAAUUUAUGACAGUGAAAAGUAUUCAAUAAGAUCUGCACAUUACAUGUCCACCCUGGAAAUCCCGAGAACUCAAGUCGUUGACUGUGGAGAGUACGGCUGUAAAGCUUCUAAUGAAUAUGGCAGCGUAAGCUGUACGGCAACCUUAACUGUAACAGAGGCAUUUCCUCCAACCUUUCUAUCCAGACCUAAGUCAGUUACAACUUUUGUUGGGAAGGCAACCAAAUUCAUUUGUACGGUGUCAGGGACUCCUGUCAUUGACACUAUUUGGCAGAAAGAUGGCAUUGCCAUAUCACCUUCACCUAAAUGCAAGAUUUCAGAUGCAGACAACAAGCACUUUUUAGAACUUUCAAAUCUUACAGCACAAGACAGAGGAGUCUACUCUUGCAAGGCCUCUAACAAGUUCGGGGCAGACAUCUGCCAAGCAGAGUUGAUCAUAAUUGAUAAGCCACAUUUCAUUAAAGAAUUAGAAUCUGUACAAUCUGCUGUCAAUAAGAAGGUGCAUCUUGAAUGCCAAGUGGAUGAAGAUCGAAAAGUGACAAUAACAUGGAGCAAAGAUGGGCAAAAAAUCCCUGCUGGAAAAGAUUUUAAGAUCUAUUUUGAGGAUAAAAUAGCAUCCCUUGAGAUUCCUCUGGCCAAACUGAAGGAUUCAGGGAAUUAUGUCUGUACGGCCUCCAAUGAGGCUGGAAGCAGCUCUUCUUCUGCCACUGUCUCUAUCCGAGAACCACCAAAGUUUGUUAAGAAACUAGAAGCAAUCAGAAUAGUGAAAGCAGGGGAUUCAACACGACUUGAGUGCAAACUGAGCGGAUCUCCUGAAAUAAGAGUCAGAUGGUACAGGAAUGACCAUGAACUGCCAGCCAGUGAAAAAUACACAAUGUCAUUCAUUGAGUCAGUGGCCGUGAUACAGAUGAACAACCUUGGCACUGAGGACAGUGGUGAUUUCAUAUGCGAAGCUCACAAUCCUGCUGGUAGCACAAGCUGUAGCACAAAGGUCAUAGUAAAAGAACCACCUGUUUUUAGCAGUACGCCCCCUCUUGUAGAUACACUUAAGGGUGCUGAAGUUAGCCUUGAAUGUGAACUUUCUGGAACACCACCAUUCGAGGUGGUUUGGUAUAAAGAUAAGAGGCAACUCCGAAGUAGCAAAAAAUACAAGAUUACAUCUAAAAAUUUCCAUGCAAGCAUUCAUAUCUUAAACAUCGAAACUUCAGACAUUGGUGAAUAUCACUGCAAAGCACAAAACGAGGUGGGAAGUGACACGUGCGUUUGUACUGUAAAGUUAAAAGAACCACCCAGAUUUGCCACAAAACUUAACAGCCUCACUGUUGUGGUUGGUGAGCCUGCUGAGUUACAAGCAACCAUUGAAGGUGUCCAGCCAAUUUAUGUUGAAUGGCUUAAAGACAAAGAAGUGAUUCGAGAAAGUGAAAAUACCAGAAUCACAUAUGUGGAAAAUGUUGCAACUCUACAGUUUGCAAAAACGGAACCAGCCCAUGCUGGGAAGUACAUCUGUCAGAUCAGAAAUGAUGGUGGAAUGAGGGAGAACCUGGCCACACUCACUGUUUUAGAACCUGCAGUCAUUGUAGAGAAAGCAGGAUCAAUGAUGGUGACUGUAGGAGAAACUUGUACCCUGGAAUGUAAGGUGGCUGGCACCCCUGAACUCUCAGUUGAAUGGUAUAAGGAUGGAAAGUUGUUGACCAGCAGCCAAAAACACAAAUUUAGCUUUUUCAACAAAGUAUCUACACUGAAGAUUCUUUCUGUAGAAAAGCAAGAUACUGGAACAUACACUUUUCAGGUUCAAAAUAAUGUUGGGAAAAGCAGCUGCACAGCUAUGGUUGAGGUUUCAGACCGGAUUGUCGCUCCCUCUUUUAUAAGAAGACUGAAAGACACUAAUGGGAUCUUGGGCUCUUCUUGUAUCUUGGAAUGCAAAGUGUCUGGAUCUCCACCCAUUUCUGUUGCCUGGUUUCAAGAACAAAAUAAGAUUGUUAGUGGAGCAAAAUACCAAACAACAUUUUCAGAUAAUGUCUGCACUUUACAGCUGAAUUCAUUGGAUUCAUCUGAUACGGGAAAUUACACAUGUGUAGCUGCUAAUGUAGCUGGAUCUGAUGAAUGCAGGGCAGUAUUAACUAUCCAAGAACCACCUUCAUUUGUGAAGGAACCCGAUCCCUUGGAGGUUCUACCAGGCAAAAAUGUGACUUUCACAAGUGUUAUUAGAGGAACCCCUCCAUUCAAGGUGGGCUGGUUCAGAGGUGCCAGAGAGCUUGUGAAAGGAGACUCCUGCAAUAUCUAUUUUGAAGACACAGUGGCAGAAAUGGAAUUGUUUAAUGUUGACAUAUCCCAGAGUGGGGAGUAUACUUGUGUGGUUUCUAAUGAUGCUGGUAAAGCCUUUUGUACAACUCACCUCUUUGUAAAAGAACCUGCUGUAUUUGUGAAGAAAUUAAGUGAUCACUGGGUAGAACCGGGAAAAUCCAUCAUCCUGGAGGGCACAUACACCGGGACCCUUCCUAUUUCAGUGACCUGGAAAAAGAAUGGCGUUCAUAUAACUCAGUCGGAAAAAUGCAGCAUUGUCACAACAGAAAGAUCUUGCAUCUUAGAAAUUGUCAACAGUACCAAAAAUGAUGCUGGGAAGUACACAUGUGAGGUGGUGAAUGAGGCUGGAAGGGAUAUCUGCGAAGCUAGAGUAUCCACAUUAGAACCACCUUAUUUUGUUACGGAACUGGAACCUUUGGAAGCUGCAGUUGGAGAUUCGGCUUCUUUACAAUGCCAGGUUGCCGGGACACCAGAAAUUACAGUGUCUUGGUACAAAGGAGACACCAAAUUAAGGCCAACUCCUGAAUACAGGACAUACUUCACCAACAACGUUGCCACACUUGUUUUUAAUAAAGUGAAUAUCAGUGACAGUGGAGAGUAUGCUUGUGUAGCAGAAAAUAAUGUAGGAACUGCUGUUUCUAAGACAGUCUUCAGAAUUCAAGAGCGUCAGCUUCCACCUUCCUUUGCGAGACAAUUAAAGGACAUUGAGCAAACUGUUGGGUUACCAGUUACUCUAACCUGCCGUUUAAAUGGCUCAGCACCUAUCCAAGUUUCUUGGUAUAGAGAUGGGGUACUUUUAAGAGAUGAUGAAAAUUUGCAGACAUCAUUUGUUGAUAAUGUAGCAACUCUCAAAAUUUUGCAAACUGACUUGAGUCACUCUGGACAAUACUCUUGUUCAGCAUCCAAUCCUCUUGGAACUGCUUCUUCUAGUGCUAGGAUGACAGCAAGAGAACCCAAGAAAUCUCCCUUCUUUGACAUUAAGCCUGUAUCGAUAGAUGUCAUUGCUGGAGAAAGUGCUGAUUUUGAGUGCCACGUCACUGGUGCUCAACCAAUGAGAAUCACUUGGUCAAAGGAUAACAAAGAGAUUCGCCCUGGAGGAAACUAUACAAUCACAUGUGUGGGAAAUACACCACAUUUGAGAAUCCUUAAAGUAGGCAAAGGAGACUCUGGCCAGUAUACUUGUCAAGCAACUAAUGACGUUGGGAAAGACAUGUGCUCAGCUCAACUUAGCGUAAAAGAACCUCCCAAAUUUGUUAAGAAAUUAGAAGCUUCAAAAAUUGGGAAGCAGGGAACAUCCAUUCAGUUGGAAUGCAAGAUCAGUGGCUCCCCAGAAAUCAAAGUUAUGUGGUUCAAAAACGACAGUGAACUUCAUGAAAGCUGGAAAUACAACAUGUCUUUCAUGGAUUCUGUGGCACUCCUCACUAUUAAUGAAGCCAGCACUGAAGAUAGUGGAGAUUAUAUUUGUGAAGCUCAUAAUGGCGUUGGUGAUGCAAGUUGCAGUACAGCUCUCACAGUUAAAGCGCCUCCUGUGUUCACCCAGAAACCUGCUCCAGUAGGUGCUCUUAAAGGUUCUGAUGUAGUCUUCCAAUGUGAAAUUUCGGGGACACCUCCAUUUGAAGUGGUAUGGGUCAAAGACAGGAAACAAGUACGAAGCAGCAAGAAAUUCAAAAUUACUUCGAAAAACUUCGAUACUAGUCUUCAUAUCCUUAAUCUGGAAGCUGCAGACACUGGGGAAUAUCAUUGUAAAGCCACCAAUGAGGUGGGAAGUGAUACUUGUGUAUGCACUCUAAAGUUCAAAGAACCUCCACGAUUUGUGAAGAAGCUAAGUGAUACUUCAACCCUUGUAGGAGACCCUGUUCAAUUGCAGGCCUUGGUUGAAGGUUUCCAGCCUCUUUCUGUUGUCUGGCUGAAAGACAAAGGUGAAGUCAUCAGAGAAAGUGAAAAUGUUAACAUCACCUUUGUGGAUAAUGUGGCUACCCUCCAGUUUAUGAGGCCUGAGGCUGCCAAUUCUGGAAAAUACAUAUGCCAAGUCAAAAAUGAUGCUGGCAUGCGGGAGUGUUCAGCAGCCUUAUCUGUACUAGAACCAGCCAGAAUCUUAGAGAAGCCAGAACCUAUGACUGUCACUACUGGAAAUCCUUUUGCCCUCGAGUGCCUGGUAACGGGAACUCCAGAACUUACUACUAAGUGGUACAAAGAUGGAAAAGAAUUAGCUGCUGACCGCAAACACCAAAUUACCUUCCUCAACAAGGUCGCUUCCCUUAAAAUCCCCUGUGCAGAGAUGAGUGACAAGGGCUUAUACAGUUUUGAAGUGAAAAACAGUGUGGGUAAAAGCAACUGCACAGUCUCCGUUCACGUUUCAGAUCGUGUUGUACCACCUUCUUUCAUAAGAAAAUUGAAAGAUACUAAUGGGAUUCUGGGUUCCUCCAUUCGUUUGGAGUGCAGAGUCGCUGGAUCAUCACCUAUUUCAGUUGCCUGGUUUCAGAAUGGAAACGAGAUUGUUAGUGGAGCAAAACACCAAUCCACAUUUUCAGAAAAUGUCUGUACUUUGAGUUUGAAGCUGUUGGAGCCUUCAGACACAGGGACUUACACUUGUGUGGCCAAUAACGUAGCUGGAUCUGAUGAAUGUUCAGCAGUUCUGAUCGUGCAAGAACCACCAUCUUUCGAACAGACCCCUGAGUCUGUGGAAGUUUUACCUGGAAUGAGUGUCACUUUCACUAGUGUAAUAAGAGGAACCCCUCCAUUUAAUGUCAAGUGGUUUAGAGGUAGCAGGGAACUUGUACAAGGAGAUUCCUGCAAUAUCUCUAUAGAUGAGUCAGUUACAGAACUGGAGCUGUUUGAUGUCGAACCAUUACAGAGUGGAGACUAUUCUUGCCUCGUUAUCAAUGAUGCAGGCAGUGCCUCAUGUACCACCCAUCUUUUUGUGAAAGAACCAGCAGCAUUUGUGAAAAGAUUAACUGACUUCAGCGUCGAGGCUGGAUUCCCCAUAGUUCUUGAGUGUACCUUUGCGGGGACCCCUCCAAUUUCAGUGACCUGGAUAAAGGACGGCUACUCUCUUUCUCAGUCUCCGAACUGUAGUAUUACUAUGACAGAAAAAUCUUCCAUUCUGGAGAUUCUUGAUAGUACAACAGAGGAUUAUGGACAAUAUGGUUGUCUGAUUGAGAACGAGGCUGGACAGGAUAUUUGUGAAGCCUUGGUCUCUGUCUUAGAACCACCUUACUUUCUUGAACCACUGGAACACAUUGAAGUGGUCCUUGGAGAGUCAGCCACUUUGCAAUGCCAAGUAGCUGGAACCCCAGAAAUCAAAAUAUCUUGGUAUAAAGAAGAUACAAAACUAAGAUCAGCUCCUGCAUAUAAAAUGUCCUUCAAAAAUAAUGUUGCCUCCCUUGUAAUCAACAAAGUGGACCAUAGUGAUGUAGGAGAAUAUACCUGCAAGGCAGAAAACAGCGUCGGGGCUAUUGUUUCAUCAGCCGUGCUUGUUAUUCAAGAGCGUAAACUUCCACCUUCCUUUGCAAGGAAACUGAAGGAUAUUCAGGAAACCCUUGGCUUUCCCGUUGCAUUUGAGUGCCGCAUCAAUGGUUCAGAACCCAUUCAGGUGUCUUGGUACAAAGAUGGGGUGCUCAUAAAAGAUGACCCUAACAUGCAAACAUCUUUUGUCCACAAUGUUGCAACUCUUCAGAUCUUGCAAACUGAGAAGAGUCACAUGGGUCAGUAUAAUUGCUCAGCUUCUAAUCCUCUUGGAACUGCUUCAUCCAGUGCCAAGCUCAUUCUCUCAGAGCAUGAAGUACCUCCCUUCUUUGAUCUAAAACCUGUAUCAGUAGAUCUCGCUCUUGGAGGAAGUGUCUUUAAGUGCCAUGUAACGGGCACAGCACCAAUCAAAAUCACUUGGGCCAAAGAUAACAGGGAGAUCCGUCCUGGAGGCAACUACAAGAUGACUUUGGUUGAAAACACAGCCACUUUGACAGUUCUCAAAGUAGCCAAAGGAGAUGCUGGACAAUACACUUGCUAUGCAAGCAAUAUUGCUGGAAAAGACUCUUGUUCAGCCCAACUGGGUGUACAAGAACCACCCCGGUUCAUUAAGAAGCUAGAACCUUCAAGAAUCCUGAAAGAGAAUGACUCUACCAGAUAUGAAUGCAAAAUAGGUGGGUCUCCAGAAAUCAAAGUACUGUGGUAUAAAAAUGAAACUGAAAUCCAAGCCAGUGAAAAAUACAGAAUGUCUUUCGUGGAUUCCGUGGCAGUAAUUGAAAUGCACAACCUCAGUGUUGAAGACAGUGGGGACUACACAUGUGAGGCCCAUAAUGCCGCUGGCAGUGCAAGUAGCAGUACAUCAUUGAAAGUGAAAGAACCCCCAGUCUUCAGCAAAAAGCCUCAUGCCAUUGAGACGCUGAAAGGUUCUGACGUUCAUCUUGAAUGUGAGCUUCGAGGAACUCCCCCGUUCCAAGUUUCAUGGCAUAAAGACAAAAGAGAACUUAGAAGUGGCAAGAAGUACAAGAUAAUGUCUGAGAACUUUCUUACUAGCAUUCACAUUCUUAACGUUGACGCUUCUGAUGUUGGGGAAUACCAAUGUAAAGCUGCCAAUGAUGUGGGGAGUGACGCCUGUGUUGUCUCUGUUGUAUUAAAAGCACCACCAAGAUUUGUAAAGAAGCUAAGUGACUUUUCUGCCAUAGUUGGAGACCAAGUUCAAUUGCAGGCUGUCAUAGAAGGCCCUGAGCCAAUUUCGGUGGUAUGGUUCAAAGACAAGGGGGAAAUCGUUCGAGAGAGUGACAAUGUCUGGCUCUCCUAUUCAGACCACACUGCAACUCUACAAGUGACAAACGCUGAACCAGCCAAUGCUGGAAAGUAUACCUGUCAGAUCAAAAAUGAUGCUGGAAUGCAGGAAUGCUUUGCAACACUCUCAGUUCUAGAACCAGCAGUCAUUGUAGAGAAGCCAGAAUCAGUCACCGUUACAUCGGGAGAUACUUGUACCCUCGAAUGCAUAGUAGCUGGUACUCCAGAACUCAUUACCAAGUGGUUUAAGAAUGGAAAAGAACUGACUAGUGACAACAAGUACAAAUUAAGUUUUUUCAACAGAGUGUCCGGUCUUAAGAUUAUUAAUGCAGCACCGAGUGACAGUGGUGUGUACACUUUUGAGGUGCAAAACAGUGUUGGGAAAGAUAGCUGUACAGCUUCAAUUCAAGUUUCAGACCGAAUUGUGCCUCCAUCUUUCACAAGAAGAUUGAAAGAGACGAAUGGUUUAUAUGGCUCCUCUGUUGUAAUGGAAUGCAAAGUCUAUGGAUCACCUCCAAUUUCUGUCACCUGGUACCAUGAGGGAAAUGAGAUCCCCAGUGGAAGAAAGUACCAGACUACCCUAACAGAUAAUACUUGUUCUCUGACUGUGAAUGCUCUUGAAGAGUCAGAUGAAGGAGAUUACACCUGUAUAGCUACAAAUGUUGCUGGAUCUGAUGAAUGUAGUGCAGCCUUGACUGUAAGAGAACCACCCUCCUUUGUGCAGAAGCCAGAUCCCAUGGAUGUUCUCACUGGAACAAAUGUAACUUUCACGAGCAUCAUUCGAGGAACUCCUCCUUUCAAUGUUAGCUGGUUUAAAGGUAGCACUGAACUACUACCAGGAGACAGAUGUAAUGUUUCUUUUGAUGAGUCAGUGGCUGAACUGGAGCUGUUUGAGGUAGAUACAUCACAAAGUGGAGAUUACACCUGCAUAGUUAGUAAUGAGGCUGGCAAGGCUUCUUGUACAACGCAUCUUUAUGUAAAAGCUCCAGCCAAAUUUGUGAAGAGACUAAAUGAUUACAGCAUAGAGAAAGGGAAGCCGUUGAUUCUGGAGGGGACAUACACUGGAACCCCACCCAUUGCAGUGACAUGGAAGAAGAAUGGCUUGAAUAUAACCCAAUCUCAAAGAUGUAGCCUGACUGCUACAGACAAAUCUGCUAUCCUAGAAAUUCCCAGCAGCACAGUGGAAGAUGCAGGACAGUAUAACUGCUACAUUGAGAAUGCCUCUGGGAAGGAUUCUUGUUCUGCACAAAUAUUGAUAUUAGAACCACCCUAUUUUGUAAAACAAAUGGAGCCUGUUAAAGUGACCGUGGGAGAUUCUGCCUCUUUGCAAUGCCAGGUUGCUGGCACCCCUGAAAUCGCAGUAUCUUGGUACAAAGGAGAUACAAAAUUAAGAGCCACCUCUACCCUCAAGAUGCAUUUCAGGAAUAAUGUUGCUACACUGGUGUUCAACCAGGUUGACAUUAAUGACAGUGGAGAAUACAUCUGCAAAGCUGAAAACACUGUGGGAGAAGUGUCAUCAUCAACUUUCCUUACUGUUCAAGAGCAAAAGCUUCCACCUUCAUUUUCUCGACAAUUGCGAGACAUUCAAGAAACCAUUGGUCUACCAGUUAUAUUUGAAUGUGCAAUAAGUGGCUCAGAACCCAUUCAGGUGUCUUGGUUUAAAGAUGGUAAACCUUUGAGAGAUGGCCAAAAUGUGCAGACUUCAUUUUUAGAUAACGUAGCGACAUUGAAUAUUUUCAAAACAGAUAGGAGCCUUGGGGGUCAGUACACCUGUACAGCUACAAAUCCUAUUGGAUCUGCCAAUUCCAGUGCCAGGCUCAUCCUCACAGAGGGAAAGAAUCCACCUUUCUUCGACUUACCAGUUGUCCCAAUUGAUGCUGUUGUGGGAGAAAGUGCUGACUUCGAAUGCCACGUUACUGGAACUCAACCAAUUAAGGUCACCUGGGCCAAAGACAACAAAGAAAUACGGAGUGGAGGAAACUAUCAAAUUAGUUACCUGGAGAAUACUGCCCAUUUGACUAUUGUAAAAGUUGAUAAAGGGGACUCCGGACAGUAUACUUGUUAUGCUGUGAAUGAAGUUGGAAAGGAUUCAUGUACAGCCCAACUUAACAUAAAAGAACGGCUGAUACCACCAAGUUUCACUAAAAAACUCUCUGAAACAGUGGAAGAAAUAGAAGGGAACUCUUUCAGACUUGAAGGCCGGGUUGCUGGUUCCCAACCUAUAACUGUUGCUUGGUAUAAAAAUAACGUGGAGAUCCACCCAAGUGCUAACUGUGAAAUAUCAUUCAAGAACAAUGCCAUAUUUCUACAAAUUAAGAAAGCAGGGAUGUCUGAUGCUGGUUUAUAUACAUGCAAAGUGUCCAAUGAUGCUGGAUCUGCUCUGUGUACCUCUUCAAUUGUUGUCAAAGAGCCUAAAAAACCACCAGUGUUUGAUCAGCCUCUGGCUCCAGUGACAGUAAAUGAAGGAGAAUUUUUGCAACUCAGCUGCCAUGUUCAAGGAUCAGAGCCCAUCAGGAUUCAGUGGCUGAAGGGAGGCAGAGAAGUAAAACCUUCUGACAAAUGCAGUUUCAGCUUUGCUAAUGGAACAGCUGUUCUGGAACUAAAGGAAGUAACUAAAACCGAAUCAGGAGAUUAUGUAUGCAAAGCUUCCAAUGUGGCUGGAAGUGACUCUUGCAAAUCCAAAGUGACUGUUAAAGAUAAACCAGCCGCCGUACCAACAGCUAAGAAAGCAGCAGUGGAUGGAAAACUCUUCUUUGUUUCAGAACCCCAGAGUAUCAGAGUCAUCGAAAAAACCACUGCAACAUUCAUUGCCAAAGUUGGAGGUGAUCCAAUCCCAAAUGUUAAGUGGACAAAGGGAAAGUGGAGACAGCUGAACCAAGGAGGCCGAGUCUUUAUUCAGCAGAAAGGCGACGAAGCAAAACUGGAAAUCAGGGAUACUACAAAAACUGAUUCUGGAUUGUAUAGAUGUGUAGCAUUCAAUAAACAUGGUGAAAUCGAAAGUAAUGUUAACCUACAGGUGGAUGAAAGAAAGAAACAAGAGAAAAUUGAAGGAGAUCUUAGGGCAAUGCUGAAAAGGACUCCAAUCCAAACAAAAGGAGAAGAGGAGACAAUUGAUAUCAUGGAACUUCUCAAAAAUGUUGAUCCUAAAGAAUAUGAAAAAUAUGCCCGUAUGUAUGGAAUUACAGAUUUCCGGGGCCUACUCCAAGCCUUUGAAUUGUUAAAGCAAAGCCAAGAAGAAGAAACACACAGAUUGGAAAUUGAAGAAGUAGAGAAGUCUGAAAAAGAUGAAAAAGAAUUUGAAGAAUUAGUAGCCUUUAUCCAGCAAAGGCUGUCACAGACAGAGCCAGUCACCCUUAUCAAGGAUAUUGAAAAUCAAACUGUUAUAAAAGACAAUGAUGCUGUCUUUGAAAUUGACAUUAAAAUCAAUUAUCCAGAGAUCAAGCUCUCCUGGUACAAAGGCACCGAAAAAUUGGACCCCAGUCCUAAGUAUGAAAUAAGCAUUGACGGUGAUCGACAUAUACUUAGAGUCAAAGACUGUCAACUGAAAGAUCAGGGCAAUUAUAGGUUGGUUUGUGGUCCACACAUCGCUAGCGCAAAGCUAACUGUAAUUGAACCUGCUUGGGAGAGGCAUCUUCAAGAUGUUACUGUAAAAGAAGGUCAGACCUGUACAAUGAGCUGUCAGUUCUCUGUGCCAAAUGUUAAAUCUGAAUGGUUCAGAAACGGAAAGAUUCUCAAACCCCAACCUCGAUAUAAAACUGAAGUGGAACACAAAGUUCAUAAACUGUCCAUUGCCGAUGUUAAAGCAGAAGACCAGGGCCAGUACACUUGUAAAUAUGAAGGUCUUGAAACAUCUGCAGAGCUAAAAAUUGAAGCUGAGCCCAUUCAGUUCACAAGACGCAUACAGAAUAUUGUGGUGAGCGAGCAUCAGUCCGCAACCUUUGAAUGUGAAGUGUCCUUUGACGACGCCAUUGUUACCUGGUACAAAGGGCCCACAGAGCUCAUCGAGAGUCAGAAAUACAAUUUUAGGAAUGAUGGCCGUUGCCAUUAUAUGACCAUCCACAAUGUCACUCCGGAUGAUGAAGGUGUCUAUUCAGUAAUUGCUCGCCUAGAGCCAAGAGGUGAAGCUAGAAGCACUGCAGAGCUUUACUUAACAACUAAAGAAAUUAAACUGGAAUUGAAGCCACCUGAUAUCCCUGAUUCUAGAGUUCCCAUUCCAACUAUGCCUAUAAGAGCAGUCCCACCAGAAGAAAUUCCUCCAGUUGUAGGUCUUCCUCUUCCCAUUUCUCUACCAUCACCAGAAGAAAAGAAGCCACCAGGAAAACGUGUUGAAGUGACCAAAAAGGCUGUGAAGAAAGAUGCCAAAAAAGUUGUUCCAAAGCCUAAGGAAGAGGCACCACCACCACCUAAAGUUCCAGAGGCAGUUAAGAAGCCCUCACCCCCAACUAUACUAAUCCCAGCAGAAGUUCCAGAAAUGAUCGAUGUCACCUCAAAGGCUGAAGAAGUGAAAAUAUCCACCAUCAGCAGAAAGAAAGAGGUUCAUAAAGAAAAAGAGGUUGUGCACGAGAGAAAGCAAGCAAUCUAUGAGGAAAAGAAAGUUUACAUUGAAUCUUUUGAAGAACAUUUUGACGAUUUAGAUGUGGAACCUUAUGAAGAGCCUUCUGAGGGACCUUAUGUAGAACUUUAUGAAGAACCAGAAGACUGGUAUGAAGAGACCAAGGAAGUUCAUAAAGUUAAAAAGGAACAAUUUGAAGAAUGGGAAGAAGAUUUGGAAGAAGAGCAGGAAUACUAUGAAAGGGAAGAGGGUUAUGAUGAAGGGGAAGAAGAAUGGGAAGAAAGAAAACAAAUUUAUGAACAAAAAGAAGUUUAUGAAGAAUCACUAGAAAAGAAAAUUCCAGCAAAAGUACCAGAAAAGAAAGAAGUGGCACUUCCUAAAGUUGUUAAGAAGCCCGUAGUUGAAAAAAUUGAAAAGACUUCUCGGAGAAUGGAAGAGGAGAAAGUCAAAGUUACCAAAGUGCCAGAAGUUUCAAAGAAGAUUGUUCCACAAAAACCUUCCCGGGUGCCAGUACAAGAAGAAGUUAUUGAAGUAAAAGUACCAGCAGUGCACACAAAGAAGGUUAUUUCAGAAGAAAAGAUGUUCUUUGCUUCUCAUACAGAGGAAGAGGUUUCAGUUACAGUCCCUGAGGUACACAAGAAAACUGUCAUAGAAGAGAAAGUUCAUGUUGCUGUUUCGAAAAAAGCUGAACCCCCACCUAAAGUGACUGAAGUUUACAAGAAACCUCCUCCUGAGGAAGAGGUUCCUGUACCUGUUCCCAAGAAAGUGGAAGCUCCUCCAGCUAAAGUCCCCGAGGCACGUAAGAAACCUGUUCCAGAAGAAAAAGUUCCAGUUCCUGUUCCCAAAAAAGUGGAGCCCCCACCAGCCAAAGUGCCUGAGGUUCCCAAGAAACCUGUCCCAGAAGAGAAAAAGCCCACUCCUAUACCCAAGGAAGAAGUGGCCCCUCCACCUAAAGCACCAGAGCCACCUAAAAGACAUAUCCCUGAAGAAGAAAUCCCUGCUCCUGUUGUUAGAAGAGAGGAAGUCCCUCCAGCUAAAGUUCCUGAGGUGCAUAAGAGAGUGGUCACAGAGGAAAAAAUAACCAUCAUUACUCAAAGAGAAGAGUCUCCACCCACACCAGAACCCGAAGUACCAAGGAAAAAGAAAGUUCCUGAAGAAAGGAGACCCGUUCCUCCAAAGAGAGAGGAGGCACCACCAGCCAAAGUACCCCCAGUCCAUAAGAAGGUGGUAACUGAAGAGAAGGUUCAAGUGAUUGUCCCUGUUCCUAAGAAAGAAAAGGCAGUUCCCCCACCCAAAGUAGCUGAGGUCUCUAAGAAAACUGUUACAGAAGAGAAAAGAUUUUUUGCAGAAGAAAAAGUAUCAAUGGCAGUUCCCCACAGAGUGGAAGUCACCCACCAUGAAGUAUCAGCAGAGGAAGAAUGGGGUUAUGAAGAAGAAGAAGAAGAAGAAGUAUCCGUUUCAGUUUAUAGAGAAGAGGAAAGAGAAGAGGAGGAGGAGGAACGAGUGGAGGUUACAGCAUAUGAAGUGAUGGAAGAGCCAGAAGAAUAUGUCAUGGAAGAAAAGCUACAUGUUAUUUCUAAAAGGGUCGAAAUGGAACCUGCUGAAGUGCCCGAGAUGCCUCGGAGAGUGGUCCAGAAACAAAAAGUACCUGCUGCUGUUCCUCCAAAAGAGGAGGCUCCUCCUGUAAAAGUUCCUGAAGCACCAAAGAAAACUGUCCCUGAGAAGAAAGUUCCUGUACCUGUUCCUAAAAAAGAAAAACCGCCACCUGCUAAAGUGCCUGAAGUGCCAAAGAAACCAGUACCAGAAAAACGUGCCCCUCCAGCUCCUAAGAUAGAAGAGCCUCCUCCCACUAAAGUGACUGAGACGCGUAUGCAAAUUACCCAAGAAGAAAAAAUUCAAGUUGCUGUAACUAAAAAAGAGGAGCCUCCAAGAGCCAGAGUGCCGAAAGAGCCCCAGAGAGCUGAGCCUGAAGAAAAAGUACCCAAACUCAAACCUAAAAAAGUGGAGGCCCCACCAAUCAAAGUGGCAGAAGCCCAAAAGAAGAUCAUCCAUGAGGAAAAAGUCACUGUCGCUGUUCCAAAACGAGUGGUACCUCCUCCCACUAAAGAAGUGACAAUCUCAGCUGAAGAAGAAUGGACUUACACUCAAGAAGAAGAAAGAGUGUCUGAAGCAGUGCAAGAGGAGGAGGAGUAUGAGGAGUAUGAGAAAUAUGAAUAUGGAGAAUAUGAAGCAUAUGAGCCAACAAAAGAAUAUGAUGAAUAUGAUGAAUAUGAGUAUGAACGCCGUGAGGCUGUCCAUGAAGAAUACAUUUCAGUCACAGAACCUGAGAAACCUGUUCCUGAAGAGAAAGUUCCUGUUCCCAGGAAACCAAAGGCUCCACCAGCUAAAGUGCCUAAGAGAACCAUCCCUGAAGAAAAAGUACCUGUUCCUGCUCCUGUGAAACUCAAACCUCCACCACCCAAAGUGCCUGCGGCGCCUAAGAAAGUUGUUGAAGAAAAAAUACAUAUUGCAGUGACCAAACGAGAAAAAGAAAGGGUGAUUGCACCCCCUGUCAAAGUGCCCAAAGUACCUAAGAUACCAGAACCAGAACCAGAACCAGAACCAGAGAUAGAACCAGAAGAAGAAGUUGUGCCUGAGGAAGAGGAAUAUGUCCCUGAGGAAGAGGAAUAUGUCCCUGAGGAGGAAGAAGAAUUUAUUCCUGAGGAAGAAGUUGUAUCUGAGGAAGAAGUGAUACCAGAAGUACCAGUCAAAGUGCCUGAAGUACCAAAGAAACCUGUGGUUCAGGAGAAGAAACCUGUCCCUGUUCCCAAAAAGAAGGAAGCUCCACCAGCCAAAGUGCCUGAGGUCCCUAAGAAACCAGAGGAGAAAGUGCCUGUGCCUAAAAAAGAGAAGGCUCCACCUGCUAAAGUGCCUGAAGUACCCAAGAAACCUGUACCAGAAGAGAAAGUCCCGGUACCUGUCCCUAAAAAGGUGGAACCUCCCCCAGCCAAAGUGCCUGAAGUACCUAAAAAACCUGUACCAGAGAAGAGGGCAGUACCAGAGAAGAAAGAGGUACCAGAGAAGAAGGUGCCUACCCCAGUCCCGAAGAAAGUGGAGCCUCCACCAGCCAAAGUGCCAGAGGUGCCCAAGAAAGUUGUCCCUGAGGAAAAACCGGUACCUGUUAUGAAAAAAGUGGAAGCUCCUCCAGUCAAAGUGCCAAAGAAACCCGAGCCAGUCCCUGUUCCUGUGAUUGUCCCUGAAGAAGAGGAAAUUCCCUUUGAGGAGGAGGAGGAAGAAGUUCCAUUCGUAGAGGAAGAAAUUCCCCCAGAGGAGGAAGAACUUCCCCCUGAGGAAGAGGAGGAGGAGGAAGUUCCAUUUGAAGAAGAAGAAAUUGCACCUGAGGAAGAAGUUAAACCAGAAAUACCUGUGCAUGUACCAGUGCCUGAGGUGCCUAAGAAACCUGUACCAGAGAAGAAAGUCCCUGUCCCUGCCCCUAAAAAAGUGGAAGCUCCACCAGCCAAAGUGCCUGAGGUGCCAAAGAAGAAAGUGGCUGAGAAAAAGGUGUCCAUUCCCAAGAAAGAAGAGGUCCCUCCACCCAAAGUACCAGAGGUGCUUAAGAAAGCUGUGCCUGAGAAGAAAGUCCCCACGCCUGUUCCUAAGAAGGUGGAGCCUCCCCCAGCCAAAGUGCCAGAAGUGACUAAGAAACCAGUUCCUGAAGCACGUGUUCCCAAAAAAGUAGAGGUCCCCGCACCAAAAGUCCCUGAGGUACCUAAGAAAGUGGAAGAAAGAUUACCACCUGCUCUCCCUCAAGAGGAAGAAGCCCCACCAGUUGAAGUGCCUGAAGAACCUGAGGAAAUUCUUUCAGAGGAAGAAAUACCUGAAGAAGUUCCUAUCAUAGAGGAGGUUGAGGAAGUUGCACCACCCAUAGUGCCUGAGGUGGUUAAGAAAGCCAUCCCUGAAGCCCCUGCUGUUGCUCCUAAAAAAGAGAAGCCUCCACCAGUUAAAGUGCCAAAGAAACCUGUACCUGAAGAAAAAGUACCUGUUAUUCAGAAAAAAGAGCCUCCUCCAGCUAAAGUGCCUGAAGUACCCAAGAAAGUCCCAGAAAAGAAGGUUCUUCUACCUAAAAAGGAGGUGGUUGCCCCUACCAAAGUGGAGACAAUUGCAAAGAAAACCCUCCAAGAAGAAAAAGUAUCAGUCGUCUUCCACAGACAAGAAAUAGUCCAAGAAGUGCUGGAAAUAGAACACGAAGUUGAAGAAGUGGUUGAGGCUAAAGAAGUGGAGGAGUUCUUUGAGGAGGAGGAAGAGGAGGAACAGGAGGAGUUCUUUGACAUUGAAGAAGAACGUAGAGAGGAAGAAGUCCUGGAAGCUGAAGAAGUCUAUAGAGUCAAAGAAGUAAUUGAAGUCGAAGACGUGGAAGUGACUGUCAAGCCCACACCUCCUGAGAAAGGGCCUAAAAUUGCUGAGAAAGUCAUCCCUCCCAAAAAACAACCUACCGUUGUACCUCGAAAAGAGCCACCAGCAAAAGUGCCCGAAGUGACCAAGAAAGUUAUCAUAGAAGAGAAAGUACAAAUUACUCCACCAAAAAAGCCAGAAGUACCACCUCCUAAAGUGCCUGAGGUGCCCAAGAAAGUCAUUCCAGAAAAGAAGAUACCUGUUCCAGAGGAACCUGAAGCCCCUCCUCCAGCUAAAGUACCUGAAGUACCAAAGAAAGUUGUUCCAGAAGCGAAAGUUCCAGUUGCUGUUCCUAAAAAACCAGAGGCACCACCUGCUAAAGUGUAUGAAGAACCAGAGGAAAUUACUCCAGAGGUAACUCCAGAGGAGGUAUAUGAAGAGCCAGAGCCAGAGCCAGAACCAGAGCCUGAGCCUCUCCCUCCACCACCCAAAGUGCUGAAACCACCCCAGAAAGUGGUCCCAGAAAAGAAAGCCCCUCCACCUGUUGUCAAAAAACCCGAGCGACCACCUGCAAAAGUGCCUGAGGUACCAAAGGAAGUAGUACCAGAAAAGAAAAUACCCCCACCUGUUUCCAAAAAGAUAGAAACCCCACCUGCCAAAGUGCCUGAACCUCCCAAAGAAGUUGUUCCUGAAAAGAAAGUACCAGUGGCUGUCCCCAAAAAGCCAGAAGCCCCGCCUGCUAAAGUGCCAGAGGUACCAAAGAAACCUGUGCCUGAAGAAAAACCUGUUCCUGUUCCUGUUCCUGUUCCUGUUCCCGAGAAAGUGGAGUCUCCUCCACCAGAAGUAUAUGAAGAGCCUGAAGAAGUUGUUCCUGAAGUAGAAGAACCUGAAGAGGAAAUCCCAGCUCCUGAAGAGGAAGCACCUGCUCCCAUUCCUGAAGAGCCAGCCCCACCACCACCACCUAAAGUGCCUGAGGUACCCAAGGUCAUCCCAGAAAAGAAAGUGCCUGUUGUCAAAAAACCAGAACCUCCACCUGCUAAAGAACCUGAGGCACCAAAGAAAAUUGUCCCAGUGAAGAAAGUUCCUGUUCCUAAGGAGCCAGAAGCACCACCCGCUAAAGUGCCUGGAUUACUCAAGAAAGUUGUCCCACCAAAGAAGGAACCUGUCAAUGUUACCAGAAAACCUGAAGUUCCACCAGCUAAAGUGCCUGAAGUACCCAAGAUAAGUGUCCCAGAGAAGAAAGUCCCUAUUGCUGUUCCUGAAGAACCAGAAGUUCCACCAGUCCAAGUGGAAGAGUCUCCUGAAGAGGUUAUUUAUGAAGAAAAAGCAUCCAUAACCAUUGGUAGGAAGGAGAUUCCUCCUGUUGAAGAACGUGAAAUCACAAAGCAGAUUGAGCCUGUGGCACCAGAGCCUGAGCCAGAACCUGAAGAAAUACCCGUGAAAGAACCUGAACCAGAAAAGAAGAUUCCUGAGAAACCCAAAUUCAAACCACCACCCCGGGCUCCUCUUCCACCAAAGGAAGAAAUCAAAGAACAAAUGGCCCAGCUUAAAGCCGUUGUAAAGAAAAAGCCUCCUGAAAAACCUCCAGAAAAAGUUCCAGAAAAGGUGGAAUUUGCUCCUCUAAAAGCACCUGGUGAAAAGAAAAUUCGAAAAUUACUUCCUGAACCUGAACCUAAGCCAAAGGAAGAAGUUAUUUUGAAAAGCGUUCUUAGGAAGAGGCCUGAAGAAGAAGAACCUAAAGUAGAGCCUAAAAAAGUAGAAAAGAUUAAAAAACCUACAGUACCAGAACCACCAAAGAAGGCUGUUGAUGAAGUUGAGGCACCUCCGCCUGUCACCAAAAAAGAAAGGAAAAUUCCAGAACCAACAAAAGUGCCUGAAAUCAAACCAGCAAUACCUCUUCCUGCACCACCCGAACCAAAACCUCCACCAGAAGUAAAAGUUGCUAAGCCUAUCGAACCACCGCCAGCACCAGUACCAGCUCCUACCCCUGUGACCAUUCCAGUUGUUGGAAAGAAAGCAGAAGCCAAAGCACCUAAAGAGGAAGCUGCCAAACCUAAAGGGCCUAUCAAAGGUGUGGCCAAAAAGACACCUUCUCCAACUGAGAUAGAAAAGAGAAAGCUAAGACCAGGAAGCGGGGGCGAGAAACCUCCUGAUGAGGCCCCUUUCACCUACCAACUCAAGGCCGUGCCCUUGAAGUUCGUGAAAGAAAUCAAAGACAUCGUGCUGAAAGAAGCAGAGUCUGUAGGUUCUUCUGCCAUCUUUGAAUGUCUUGUUUCCCCUUCCACUGCCGUCACAAGCUGGAUGAAGGAUGGGAACAAUAUUCGUGAAAGUCCCAAGCACAGGUUCAUUGCAGACGGCAAAGACAGAAAGCUGCACAUCAUCGAUGUCCAGCUUUCAGAUGCUGGCGAAUACACUUGCGUUCUGCGUCUGGGAAAUAAAGAAAAGACCUCCACAGCAAAACUGGUUGUUGAAGAACUGCCUGUCCGUUUUGUAAAAACACUAGAAGAAGAGGUGACUGUGGUUAAAGGACAGCCUCUAUACUUGAACUGUGAAUUAAACAAAGAGCGAGAUGUGGUCUGGAGGAAGGAUGGAAAGAUCGUCGUGGAGAAACCUGGCAAAAUUAUACCAGGUGUCAUUGGUUUGCUUCGUGCCCUCACGAUCAAUGAUGCCGAUGAUUUUGAUGCUGGAACAUACACCGUCACUGUAGAAAAUGCCAACAAUCUCGAGUGCUCAUCUUGUGUAAAAGUAGUAGAAGUCAUAAGGGAUUGGUUGGUAAAACCUAUAAGAGAUCAGCACGUGAAACCCAAGGGUACAGCUGUUUUCACCUGUCACAUUGCUAAAGAUACACCCAAUGUUAAAUGGUUCAAAGGAUAUGAUGAAAUUCCUAUGGAACCAACUGAUAAGACUGAGAUUCUGAAAGAGGGAAACAAACUUUUCCUCAAAAUCAAGAAUGCCAUGCCAGAAGAUAUUGAUGAAUACGCAGUGGAAAUUGAAGGGAAAAGAUACCCUGCCAAGCUGACACUUGGAGAUCGUGAGGUUGAGCUCCUGAAACCAAUAGAGGACGUGACAAUUUAUGAGAAAGAAAGUGCAAGCUUUGAUGCAGAAAUUUCCGAGGCAGAUGUUCCUGGAGCAUGGAAGCUGAAAGGAGAAGUUCUGAGACCAUCUCCUACUUGCGAAAUCAAAACAGAUGGAGGGAAACGUUUCCUAACUUUACACAAAGUCAAAUUGGACCAAGCCGGGGAAGUGUCUUAUCAGGCAUUCAAUGCAUUUACAUCUGCCAUUUUGACCGUGAAAGAAAUUGAACUUGACUUUGCUGUGCCCCUGAAGGAUGUCACUGUUCCAGAAAGGCGGCAGGCUCGAUUUGAAUGUGUCCUCACAAGAGAGGCAAAUGUUAUAUGGUCUAAAGGACCUGAUAUUAUCAAAGCCAGCGACAAAUUUGAUAUCAUUGCAGAUGGAAAGAAACAUAUCCUUGUCAUCAAUGAUUCUCAAUUUGACGAUGAAGGAGUCUACACAGCUGAAGUUGAUGGCAAGAAGACCUCUGCUAGGUUAUUUGUGGAAGGUGUAAGGUUGAAAUUCAUGUCACCUCUGGAAGACCAAACCGUCAAAGAAGGAGAAACAGCUACUUUUGUUUGUGAGCUCUCUCAUGAAAAGAUGCACGUAACCUGGUUUAAAAAUGAUGUCAAACUCCACACAACCAGAACAGUGCUCAUGUCUUCUGAGGGCAAGACCCACAAGUUAGAAAUGAGAGAAGUGACACUCGAUGACAUAUCCCAGAUAAAGGCUCAAGUCAAGAAUCUGAGUUCCACUGCCAAUCUAAAGGUCUUAGAGGCUGAUCCAUACUUCACUGUGAAGUUACAUGAUUACACCGGAACUGAAAAAGAUGAGAUUGUCCUCAAAUGUGAAGUUAGCAAAGAUGUGCCUGUAAAAUGGUUCAAGGAUGGAGAAGAAAUUACCCCUUCAACCAAAUACUCCAUCAAGACAGAUGGCCUGCGCCGCAUAUUAAAAAUCAAGAAGACAGAGCUUAAAGAUAAGGGAGAAUAUUCUUGUGAUUGUGGGACAGACAAAACAACAGCCAAUGUCAAUGUUGAGGCUCGAUUAAUAAAAGUGGAAAAACCUCUCUAUGGAGUGGAAGUGUUUGUUGGAGAAACAGCACGCUUUGAAAUUGAGCUUUCUGAACCUGACGUUCAUGGUCAGUGGAAAUUAAAAGGAGAACCUCUGACCGCUUCCCCGAACUGUGAAAUCAUUGAAGAUGGAAAGAAACAUGUCCUGGUCCUUUAUAACUGCCAAUUGGAUAUGACUGGGGAGGUUUCCUUCCAGGCUGCCAAUGCUAAAUCUGCAGCUAAUCUUAAAGUCAAAGAACUCCCACUCAUCUUUAUUACACCACUCAGUGAUGUCAAAGUCUUUGAGAAAGAUGAGGCCAAAUUUGAGUGUGAAGUAUCCAGGGAGCCCAAAACAUUCCGCUGGUUGAAAGGCACCCAGGAAAUCACAAGUGAUGACAAAGUCGAACUUAUAAAGGAUGGAACCAGGCACUCAAUGGUGAUUAAGUCAGCUGCUUUUGAAGAUGAGGGAAAAUAUAUGUUUGAGGCUGAAGACAAGCGGACAAGCGGCAAACUAAUCAUUGAAGGAAUUCGUCUUAAAUUCCUCACUCCACUCAAGGAUGUGACAGCCAAGGAACGGGAAAGUGCUGUGUUUACAGUAGAACUAUCCCAUGACAAUAUCCCAGUUAGCUGGUUCAAAAAUGAUCAACGGCUGCAUACCAGCAAGUUGGUUUCAAUGCAUGACGAAGGCAAGAUUCAUUCCAUCACAUUCAAAGACCUCACUAUUGAUGAUACAUCCCAAAUCAAAGUGGAAGCCAUGGGGAUAGCUUCUGAAGCUAAACUUACUGUGCUUGAGGGAGAUCCCUAUUUUACAGGAAAACUUCAAGAUUAUACUGGAGUAGAGAAAGAUGAAGUAGUUCUCCAGUGUGAAAUUAGCAAGGCAGAUGCGCCAGUGAAAUGGUUUAAGGAUGGGAAGGAAAUAAAGCCAUCUAAAAAUGUUGCCAUCAAGGCAGAUGGCAGGAAGAGAAUGUUAAUAUUAAAGAAAGCCCUGAAGUCAGAUAUUGGACAAUACACCUGUGACUGUGGGACAGAUAAGACCUCUGCCAAACUUGACAUUGAAGAUCGGGAAAUUAAGUUGGUUCGCCCUCUGUACAGUGUGGAGGUGAUAGAAACAGAGACCGCUCGCUUUGAAACAGAAAUCUCAGAGGACGAUAUCCAUGCCAACUGGAAACUGAAAGGAGAGCCUUUACUUCAGACACCAGAUUGUGAAAUUAAGGAAGAAGGCAAAAUGCACUUCCUCAUUCUUCAUAAUUGCCGCCUGGAUCAAACUGGUGGAGUAGAUUUUCAAGCUGCCAAUGUCAAAUCUAGUGCACAUCUUCGAGUUAAACCCCGUGUGAUUGGACUACUGAGGCCUCUAAAGGAUGUAACAGUGACUGCAGGUGAAACAGCCACCUUUGAUUGUGAGCUGUCUUAUGAGGAUAUCCCAGUGGAGUGGUACCUACAGGGAAAGAAGCUAGAGCCUAGUGAUAAGGUUGUCCCACGCUCAGAAGGAAGAGUUCACACACUUACCUUGAGGGAUGUGAAGUUAACAGAUGCUGGGGAAGUCCAACUGACUGCAAAGGAUUUCAAAACACAAGCCAAUCUCUUUGUAAAAGAACCCCCAGUUGAAUUCACUAAACCUCUUGAGGACCAGACGGUCGAAGAGGAAGCCACUGCAGUAUUGGAGUGUGAAGUGUCCAGAGAAAAUGCUAAGGUGAAAUGGUUCAAAAAUGGAACUGAAAUCCUUAAAAGCAAGAAGUAUGAAAUUGUUGCUGAUGGUAGAGUCAGAAAACUUAUUAUACAUAACUGUACCCCAGAAGAUAUUAAAACAUACACUUGUGAUGCUAAGGAUUUCAAGACUUCCUGUAACCUGAAUGUAGUGCCUCCUCAUGUUGAAUUCUUAAGACCUCUCACUGAUCAACAAGUUAAAGAAAAAGAAAUGGCUCGGUUUGAAUGUGAACUUUCUCGGGAAAAUGCCAAGGUUCACUGGUUCAGAGAUGGAGCUGAAAUUAAAAAGGGCAAAAAGUAUGACAUCAUUUCCAAAGGUGCUGUGCGCAUUCUUGUCAUCAACAAAUGUCUCUUGGAUGAUGAGGCAGAAUACUCCUGUGAAGUCAGGACAGCUAGAACAUCUGGCAUGCUGACAGUGUUAGAGGAGGAAGCUGUCUUUACUAAAAACCUUGCCAACAUUGAUGCAAGUGAAACUGAUACAGUGAAAUUUAUUUGUGAAGUCUCCAAGCCUGGAGCAGAAGUUACUUGGUAUAAAGGUGAUGAAGAAAUCAUCGAAACAGGAAGAUAUGAAAUACUUGCUGAUGGGCGAAAGAGGAUUCUGAUCAUUCAGAAUGCUCACCUUGAAGAUGCUGGUAACUUCAACUGCAGACUCCCAAGCUCCCGCACAGAUGGCAAACUCAAAGUACAUGAACUUGCAGCUGAAUUUAUAUCUAAACCCCAAAAUCUGGAAGUCCUAGAGGGAGAAAAGGCUGAGUUUGUAUGCUCCAUAUCAAAAGAGAGCUUUGCAGUGGAGUGGAAAAGGGAUGAUGAGAAACUUGAAUCUGGGGAUAAAUACGAUGUUAUUGCUGAUGGGAAAAAGAGAAUCCUGGUUGUCAAGGAUUCCACCCUACAAGAUAUGGGCACCUAUGUAGUCAUGGUUGGUGCAGCUAGAGCUGCAGCUCACUUGACAGUCAUUGAAAAACUCAGGAUCAUCGUUCCACUUAAGGACAAACGUGUUAAAGAACAACAAGAGGUUGUUUUCAACUGUGAAGUCAACACAGAAGGAGCCAAGGCAAAGUGGUUCAGAAAUGAUGAGGCCAUAUUUGACAGCUCAAAAUAUAUUAUCCUCCAGAAGGAUUUGGUUUACACUCUAAGAAUUAGAGAUGCACGUUUGGAUGACCAGGCCACCUAUAGUGUAUCACUGACUAAUCACAGAGGUGAAAACGUCAAGAGUGCAGCUCAGUUAAUCGUAGAAGAGGAAGACCUUAGGAUUGUUGAACCUCUAAAAGACAUUGAAACAAUGGAGAAGAAGUCUGUCACUUUCUGGUGCAAGGUGAAUCGACUCAAUGUAACUCUGAAAUGGUUCAAAAAUGGAGAAGAAAUUCCUCUUGAUAACCGUGUUUUGUACCGAGUAGACAAAUAUAAGCAUUCUCUCAUUAUUAAAGACUGUGGAUUUCCAGAUGAAGGAGAAUACACAGUCGUUGCUGGACAAGAUAAAUCCGUUGCUGAGCUUCUAAUUAUAGAAGCACCUACAGAAUUUGUGGAGCACCUAGAGGACCAGACCGUCACUGAAUUCGACGAUGCUGUCUUCUCUUGUCAGCUUUCCAGAGAGAAAGCAAAUGUUAAAUGGUACAGAAAUGGACGAGAAAUCAAAGAAGGCAAAAAAUAUACAUUUGAAAAAGAUGGAAGCAUUCACAGACUCAUCAUAAAGGACUGCAGAUUGGAUGAUGAGUGUGAAUAUGCUUGUGGGGUAGAAGACAGAAAAUCCAGGGCUAGGCUUUUUGUUGAAGAAAUCCCUGUUGAAAUCAUCAGACCUCCCCAAGAUAUUCUGGAAGCUCCUGGAGCUGAUGUUGUCUUUUUUGCGGAACUCAACAAAGAUAAGGUGGAAGUUCAAUGGCUGAGAAAUAAUAUGAUUGUGGUCCAAGGUGAUAAACACCAGAUGAUGAGUGAAGGAAAGAUCCAUAGAUUACAGAUAUGUGAUAUUAGACCUCGUGACCAAGGCGAAUAUAGAUUUGUCGCUAAAGAUAAAGAAGCUAGAGCCAAACUUGAACUGGCAGCUGCACCUAAAAUCAAGACUGGAGACCAGGAUCUUGUAGUUGAUGUUGGGAAGCCUUUGACAAUGAUUGUACCCUAUGAUGCCUACCCGAAAGCAGAAGCUGAAUGGUUUAAAGAAAAUGAAGCUUUACCUUCAAAAACAGUUGAUACCACAGCUGAACAGACCUCCUUCAGGAUCUUGGAAGCCAAGAAUUCAGACAAAGGAAGGUACAAGGUUGUGUUACAGAACAAACACGGAAAAGCAGAAGGAUUUAUCAAUGUGAAAGUUAUCGAUGUGCCAGGGCCAGUCAGAAACUUAGAAGUGACAGAAACAUUUGAUGGUGAAGUGAGCCUAGCCUGGGAGGAGCCACUAACUGAUGGUGGCAGCAAAAUCAUCGGUUAUGUUGUUGAAAGACGAGACGUCAAGAGGAAGACAUGGGUGUUAGCCACUGAUCGUGCAGAUAGUUGUGAAUUUACUGUCACUGGACUUCAAAAAGGAGGGGUUGAGUAUCUGUUCCGUGUAAGUGCAAGAAACAGAGUUGGGACUGGUGAACCAGUUGAAACAGACAACCCUGUGGAAGCAAGGAGUAAAUAUGAUGUUCCAGGUCCUCCUCUGAAUGUAGCCAUCACUGACGUAAACAGAUUUGGUGUCUCACUUACAUGGGAACCACCAGAAUAUGAUGGCGGUUGUGAAAUUACAAACUAUGUCAUUGAAUUAAGAGACAAGACUUCUAUUAGAUGGGACACAGCUAUGACUGUUAGAGCUGAAGACCUCUCUGCUACUGUCACUGAUGUGGUAGAAGGAAAUGAAUACAGCUUCCGAGUCAGAGCCCAAAAUCGCAUUGGAGUUGGAAAGCCAAGUGCUGCUACACCCUUCGUGAAAGUUGCAGAUCCAAUUGAGAGGCCAAGCCCUCCUAUCAACCUUGGUUAUUCUAACCAAACUCAGUCAUCUGUUCAGCUUUCAUGGGAACCUCCAUUAAAAGAUGGUGGAAGUCCUAUACUGGGCUAUAUUAUUGAGCGCUGUGAGGAAGGAACAGACAAUUGGAUUCGUUGUAAUGUGAAACUUGUCCCUGAGCUAACUUACAAGGUUACUGGAUUAAAACAAGGCAAUAAGUAUUUAUAUAGGGUCUUUGCAGAAAAUGAGGCUGGAAUUUCAGAUCCAACUGACGUUCUUGGUCCACUAACUGCAGAUGAUGCAUUUGUUGAACCAACAAUGGAUUUAAGUCAAUUCAAAGAUGGCCUGGAAGUUAUAGUCCCAAACCCAAUCAAGAUCCUCGUGCCAAGUACUGGUUACCCAAGACCAACUGCAACCUGGUCCUUUGGAGAGCAGGUCUUAGAAGCCAGUGACCGGGUGAAGAUGAAGACCCUCUCUGCUUAUGCUGAGCUUGUCAUUUCUCCAAGUGAACGUCCAGAUAAGGGCAUUUAUACGUUAAGACUGGAAAAUCGUGUGAAAGCAAUUUCUGGAGAAAUCAAUGUUAAUGUGAUCGCUCGCCCAAGUGCACCAAAAGAACUGAAAUAUGGAGACAUCACCAGGGACUCGGUACAUUUGACAUGGGAACCACCAGAUGAUGAUGGGGGAAGCCCACUGACUGGAUAUCUUGUUGAAAAACGAGAAGUCAGUCGUAAAACAUGGACCAAAGUUUUGGACUUUAUAACUGACCUAGAAUUCACUGUUCCUGAUCUUGUCCAAGGAAAAGAAUACAUAUUUAAAGUUUGUGCACGCAACAAGUGUGGUCCUGGAGAACCUGCAUAUACUGAUGAGCCUGUAAAUAUGUCAGCUCCUGCAACUGUGCCUGACCCACCAGAAAAUCUGAAAUGGAGGGAUCGAACAGCCAAAAGCAUUUUUCUAACAUGGGAACCACCGAAACAUGAUGGUGGUUCACGUAUCAAAGGAUAUAUAGUGGAAAAAUGUCCUCGUGGUUCUGAUAAGUGGGUGGCCUGUGGAGAACCAGUUGCUGAAACCAAAAUGGAAGUAACAGGUCUUGAUGAAGGUCAAUGGUAUGCCUACCGUGUAAAGGCUCUGAACAAGCUAGGAGCUAGCAAACCAAGCAGACCAACAGAGGACAUUCAGGCUGUGGAUUCACAGGAGGCCCCAGAAAUCUUCUUAGAUGUAAAGUUGCUUGCUGGCCUCACGGUGAAAGCUGGCACAAAGAUAGAAUUGCCUGCUACAGUAACUGGCAAACCUGAACCUAAGAUUACCUGGACAAAGGCUGAUGUCAUUUUGAAACAAGACAAAAGAAUUACCAUUGAAAAUGUUCCCAAAAAAUCAACAGUGACCAUUGUGGACAGCAAGAGAAGUGACACGGGCACCUACAUCAUUGAAGCCGUCAAUGUCUGUGGACGUGCUACUGCCGUAGUGGAAGUCAAUGUUUUAGAUAAACCUGGACCUCCAGCUGCAUUUGACAUCUCAGAAGUUACCAGCGAAUCAUGUCUUCUAACAUGGAAUCCUCCAAGGGACGAUGGUGGUUCCAAGAUCACAAACUAUAUAGUAGAAAGAAGAGCAACAGACAGUGAAGUGUGGCAUAAGCUGUCAUCAACAGUAAAAGAAACAAAGUUCCAGGCUACUAAAUUAAUACCUAAUAAAGAAUAUAUCUUCAGAGUUGCAGCAGAAAACAUGUAUGGUAUUGGUGAGCCAGUCCAGGCUAGCCCAAUAAUAGCCAAAUAUCCAUUUGAUCCACCAGGACCUCCAACACGCCUUGAACCUUCUGAUAUAACUAAAGAUGCCGUAACUCUAACGUGGUGUGAGCCAGAUGAUGAUGGUGGAAGCCCAAUCACUGGAUACUGGGUUGAAAGAUUAGAUCCUGAUACUGAUAAGUGGGUUAAAUGCAAUAAGAUGCCAAUAAAGGAUACAACAUACAGGGUGAAAGGUCUCACCAAUAAGAAAAAAUACAGAUUCCGUGUGUUAGCUGAAAAUCUUGCUGGACCUGGCAAACCAAGCCGAUCAACUGAACCAAUCUUAAUAAAGGAUCCCAUUGAUCCUCCAUGGCCCCCUGGCAAGCCAACCGUAAAAGAUAUAGGCAAAACAUCACUCUCGUUGAAAUGGACAAAGCCUGAACAUGAUGGAGGGGCAAAGAUUGAAUCUUAUGUAAUUGAAAUGCUAAAAACUGGAACAGAUGAGUGGGUUCGAGUAGCUGAAGGUGUUCCUACCACUGAACACUUCCUCCGAGGACUCAUGGAAGGGCAAGAAUAUUCAUUCCGAGUUAGAGCGGUGAACAAGGCAGGGGAGAGUGAACCCAGUGAACCAAGUGAUCCUGUACUUUGCAGGGAAAAACUAUAUCCCCCAUCACCACCUCGGUGGCUGGAGGUCAUUAACAUCACUAAAAACACAGCAGACCUAAAAUGGACAGUUCCUGAGAAAGAUGGAGGCUCCCCUAUCACCAACUACAUUGUUGAAAAGAGAGAUGUGAGGCGCAAAGGCUGGCAAACAGUGGAUACAACAGUAAAGGAUACUAAAUGCACAGUUACACCACUGACAGAGGGUUCUUUGUAUGUAUUUCGGGUUGCUGCAGAAAAUGCCAUAGGACAGAGUGAUUAUUGUGAAGUUGAAGACUCUGUCCUAGCCAGAGACACCUUUACCACUCCUGGACCACCCUAUGCCCUAGCAGUGGUUGGUGUGACCAAAAGAUAUGUUGACCUAAAAUGGGAGCCACCGAAAAAUGAUGGUGGGAGACCAAUUCAGAGAUAUAUUAUCGAGAAGAAAGAAAAAUUAGGAACUCGUUGGGUCAAGGCUGGAAAGACUUCAGGACCUGACUGUAAUUUCAGAGUAACUGAUGUUAUUGAAGGAACAGAAGUUCAAUUCCAAGUGCGUGCAGAAAAUGAAGCUGGAAUUGGUCAUCCAAGUGAACCCACUGAAAUCCUCACUAUUGAAGAUGCAAAAAGUGUUCCUUCACCUCCCCUUGACUUGCAUGUAACUGAUGCUGGCAGAAAGCACAUUGCCAUUGCUUGGAAGCCGCCAGAGAAAAAUGGGGGAAGUCCUAUUAUAGGAUACCAUGUUGAAAUGUGCCCGGUUGGCACUGAAAAAUGGAUGCGAGUCAAUUCUCGUCCAGUGAAAGACCUGAAAUUCAAAGUAGAAGAAGGUGUUGUUCCUGACAAGGAGUAUGUUCUGAGAGUGAGAGCUGUCAAUGCUGUUGGAGUCAGUGAACCAUCUGAAAUCUCUGAGAAUGUUGUUGCCAAAGACCCAGAUUGCAGGCCAACCAUUGAUCUGGAGACUCACGACAUUGUUGUCAUUGAAGGUGAAAAGCUGCAUAUUCCUGUUCCCUUCAGAGCAGUGCCAGCCCCAACCAUUACUUGGCAUAAAGAUGGCAAAGAACUCAAAGCAAGUGACAGAUUAACAAUGAAGAGUGAUCACACUUCUGCACACAUUGAAGUGCCCAAGAGUGUCCAUGCUGAUGCUGGCACUUACACCAUUACACUUGAAAAUAAACUGGGCUCAACAACUGGGUCUAUCAACGUCAAAGUCAUAGGCCUUCCUGGACCAUGCAAAGAUAUUAAAGCAAGUGAUAUAACCAAAAGUUCAUGCAAGUUAACAUGGGAGCCUCCAGAAUAUGAUGGUGGCAGUCCAAUUCUUCACUACGUCCUGGAACGUAGAGAAGCUGGUAGAAGAACAUAUAUACCUGUGAUGUCUGGUGAAAACAAACUCUCUUGGACUGUAAAGGAUCUUAUACCAAAUGGUGAAUACUUCUUCCGAGUGAAGGCUGUGAACAAAAUUGGUGGAGGCGAAUAUAUUGAACUGAAAAAUCCAGUCAUUGCUCAAGAUCCAAAGCAGCCCCCAGAUCCACCUGUUGAUGUUGAGGUUCAUAACCCCACGGCAAAGGCAAUGACUCUUACGUGGAAACCACCUUUGUAUGAUGGAGGAAGCAAGAUAAUGGGUUAUAUCAUAGAGAAAAUAGCUAAGGGUGAAGAGACAUGGAAGAGAUGCAAUGACUUUUUGGUCCCCAUUUUAACCUACACAGUGAAAGACCUUGAAGAAGGAAAGGAAUAUCAAUUCCGUGUACGGGCAGAAAAUGCUGCUGGCAUCAGUGAGCCUUCUCGUGCCACUCCUCCAGUCAAAGCUGUGGAUCCCAUUGAUGCUCCAAAAGUUAUCAUGAGGACAAGCCUGGAAGUUAAAAGAGGUGAUGAAAUCGCACUUGAUGCAACUGUUUCUGGGUCACCUUAUCCAACAAUCACAUGGUUAAAGGAUGAGGAAGUUAUUAGACCAGAGGAAAUUAAAAAGCGCCCCAUGACAGUGGUUAGAAGGAAGAGAGGUGAAGUUCAAGAAGAAGAACCAUUCGUCCUGCCUCUGACAGAACGCCUGAGCAUUGACAAUAGCAGACAAGGAGAAUCUCAGCUACGUGUCCGUGAUUCUCUUCGACCUGAUCAUGGCAUGUAUAUGAUCAAAGUGGAAAAUGACCAUGGCAUCGCCAAAGCUCCCUGUGCUGUCACUGUGCUAGAUACACCUGGACCUCCAAUCAACUUUGUAUUUGAAGAUGUUAGAAAGAAUUCAGUCACCUGUAAAUGGGAACCUCCACUUGAUGAUGGUGGCAGUGAAAUCAUAAACUACACUUUGGAAAAGAAAGAAAAGACAAAAUCAGAUGCGGACUGGACAGUAGUUACCUCAACACUCCGGCACUGCAAAUAUAAUGUGCCUAAACUGAUUGAAGGAAAGGAAUAUGUCUUCCGUGUGAGGGCUGAAAAUAGAUUUGGACCUGGACCACCAUGUGUUUCAAAACCACUUUUAGCUAAAGAUCCAUUUGAACCACCUGAUGCACCUGACAAGCCCCUUGUUGAAGAUGUUACCAGUAAUAGCAUGCUAGUAAAAUGGAAUGAACCUAAAGAUAAUGGAAGCCCCAUCUUAGGCUACUGGCUUGAAAAACGUGAGGUCAAUAGUACUCACUGGUCUCGUGUCAAUAGAAGUCUUCUAAAUGCUUUGAAAACAAAAGUGGAUGGCCUUCUGGAAGGACUAACCUAUGUCUUCAGAGUAUGUGCUGAAAAUGCAGCUGGUCCUGGAAAGUUUAGUCCACCAUCUGAUCCCCAAACAGCAAGGGAUCCAAUUUCACCACCUGGACCACCUGUUCCAAGAGUGACUGACACAAGUACUACUACUAUUGAAUUAGAAUGGGAACCCCCAGCUUACAAUGGCGGUGGGGAAAUCAUCGGCUAUUUUGUUGAUAAGCAGUUGGUUGGCACAAAUGAAUGGUCACGUUGUACAGAGAAAAUGAUCAAGCUCCGCCAGUACACAGUCAGAGAAAUCCGAGAAGGUGCUGACUACAAACUUCGCGUGAGUGCUGUCAAUAUUGCAGGUGAAGGACCACCUGGGGAAACUGAACCUGUCACAGUAGCCGAACCUCAAGAGCCUCCACAUGUGGAACUGGAUGUUUCUGUCAAGGCUGGAAUCCAGAUAAUGGCUGGGCAAACUCUGAAAAUUCCAGCUAUUGUCACUGGUCGCCCCGUUCCCACCAGAGUAUGGACCGUAGAAGAAGGAGAACUAGAUAAAGAGCGUGUUGUCAUAGAUAAUGUGGGAACCAAAUCUGAGCUAAUUAUCAAGAAUGCAUUGAGAAAAGAUCAUGGCAGAUAUGUGAUCACUGCUACCAACAGCUGUGGUUCCAAAUUUGCAGCAGCCAGGGUUGAAGUUUUCGAUGUUCCUGGUCCAGUUCUUGACCUUAAACCUGUUGUAACAAACAGAAAGAUGUGUCUACUUAACUGGUCUGAUCCAGCAGAUGAUGGAGGAAGUGAAAUCACAGGCUUCAUUAUAGAAAGAAAAGAUGCCAAAAUGCAUACUUGGAGACAACCAAUAGAGACCGAGCGAUCUAAAUGUGACAUCACAGGUCUUCUUGAAGGACAAGAAUAUAUGUUCCGUGUUAUAGCUAAGAACAAGUUUGGUUGUGGCCCACCUGUUGAAAUAGGACCAAUCCUUGCAGUUGAUCCACUAGGUCCUCCAACAUCACCUGAGAGACUCACCUACACAGAGAGGACUAAGUCUACGAUCACCCUUGACUGGAAGCCUCCUCGAACUGAUAAUGGUAGUCCUAUUCAAGGAUACAUUAUUGAAAAGAGACGACAUGACAAACCUGAUUUUGAAAGAGUUAACCAACGACUCUGCCCAACAACAUCUUUCCUGGUGGAAAAUCUGGAUGAACACCAAAUGUAUGAAUUCCGUGUCAAAGCAGUCAAUGGUAUUGGAGAAAGUGAACCAUCUCUGCCUCUUAAUGUAGUCAUACAAGAUGAUGAAGUUCCUCCAACUAUUAAAUUGCGUCUCAAGGUCAGAGGAGAUACUAUCAAAGUGAAGGCUGGAGAGCCUGUUAAUAUUCCUGCAGAUGUAACAGGCCUUCCAAUGCCUAAUAUUGAAUGGUCCAAGGAUGAAAAAGUAAUAGAAAAACCAACAGACGUGCUUCAGAUUACCAAGGAAGAAAUAUCUAGAAGUGAGGCUAAGACAGAACUUAGUAUUCCCAAGGCUGCCCGACAAGACAAAGGCACUUAUACUGUUACUGCCUCUAAUCGUCUGGGCACAGUAUUCCGCAAUGUUCACGUUGAAGUAUAUGAUCGUCCAUCUCCACCAAGAAACCUUGCUGUGGUUGAUAUCAAAGCUGAAUCUUGCUACUUGACAUGGGAUACCCCACUAGAUAAUGGCGGCAGUGAAAUCACCCAUUAUGUGAUUGACAAGCGUGAUGCAAGUAGGAAGAAAAGUGAAUGGGAGGAGGUCACCAAUACUGCUGUGGAAAGAAGAUAUGGGAUCUGGAAGCUUAUUCCAAAUGGUCAAUAUGAGUUCAGAGUAAGAGCAGUGAAUAAAUAUGGAACUAGUGACGAAUGCAAAUCUGAUAAAGUGGUCAUUCAGGAUCCCUAUCGCACUCCUGGACCUCCAGGAAAACCCAAAGUCUUAGAGCGCACUAAAGGAUCAAUGCUAGUGAGCUGGACACCUCCUUUGGACAAUGGCGGGUCUCCAAUCACUGGCUAUUGGCUGGAGAAGAGAGAAGAGGGAGGCUCUUAUUGGUCACGUGUUAGCAGAGCUCCAAUAACAAAAACAGGAUUGAAAAGCGUGGAAUUCAAUGUUCCACGUUUGAUUGAAGGUGUUAAAUAUCAAUUCAGAGCACUGGCGAUAAAUGCAGCUGGAGUUGGCCCUCCCAGUGAACCAUCAGACCCUGCUGUAGCAGGGGAUCCUAUAUUCCCACCUGGUCCACCUUCAUGCCCAGAAGUCAAAGACAAAACUAAGUCAAGCAUAACCCUAGCAUGGAAACCUCCAGCCAAGGAUGGUGGUAGUCCAAUCAAGGGAUAUAUUGUUGAAAUGCAAGAAGAAGGCACUUCUGACUGGAAAAGAGUAAAUGAACCAGACAAACUUCUGACUACCUGUGAAUGUGUUGUACCUAAUUUGAAAGAACUCAGAAAAUACCGAUUCCGAGUGAAAGCUGUAAAUGAUGCAGGAGAAUCUGAACCCAGUGGAACAACUGGAGAGAUACCUGCCAGUGAUAUUCAAGAGGUUCCAGAGGUUUUCAUUGACAUUGGAGCCCAAGAUAGUUUGAUUUGCCUUGCUGGAUCACAGAUCAAGAUUCCAGCUAUUAUUAAGGGACGCCCAACACCAAAAUCAUCUUGGGAGUUUGAGGGAAAAGCAAAGAAGACAGUAAAGGAUGGCAUUCACAAUAUACCUGAAGAUGCCCAGCUUGAAACUGCUGAAAACUCUUCAGUGAUUAUUAUUAAUAAUUGCAAACGAGAACACACAGGAAAAUAUAGCAUUACUGCCAAGAACAAAGCAGGACAAAAAACUGCGAAUUGCAGAGUUAAAGUCAUGGAUGUGCCCGGACCACCCAAAGACCUGAAAGUCAGUGACAUUACAAGGAGCAGUUGCAAACUUUCAUGGAAGAUGCCAGAUGAUGAUGGUGGAGACAGAAUCAAAGGCUAUGUUAUAGAGAAAAGGACUGUUGAUGGGAAAGCCUGGACAACAGUUAAUCCAAACUGUGGUAGCACCUCAUUUGUAGUACCAGACCUCAUCUCUGAACAACAGUAUUUCUUCCGAGUGCGUGCUGAAAACCGCUUUGGUAUUGGUGCACCUGCAGAAACCAUCCAAAGGACCACUGCUAGAGAUCCAAUAUAUCCUCCUGAUCCCCCCAUUAAGCUCAAGAUUGGCCUUGUUACCAAGGACACAGUGAGUCUGACAUGGAAGCCUCCGAAAAACGAUGGUGGUGCCCCUGUCACACACUAUAUUGUUGAGUGCCUUGCCUGGGAUCCUACUGGGAAAAAGAAAGAAGCAUGGAAACAAUGUAAUAAGCGAGAUGUAGAAGAAACUAAGUUUACUGUAGAGGACCUCAUAGAAGGUGGAGAAUAUGAAUUCCGAGUCAAAGCUGUCAACGAAGCAGGAGUCAGCAAACCUUCAGCUACAGUUGGUCCCAUCAUUGUGAAAGAUCAGACCUGCCCACCAUCAAUCGAUCUAAAAGAAUUUAUGGAAGUUGAAGAAGGAACAGAUGUUAGUAUUGUGGCUAAAGUUAAGGGAGUGCCCUUCCCUACAUUAACAUGGUUUAAAGCUCCUCCUAAGAAACCUGCUGACAAAGCUCCUGUUCUGUAUGACCAACAUAUCAACAAGCUCGUGGUUGAUGAUACUUGCACCUUAGUAAUUCCACAGUCUCGCAGGAGUGAUACUGCCCUGUACACGCUCACAGCUGUAAAUAAUCUGGGAACAGCAUCAAAAGAGAUGAGACUGAAUGUUCUUGGUCGCCCUGGACCUCCAGUGGGACCCAUAAAAUUUGAAUCCAUUUCAGCUGAUCAGAUGACUUUAUCUUGGCUUCCACCUCUAGAUGAUGGUGGUUCCAAGAUUACAAAUUAUGUUGUUGAGAAAAGAGAAGCUAAUAGGAAAACAUGGGUACGUGUUUCCAGUGAACCUAAGGAGUGUACAUACACAGUCCCCAAAUUACUGGAGGGCCAUGAAUAUGUAUUCCGUAUAAUGGCACAAAAUAAAUAUGGUAUUGGGGAGCCUCUUGACAGUGAACCAGAAACAGCAAGAAAUCUGUUCUCUGUCCCUGGGGCCCCUGACAAGCCAACUGUGAGCAGUGUGAAGCGUGACUCCAUGACUGUCAACUGGGAGGAACCAGAAUAUGACGGAGGCUCUCCCGUGACAGGCUACUGGCUAGAAAUGAAAGACACCACAUCAAAGAGAUGGAAGAGAGUCAACCGGGAUCCUAUCAAAGCUAUGACAUUAGGUGUUUCUUAUAAAGUGACAGGCCUCAUUGAAGGUUCAGACUAUCAGUUCCGAGUAUAUGCUAUUAAUGCUGCUGGAGUUGGCCCUGCAAGCUUGCCAUCUGACCCAGUAACAGCUAGAGAUCCAAUUGCCCCACCAGGUCCUCCCUUCCCCAAAGUGACCGACUGGACCAAGUCAUCUGUAGAUUUGGAAUGGACUCCCCCAUUAAAAGAUGGAGGGUCUAAAAUUACUGGAUAUAUAGUUGAAUACAAAGAAGAAGGAAAAGAAGAAUGGGAAAAGGGUAAAGAUAAAGAAGUGAGAGGAACAAAACUUGUAGUACCUGGAUUAAAAGAAGGCGCAUUCUACAAAUUUAGAGUUAGAGCAGUCAACAUUGCUGGCAUUGGAGAACCUGGAGAAGCUACUGACAUCAUUGAAAUGAAGGACAGAAUUGUUGCUCCUGAUCUUCAGCUGGAUGCUAGUGUCAGAGACAGAAUUGUGGUCCAUGCUGGUGGGGUGAUUCGUAUUAUAGCAUAUGUCUCUGGAAAGCCACCUCCCACAGUCACCUGGAGCAUGAAUGAAAGAGCAUUACCAGAAGAAGCAAACAUUGAAACCACAGCUAUUAGCUCCUCUAUGGUCAUCAAGAACUGCAAGAGGAGUCAUCAGGGUGUCUACUCCCUUCUUGCUAAAAAUGCAGGCGGAGAAAGAAAGAAGACGAUCAUUGUUGAUGUGUUAGAUGUUCCAGGUCCAGUUGGAAUUCCAUUCCUUUCAGACAAUCUAACCAAUGACUCCUGCAAACUGACAUGGUUUUCUCCAGAAGAUGAUGGUGGGUCACCUAUCACCAACUAUGUCAUUGAAAAACGGGAAGCUGACCGCAGAGCUUGGACCCCAGUAACUUAUACAGUCACAAGGCAGAAUGCUACAGUGCAAGGAUUGAUUGAAGGAAAAGCCUACUUUUUCCGCAUUGCUGCUGAAAAUAGCAUUGGCAUGGGUCCAUUUGUUGAAACACAAAAUGAACUUGUCAUCAGGGACCCAAUGACUGUCCCAGAACGUCCUGAAGACCUUGAAGUCAAAGAAGUUACUAAAGACUCUGUAACUCUGACUUGGAAUCCCCCUAAGUAUGAUGGAGGAUCAGAAAUAAUUAACUACAUAUUAGAAAGCCGUCUCAUUGGAACUGAAAAAUUCCACAAAGUUACACAAAACAACUUACUUAGUAGAAAAUUCACAGUUAAAGGCUUGAAAGAAGGUGAUACUUAUGAGUACCGUGUAAGUGCGGUCAAUAUUAUUGGGCAAGGCAAGCCAUCGUUCUGCACAAAGCCAAUCACUUGCAAAGAUGAACUUGCUCCUCCAACACUUGACCUGGACUUUAGGGAUAAGCUCACUGUUCGGGUUGGUGAAGCUUUUGCCCUGAAGGGACGUUAUUCAGGCAAGCCAAAACCAAAGAUCACGUGGUUGAAAGAUGAAACUGAUGUCUUAGAAGAUGAUCGCACACAGCUCAAGACUACUCCAACAACACUUUCUCUAGAAAAGGUCAAAGCCAAACGUGCAGACUCUGGCAAAUACACCGUGAUUGUUGAGAAUAGUACGGGUUCAAGGAAAGGUUCCUGUCAAGUUGCUGUUGUUGACCGUCCUGGACCUCCAGUGGGACCUGUUAUUUUUGAUGAAGUACACAAAGAUCAUUUUAUUAUCUCUUGGAAGCCUCCUUUAGAUGAUGGAGGAAGUGAAAUUACUAAUUACAUCAUUGAGAAGAAGGAGCUAAGCAAAGAUGUUUGGAUUCCAGUAACAUCAGCAAAUGUUAAGACAACAUGUAAAGUCCCUAAAUUGCUUGAGGGCAAAGACUACCUUGUUCGCAUAUAUGCUGAAAAUCUUUAUGGCAUAAGUGAUCCAUUAGUAUCUGAUUCAAUGAAAGCCAAGGAUCGUUUCAGUGUUCCUGCUGCACCAGAUCAACCAAUUGUUACUGAAGUUACUAAAGAUUCUGCAUUAGUUACCUGGAACAAACCAUAUGAUGGAGGCAAGCCCAUCACAACAUACAUUGUAGAAAAGAAGGAAACCAGAUCUAAAAAAUGGGUCAGAGUUUCCAGAGAGCCUAUUCAUCCAUAUACCAAAUUUAGGGUUCCUGAUCUUGUGGAAGGAUGUCAAUAUGAAUUCCGAGUUUCAGCAGAAAAUGAAAUUGGUGUUGGUGAUCCAAGCCCACCCUCAAAACCAGUAUUUGCUAAAGAUCCAAUUGCUAAACCAAGUCCACCUAUUAACCCUGAAGCAGUAGACACAACAAAAAAUUCAGUUGAUUUGAUUUGGCAACCACCACGUCAUGAUGGUGGAAGCAAGAUUCUGGGCUAUAUUGUGGAAUACCAGAAAGUUGGAGAUGAAGAAUGGAAAAGAGCCAAUCAUACUCCAGAGGCAUGCCCUGAAACAAAAUAUAAAGUCACAGGUCUUAGGGAUGGUCAGACCUAUAAAUUCAGAGUAAUGGCAGUCAAUGAAGCAGGGGAAUCAGACCCAGCUCAUGUUCCUGAGCCAGUGUUAGUAAGAGAUAGACUUGAACCUCCUGAAUUGAUUCUAGAUGCUAACAUGGCAAGAGAACAACACAUAAUGGUUGGAGAUACCUUAAGACUUAGUGCUAUCAUCAAAGGAGUUCCAUUCCCAAAAGUAACAUGGAAAAAAGAAGAUAGAGAAGUUCCUAUAAAAGCACAAAUCGAAGUUACACCAGUUGGCAGUAAGCUUGAAAUUCGUAACUCUGCCCAUGAAGAUGGUGGAACUUAUUCUUUGACAGUGGAGAAUCCAGCAGGCUCAAAGACAGUUUCAGUAAAAGUUGUUGUACUAGAUAAACCUGGACCACCUAGAGAUCUAGAAGUUAGUGAGAUUAGGAAGGAUUCUUGUUACCUUACCUGGAAAGAACCACUGGAUGAUGGUGGUUCAGAUAUUACGAAUUACGUAGUGGAAAGAAGAGAUGUUGCCGCUGCCCAGUGGUCACCUCUUUCAACUACAUCCAAGAAGAAGAGUCAUCUUGCUAAACAUCUCAAUGAAGGCAAUCAGUAUCUCUUCCGUGUAGCUGCUGAGAAUCAGUAUGGACGUGGUCCUUUUGUUGAAACUCCUAAACCUAUCAAGGCCAUGGAUCCUCUCCAACCCCCAGGGCCACCCAAGAAUUUGCAUCAUGUGGAUGUUGACAAGAAUGAAGUCUCUCUGGUUUGGAAUAAACCAGAUCGUGAUGGUGGUUCUCCAAUUACUGGAUAUUUAGUAGAAUAUCAAGAAGAUGGUACAGAAGACUGGAUUAAAUUUAAGACUGUGACAGAUUUAGAGUGUGUUGUUACUGGCCUACAACUAGGGAAGAUCUAUAAAUUCCGUGUAAAAGCUCAGAAUAUCGUGGGCCUUAGUCUUCCUGACACAACUAUUCCAAUAGAGUGUCAAGAAAAACUAGUACCUCCAUCUGUGGAACUUGAUGUGAAAUUAAUUGAAGGCCUUGUGGUAAAGGCUGGAACCACUGUAAGAUUCCCCGCCAUUAUAAGAGGUGUACCUACUCCCUCUGUAAAGUGGUCAACUGAUGGGAUUGAAAUUAAACCAGAUGACCACUAUAACAUUGAAACUGACAGCUUCUCAUCAGUACUUACCAUUAAAAACUGUCUACGGAAAGACACUGGGGAAUACUUGAUCACUGUUUCCAAUGCAGCUGGUACCAAAACAGCAGCAGUUCAUCUUACUGUUCUUGAUGUUCCUGGGCCGCCAACAGGUCCUAUUGAUAUACUUGAAGUCACUCCUGAAUAUAUGGUUAUUGCAUGGCGACCACCCAAGGAUGAUGGUGGAAGCCCUGUAAUAAAUUAUAUUGUUGAGAAACAAGAUACUAGGAAAGAUACUUGGGGUGUUGUCUCUGCAGGAAGCAGUAAGACGAAGCUAAAGGUCCCCCAUCUACAAAAGGGAAAUGAAUACAUUUUCCGUGUUCGAGCAGAGAAUAAGAUGGGUGUUGGUCCACCUCUUGACUCUAUACCUACUGUAGCUAAACAUAAGUUUAAUCCCCCAUCUCCACCUGGCAAACCGGUGGUUACUGACAUUACUGAAAAUGCUGCAACAGUUUCUUGGACCUUACCAAAAUCUGAUGGUGGCAGUCCAAUAACUGGCUAUUACGUGGAACGUCGAGAAACGACUGGUAAAUGGGUGAGGGUCAACAAAACACCUGUACCUGACUUGAAGUUUAGAGUCACUGGACUCUAUGAAGGAAAUACAUAUGAGUUUAGAGUUUUUGCAGAAAAUCUUGCAGGCUUAAGCAAUCCAUCUCCAAGUUCUGAUCCAAUAAAAGCUUGUCGACCCAUCAAACCACCCGGACCUCCCAUUAAUCCAAAACUGAAGGACAAGACCAAAGAAACUGCUGAUUUAGUCUGGACAAAGCCACUUAGUGAUGGUGGCAGUCCUAUACUAGGCUAUGUCGUGGAAUGCCAGAAACCAGGCACUGCACAGUGGAAUAGGAUCAAUAAAGAUGAACUCAUUAGGCAGUGUGCCUACAGGGUACCUGGACUAAUUGAAGGAAAUGAAUAUAGAUUCCGUAUCAAGGCUGCUAACAUUGUGGGAGAAGGAGAGCCACGAGAACUAGCAGAAUCUGUUAUUGCAAAAGACAUUCUCCAUCCUCCAGAAGUAGAACUUGAUGUGACUUGUCGCGAUAUCAUUACUGUUAGAGUAGGCCAAACCAUCCGCAUUCUGGCUAGAGUGAAAGGCAGACCUGAACCAGAUAUAACUUGGUCCAAGGAGGGCAAAGUACUGGUCCGAGAAAAGCGGGUCGACCUAAUUCACGAUUUGCCUCGUGUUGAGUUACAAAUUAAAGAAGCAGUCAGAAGUGAUCAUGGCAAAUACAUCAUUUCAGCCAAGAACAGCAGUGGGCAUGCUCAAGGUUCGGCUAUUGUCAAUGUCCUUGACAGACCGGGACCCUGCCAGAAUUUGAGGAUAACUAGUGUCACCAAAGAGAAUUGCACAGUUUCCUGGGAAAACCCUCUAGACAAUGGAGGCUCAGAAAUUACUAAUUUUAUAGUAGAAUGUCGUAAGCCAAACCAGAAAGGAUGGUCAAUUGUUGCUUCAGAUGUUACAAGGCGAAUGGUUAAAGCCAACCUCUUGGCCAACAAUGAAUAUUACUUCCGUGUCUGUGCAGAAAAUAAAGUGGGUGUUGGGCCAACCAUUGAAACUAAAACUCCCAUUCUGGCUAUUAACCCCAUUGACAGGCCAGGUGAACCUGAAAACCUUCAUAUUGCAGAAAAGGGAAAGACAUUUGUCUACCUGAAGUGGAGAAGGCCAGAUUAUGAUGGUGGCAGUCCCAAUUUAUCCUAUCAUGUUGAGAGAAGACUGAAGGGCUCUGCUGAUUGGGAAAGAGUACAUAAGGGAAGCAUUAAGGACACACAUUAUAUGGUUGACAAAUGUGUUGAGAACCAGAUCUAUGAGUUCAGAGUUCAAACAAAGAAUGAGGGUGGUGAAAGUGACUGGGUGAAGACAGAGGAAGUUGUUGUGAAGGAAGAUUUGCAGAAGCCAGUGCUUGAGCUGAAACUGAGUGGAGUGCUUACUGUCAAAGCAGGGGACACUAUUAAGCUUGAGGCAGCGGUUAGAGGCAAACCAUUCCCAGAAGUUUCAUGGACCAAGGACAAAGAUGCUACGGAUCUAUCCAGAUCUCCAAGAGCCAAAAUUGAUACAAGUGCAGAGUCAUCUAAAUUUACCCUCACAAAAGCAAAGCGAAGUGAUGGCGGUAAAUAUGUGAUUACAGCAACAAACACAGCUGGCAGCUUUGUAGCCUAUGCAACUGUAAAUGUUUUAGACAAACCUGGUCCAGUAAGAAAUCUGAAGAUCUCUGAUGUGUCAAGUGAUAGGUGCACAAUUCGUUGGGACCCGCCAGAAGAUGAUGGUGGCUGUGAAAUACAAAAUUAUAUUUUAGAAAAAUGUGAGACCAAGCGUAUGGUGUGGUCUACAUAUUCUGCUAAUGUCCUCACUCCCGGUACAACAGUGACUCGUCUCAUUGAAGGAAAUGAAUACAUUUUUAGAGUCCGGGCCGAGAAUAAGAUAGGCACUGGUCCACCAACAGAGAGCAAACCAGUCAUUGCUAAAACUAAAUUUGAUAGACCUGGUCGCCCUGAUCCCCCCGAAGUCACUAAAGUCAGCAAAGAAGAAAUGACUGUAGUAUGGAAUCCACCAGAAUAUGAUGGUGGAAAGUCUAUCACAGGAUAUAUUCUGGAGAAAAAAGAAAAGCAUUCAGUUCGAUGGGUUCCUGUUACCAAGAGUGCUAUCCCUGAAAGACGUAUGAAAGUUCAAAAUCUCCUUCCAGGACAUGAAUAUCAGUUCCGUGUCAAGGCAGAAAAUGAAAUUGGAAUUGGAGAACCAAGCUUGCCAUCAAAACCAGUAGUGGCAAAAGACCCAAUAGAACCACCUGGUCCACCAACCAAUCUCAAGGUGGUUGAUACUACCAAGAGUUCCAUCACUCUUGGAUGGGGAAAGCCAGUCUAUGAUGGUGGUGCACCAAUAAUUGGAUAUGUUGUGGAAAUGAGACCUAAAAUCGCAGGUGCAUCUCCUGAUGAAGGCUGGAAAAGGUGCAAUGCAGCUGCACAACUUAUUCGUAAAGAAUUCACAGUUACCAGUCUGGAUGAGAACCAAGAAUAUGAGUUCAGAGUUUGUGCACAAAACCAAGUUGGCAUUGGACGCCCUGCCGAAUUAAAAGAUGCUAUUAAACCUAAAGAAAUACUUGAACCCCCUGAGAUUGAUUUGGAUGCCAGUAUGAGAAAGUUGGUUGUCGUCAGAGCAGGAUGCCCAAUUCGACUAUUUGCCAUUGUCAGAGGGCGGCCUGCCCCGAAAGUCACUUGGCGGAGAGUGGGUAUCGAUAACGUUGUCAGAAAAGGACAAGUUGAUUUGGUUGACACUAUGGCCUUCCUGGUCAUUCCUGAUUCUACACGAGAUGACUCAGGCAAAUAUUCCCUGACACUUGUUAAUCCUGCAGGAGAAAAGGCUGUAUUUGUGAAUGUCAGGGUCCUUGAUACUCCUGGGCCUGUAUCUGACUUAAAAGCAUCAGAUGCCACUAAAACAUCAUGCCAUCUUUCUUGGGCACCUCCUGAAAAUGAUGGUGGAAGCCAAGUAACACAUUAUAUUGUCGAGAAACGUGAAGCUGAAAGAAAGACAUGGGCAACAGUUACUCCAGAAGUUAAGAAAACUAGUUUCCAAGUAUCCAAUCUUGUCCCUGGAAAUGAAUAUUUCUUCAGAGUAACUGCUGUCAAUGAAUAUGGUCCUGGGGUCCCAACAGACAUUCCCAAGCCAGUGCUUGCAUCUGAUCCCCUAAGUGAACCUGAUCCACCAAGAAAGCUUGAGGUUACUGAAAUGAUGAAGAACAGUGCCACAUUAGCCUGGCUGCCUCCACUGCGAGAUGGGGGUGCUAAGAUCGAUGGAUAUAUUAUCAGCUACAGGGAAGAGGAACAACCUGCAGAUCGCUGGACAGAGUAUUCAGUUGUGAAAGAUCUCAGCCUUGUGGUCACUGGCCUGAAGGAAGGAAAGAAAUAUAAAUUUAGAGUAGUGGCCAGGAAUGCUGUUGGAGUGAGUUUGCCCAGAGAAGCUGAUGGUGUUUAUGAAGCCAAAGAACAGCUAUUGCCACCCAAGAUCCUUAUGCCAGAACAAGUUACUAUUAAAGCUGGAAAGAAACUCCGAAUUGAAGCCCACGUAUAUGGAAAGCCUCAACCAGUCUGUACCUGGAAAAAAGGAGAAGAACCUGUUGUCACAUCUAGCCGCCUGGCAGUCCACAAAGCAGACUCUUCUUCAGUUUUGAUCUUGAAAGAUGUUACUAGAAAAGACAGUGGUUACUAUAAUCUCACUGCAGAAAACAGUUCUGGAUCAGACACUCAGAAAAUCAAAGUUGUGGUCAUGGAUGCGCCAGGGCCACCUCAGCCUCCAUUUGACAUAUCUGAGAUAGAUGCUGAUGCCUGUUCCCUGUCAUGGCAUAUCCCUCUUGAGGAUGGUGGUAGUAACAUCACCAAUUAUGUGGUGGAGAAGUGUGAUGUAAGCCGAGGCGAUUGGGUCACAGCUCUGGCCUCUGUCACAAGAACUUCUUGCAGGGUUGGAAAACUUAUCCCUGGGCAAGAGUAUGUCUUCCGAGUCCGUGCUGAAAAUCGAUUUGGCAUUUCAGAGCCACUCCAAUCUCCUAAAAUGCUUGCUAAGUUCCCGUUUGAUGUUCCUAGUGAACCAAAGAAUGCAAGAGUUACAAAAGUCAACAAGGACUGUAUUUUUGUGAAAUGGGACAGGCCAGAUAGUGAUGGAGGCAGCCCCAUUACUGGUGAUGGAGGCAGCCCCAUUACUGGCUAUCUGAUUGAACGCAAAGAAAGGAACAGUCUGCUCUGGGUGAAGGCUAAUGAUACUCUUGUCCGUUCUACUGAAUAUCCUUGCGCUGGUCUUGUAGAGGGUCUAGAAUAUUCAUUCCGGAUCUAUGCUUUGAACAGAGCUGGAAGCAGCUUACCUAGCAAACCAACAGAAUAUGUAACAGCAAGAAUGCCAGUUGAUCCUCCUGGGAAACCCGAAGUUAUUGAUGUUUCCAAGAAUAGUGCAUCCCUUAUCUGGGCUCGACCAAAGCAUGAUGGGGGCAGCAAAAUUAUUGGAUAUUUUGUUGAAGCUUGCAAGCUUCCAGGAGAUAAGUGGGUACGAUGCAAUACUACACCACACCAGAUUCCUCAAGAAGAAUAUACAGCUACUGGUUUGGAAGAGAACGCUCAAUAUCAAUUUAGAGCCAUUGCCAAGACUGCUGUAAACAUCAGCAUGCCUUCUGAGCCUUCUGAUCCAGUGACCAUCCUAGCAGAAAAUAUUCCUCCAAGGAUUGAACUGAGUGUGGCAAUGAAAUCUUUACUUACUGUGAAAGCUGGAACCAAUGUUUGCCUGGAUGCUACUGUUUUUGGUAAACCCAUGCCAACAAUUUCAUGGAAGAAAGAUGGAACACCUGUAACACCAUCUGAUGUCAUAAAAAUGGCCACCAAGAGAAAUCUUUGCACCUUGGAAUUAUUCUGUGUAAAUAGAAAGGAUUCGGGAGACUAUACCAUUACUGCUGAAAACUCAAGUGGUUCCAAAUCAGCCACUAUUAAGCUGAAAGUAUUAGAUAAACCUGGUCCUCCAGCAUCUGUUAAAAUCAAUCGAAUGUAUUCAGAUCGUGCAAUGCUUUCUUGGGAGCCUCCUCUUGAAGAUGGAGGCUCAGAAAUUACUAACUACAUUGUUGACAAGCGUGAGACAAGCAGACCUAACUGGGCACAAGUCUCUCCCAAUGUUCCUAUCACCAGUUGCAGUGUGGAGAAACUAAUAGAAGGUCAUGAAUACCAGUUCCGUAUUUGUGCUGAAAAUAAAUAUGGUGUUGGAGAUCCAAUUUUCACUGAACCAGCAAUUGCUAAAAAUCCAUUUGACCCACCUGGACGUUGUGAUCCUCCUGUGAUUAGCAACAUAACAAAAGAUCACAUGACAGUAAGCUGGAAACCACCAGCAGAUGAUGGCGGUUCACCUAUCACUGGCUAUUUGCUAGAGAAGCGAGAAACCCUUGCAGUCAAUUGGACCAAGGUCAACAGGAAACCUGUUAUAGAAAGAACUAUAAAAGCAACAGGUCUCCAAGAAGGAACUGAGUAUGAAUUCCGUGUUACAGCUAUAAAUAAAGCUGGACCAGGCAAGCCCAGUGAUGCCUCUAAAGCAGUAUAUGCUCUUGAUCCUCUAUAUCCUCCUGGCCCACCAGCCUUCCCCAAAGUAGUUGAUACCACCCGAAGCUCUGUGAGUCUUUCUUGGGGUAAACCAGCAUACGAUGGUGGAAGUCCUAUUAUUGGCUAUUUAGUUGAGGUGAAGAGAGCUGGUUCUGAUAACUGGGUGAGGUGCAACUUGCCAGAGAAUCUAAAGAAAACACGCUUUGAUGUUACUGGCCUCAUGGAAAAUACUGAAUAUCAAUUCCGUGUGUACGCCAUCAAUAAGGUUGGCUACAGUGAUCCCAGUGAUGUACCUGACAAACAUGUACCCAAGGACAUCUUAAUUCCACCUGAGGGAGAGCUUGAUGCUGACUUGAGAAAAACACUCAUAUUACGUGCUGGAGUUACAAUGAGACUUUAUGUACCAGUAAGAGGACGUCCACCUCCAAAGAUAACCUGGUCUAAGCCAAAUGUCAACCUGCGAGAGAGGAUAGGAUUAGACAUCAAGUCAACAGACUUUGACACUUUCUUGCGUUGUGAAAAUGUGAAUAAGUAUGAUGCUGGAAAAUAUAUCUUGACACUUGAGAACAGCUGUGGUAAAAAGGAAUAUACUAUUGUCGUGAAAGUACUUGAUACUCCGGGACCACCAGUCAAUGUGACCGUUAAGGAAGUAUCCAGAGAUUCUGCUUAUGUUACUUGGGAUCCUCCCAUUAUUGAUGGCGGCAGUCCAAUCAUAAACUAUGUUGUUGAAAAACGUGAUGCAGAGAGAAAGUCAUGGUCCACAGUGACAACUGAGUGUCCCAAAACAAGCUUCCGAGUAUCUAAUUUGGAAGAAGGAAAAUCCUAUUUCUUCAGAAUUUUUGCUGAAAAUGAAUAUGGCAUUGGUGAUCCUGGAGAAACACGGGAUGCUGUCAAGGCCUCUGAAACCCCUGGACCAGUUGUGGACCUGAAAGUUACAUCUGUAACUAAGUCAUCAUGUAGUAUAGGCUGGAAAAAGCCUCACAGUGAUGGUGGAAGCCGAAUUACUGGAUAUAUAGUGGACUUCAUGACUGAAGAAAACAAAUGGCAAAGAGUCAUGAGAUCAUUGAACCUUAACUAUUCCACAAAAGAUCUGACAGAAGGAAAGGAAUAUACUUUCAGAGUAAGAGCUGAGAAUGAUAAUGGAGAGGGAACUCCAAGUGAAAUCAUUGUUGUGGCAAAAGAUGAUGUUGUGGCUCCUGAUCUUGAUUUGAAAGAGUUGCCUGAUUUGUGCUACUUAGCUAAAGAAAAUAGCAAUUUCCGUCUCAAGAUCCCCAUAAAAGGCAAGCCUACACCAUCAGUAACCUGGAAGAAAGGUGAAGACCCCUUACCAACUGACACAAGAGUUAGUGUUGAGUCUACUGCAGUUAAUACAACUCUUGUGGUAUAUGAUUGCCAAAAGUCUGAUGCUGGGACAUAUACAAUCACACUGAAGAACAUUGCUGGCACUAAGGAAGGAACUCUGUCCAUAAAAGUCGUUGGGAAGCCAGGCAUCCCCACCGGACCAAUCAAUUUUGAGGAAGUCACAGCAGAUGCCAUUACCUUAAAGUGGAAGCCUCCAAAGGAUGAUGGUGGUUCUGAAAUUACCAACUAUAUCCUAGAGAAAAGAGAUUCUGUAAAUAACAAAUGGAUCACAUGUGCCUCUGCUGUCCAGAAAACCACCUUCAGAGUUACAAGACUUCACGAGGGAGUAGAAUAUACUUUCCGAGUCAGUGCUGAAAAUAAAUAUGGCGUAGGCGAGGGCCUUAAAUCUGAGCCCAUUGUUGCCAAAUAUCCAUUUGAUGUACCAGAUGCUCCUCCACCCCCCAAUAUCGUGGAGGUCAGACAUGAUUCUGUUUCUUUAACUUGGACAGACCCUAAAAAAACUGGUGGCUCACCAAUCACAGGGUAUCAUAUUGAAUUCAAGGACAGGAACAGUCUUAUGUGGAAGAGAGCUAAUAAGACACCUAUUAGAAUGAGAGACUUCAAAGUAACAGGACUAACCGAAGGUCUUGAAUAUGAAUUUAGAGUUAUGGCGAUCAAUUUGGCUGGAGUUGGCAAACCAAGUCUGCCAUCUGAGCCCGUUGUAGCACUUGAUCCAAUUGAUCCCCCUGGAAAACCUGAGGUGAUUAAUGUCACGAGGAAUUCUGUGACUCUCAUUUGGACUGAACCUAAAUAUGAUGGUGGUCAUAAACUGACUGGAUACAUAGUGGAGAAACGGGAUCUGCCUUCAAAGUCUUGGAUGAAGGCAAACCACAUUAAUGUCCCAGACUGUGUCUAUACUGUAACUGAUCUUAUCGAGGGUGGAAAAUAUGAAUUCAGAAUUAGAGCCAAGAACACUGCAGGAGCUAUCAGUGCUCCAUCAGAAAGCACAGAAACCAUUAUUUGCAAGGAUGAAUAUGAGGCACCAUCCAUUGUCCUUGAUCCUACCAUAAAAGAUGGCUUAACAGUCAAAGCAGGAGAUACCAUUGUUUUGAACGCCAUCAGCAUCCUUGGCAAACCACUACCAAAAUCAAGCUGGUCCAAGGCAGGAAAAGACUUUAGGCCAUCAGACAUUGUCCAGAUCAGUUCAACGCCAACGUCUUCCAUGCUCAGUGUUAAAUAUGCCUCCAGAAAAGAUGCAGGAGAAUAUACAAUCACUGCCACUAAUCCUUUUGGAACAAAGGAGGAGCAUGUACGUGUAACAGUUCUGGAUGUUCCUGGCCCACCAGGACCUAUUGAAAUCAGCAAUGUCUCAGCUGAAAAAGCUACCCUUACAUGGACACCUCCCCUAGAAGAUGGAGGUUCUCCAAUUAAGUCUUACAUUCUUGAAAAGAGAGAAACUAGCCGGCUUUUGUGGACAGCUGUUUCUGAAGAUAUUCAAUCUUGUCGCCACGUGGUGACUAAGCUGAUCCAAGGAAAUGAAUACCUCUUCCGUGUCUCAGCUGUGAAUCAGUAUGGUAAGGGCGAACCCGUACAAUCAGAACCAGUCAAAAUGGUGGACAGAUUUGGCCCUCCUGGCCCUCCUGGAAAGCCAGAAGUAUCAAAUGUGACCAAGAAUACUGCUACUGUCAGUUGGAAAAGACCAACUGAUGAUGGCGGUAGUGAAAUCACAGGAUACCAUGUGGAAAGGAGAGAAAAGAAAGGUCUACGAUGGGUGCGAGCAACAAAGACCCCUGUGUCUGACCUCAGAUGCAAAGUGACAGGACUUCAGGAAGGAAACACAUAUGAAUUCCGUGUCAGUGCAGAAAAUAAAGCAGGAAUUGGCCCACCAAGUGAUGUUUCAAAUUCAGUACUAAUGAAGGAUGCAGCAUAUCCACCAGGACCACCUUCAAAUGUACGAGUGACUGAUACUACAAAGAAAUCUGCUUCUUUAGCUUGGGGCAAACCCCAUUACGAUGGUGGACUUGAAAUCACAGGCUAUAUAGUAGAGCAUCAGAAAGAAGGAGAUGAGGCCUGGAUAAAAGAUACAACAGGAACUGCCCUCAGGAUCACAGAAUUUGUUGUGCCUGAUCUUCAAACAAAAGAAAAAUACAAUUUCAGAAUCAGUGCCAUCAAUGAUGCAGGUGUUGGAGAGCCAGCAGUGAUUCCAAAUGUUGAAAUCAUAGAACGUGAAUUGGCUCCUGAUUUUGAAUUAGAUGCAGAGCUUCGAAGAACACUUGUUGUUAGAGCAGGGCUAAGCAUUAGAAUAUUUGUACCAAUUAAAGGUCGUCCAACUCCUGAAGUCACUUGGACAAAAGAUGGUGUAAACCUUAAAACCCGUGCCAACAUUGAAAACACAGAAUCCUUUACUCUUCUGAUUAUUCCAGAAUGUAAUAGAUAUGACACUGGCAAAUUUGUGAUGACUAUAGAAAAUGCUGCCGGUAAGAAAAGUGGAUUUGUCAAUGUUAGAGUCUUGGAUACACCUGGGCCUGUGCUCAAUCUGAGGCCUACUGAGAUCACGAGGGAGAGUGCCACCCUGCACUGGGACCUGCCUCUGAUAGAUGGGGGCUCUCGCAUAACAAACUACAUUGUAGAAAAACGUGAAGCCACACGGAAAUCGUAUUCUACGGCCACAACCAAGUGCCAUAAAUGUACUUAUAAAGUGACUGGCUUAUCUGAAGGGUGUGAAUAUUUCUUCAGAGUGAUGGCAGAAAAUGAAUAUGGAAUUGGUGAACCAACAGAGACCACAGAGCCCGUAAGGGCCUCAGAGGCACCAUCACCACCAGACAGCCUUAAUAUCAUGGAUAUAACUAAGAACACAGUCAGCCUGGCAUGGCCUAAACCAAAGCAUGAUGGAGGCAGUAAGAUCACUGGCUAUGUGAUUGAAGCCCAGAGAAAAGGCUCUGACCAGUGGACACACAUCACAACCGUAAAGGGAUUAGAAUGUGUUGUAAAGAACUUAACUGAAGGGGAAGAAUAUACUUUCCAAGUUAUGGCAGUGAACAGCGCUGGGAGAAGUGCCCCAAGAGAAAGCAGGCCAGUCAUUGUAAAGGAGCAGACGAUGCUUCCAGAAUUGGACCUUCGUGGCAUUUACCAGAAACUGGUCAUUGCCAGAGCUGGCGAGAAUAUCAAAGUGGAGAUUCCAGUGCUUGGUCGGCCUAAACCAACCGUCACAUGGAAAAAAGGAGAUCAAGUUCUGAAACAAACCCAAAGAGUUAAUUUUGAGAAUACUGCCACUUCAACCAUUCUAAAUAUCCAUGAAUGUACAAGAAGUGAUAGUGGACCUUACCCACUAUCAGCAAAGAAUAUUGUAGGAGAAGUUGGAGAUGUCAUCACCAUCCAGGUGCAUGACAUCCCAGGCCCACCGACUGGUCCAAUCAAGUUUGAUGAAGUUUCAUCUGAUUUUGUUACCUUUUCUUGGGAACCUCCAGAGAAUGAUGGAGGAGUACCCAUCAGCAACUAUGUUGUUGAAAUGCGUCAAACUGACAGUACCACAUGGGUUGAACUGGCAACCACUGUAAUACGUACUACCUAUAAAGCAACUCGCCUUACUACUGGGGUGGAGUAUCAAUUCCGGGUAAAAGCUCAAAACAGAUAUGGAGUUGGACCAGGUAUCACCUCAGCAUCUGUCGUUGCCAACUAUCCAUUUAAAGUUCCUGGGCCUCCUGGUACUCCACAAGUGACUGCAGUCACCAAAGAAUCAAUAACCAUCAGCUGGCAUGAGCCUCUAACUGAUGGUGGAAGUCCCAUUUUAGGAUAUCAUGUUGAAAGAAAAGAAAGAAAUGGUAUUCUCUGGCAGACUGUGAGUAAAGCAUUAGUGCCAGGGAACAUUUUUAAAUCAAGUGGCCUAACAGACGGCAUUGCUUAUGAGUUCCGAGUGAUUGCAGAAAAUAUGGCUGGCAAAAGCAAGCCAAGCAAGCCAUCUGAACCUACACUUGCCUUGGACCCCAUUGAUCCACCCGGGAAACCAAUUCCUCUCCAUAUUACUAGGCAUACAGUAACACUUAAAUGGGCUAAGCCUGAGUAUACUGGAGGAUUCAAGAUCACUAGCUACAUUGUUGAAAAGAGAGACCUUCCCAAUGGUCGUUGGCUGAAGGCCAACUUCAGCAAUAUUUUGGAGAAUGAAUUCACAGUCAGUGGCUUAACUGAGGAUGCUGCAUAUGAAUUCCGUGUGAUUGCCAAAAAUGCUGCUGGUGCUGUAAGUCCGCCCUCCGAGCCUUCAGAUGCCAUAACAUGCAGAGAUGACAUCGAAGCACCAAGGAUCAUGGUGGAUGUUAAAUACAAAGACACGCUCGUAUUAAAAGCAGGCGAAGUUUUUAAGCUUGAAGCAGAUGUUUCUGGUCGGCCACCACCAACAAUGGAAUGGACCAAAGAUGGAAAGGAGCUUGAAGGCACAGCAAAAUUAGAAAUAAAAACAGCAGAUUUCUCUACAAAUCUAGUUAACAAAGAUUCAUCAAGAAAGGACAGUGGGGCAUAUGUACUUACAGCUACUAAUCCUGGUGGUUUUGCCAAACACAUUUUCAAUGUUAAAGUUCUUGAUAGACCAGGUCCACCUGAAGGACCUUUGGCUGUGACUGAAGUUACUGCAGAAAAGUGUGUAUUAUCAUGGUUACCUCCACUAGAUGAUGGAGGUGCCAGCAUUGACCACUAUGUAGUACAAAAACGUGAAACCAGCAGAUUGGCAUGGACAAAUGUAGCCUCUGAAGUACAGCUAACAAAACUAAAGGUCACCAAAUUACUGAAAGGCAAUGAAUAUGUGUUCCGUGUUAUGGCUGUUAAUAAAUAUGGGGUAGGAGAGCCCCUUGAAUCAGAACCUAUCCUUGCAGUAAAUCCAUACAGACCCCCAGAUCCUCCCAAAAAUCCUGAAGUUACAGCUAUUACUAAGGACUCUAUGGUUGUCUGUUGGGGACAUCCUGAUUCUGAUGGAGGAAGUGAAAUUAUCAAUUACAUUGUGGAACGCCGAGAUAAAACUGGCCAACGAUGGGUGAAAUGUAAUAAAAAAGCUGUCACUGACUUAAGGUACAAGGUAUCUGGACUGACAGAAGGACAUGAAUAUGAGUACAGGAUCAUGGCUGAAAAUGCUGCUGGAAUUAGUGCACCAAGUGCUACGAGUCCAUUUUAUAAAGCUUGUGACACUGUCUUUAAGCCUGGCCCACCAGGAAAUCCACGUGUUCUAGACACAAGCAGAUCAUCAAUUUCAAUUGCUUGGAAUAAACCAAUCUAUGAUGGUGGCUCAGAAAUCACAGGGUAUAUGGUUGAGAUAGCACUGCCUGAAGAAGAUGAGUGGAAGAUUGUCACACCUCCAGCAGGACUCAAGGCAACCUCUUAUACUAUCACCAACCUCAAAGAAAAUCAAGAAUACAAAAUCCGUAUCUAUGCCAUGAAUUCUGAAGGAAUUGGUGAACCUGCACUUGUUCCUGGAACUCCAAAGGCUGAGGAAAGGAUGCUGCCUCCAGAGAUUGAAUUGGAUGCUGACCUACGUAAAGUUGUCACCAUAAGGGCUUGCUGUACCCUAAGACUAUUUGUUCCGAUCAAAGGAAGACCAGCACCAGAAGUGAAAUGGACAAGAGAACAUGGAGAAUCUUUAGAUAAAGCUAGCAUUGAAUCAACAAGCUCUUAUACGUUGCUUAUUGUUGGAAAUGUCAACAGAUUUGAUAGUGGCAAGUAUAUACUAACUAUAGAAAACAGUUCAGGUAGCAAAUCGGCAUUUGUCAAUGUCAGGGUUCUUGAUACACCGGGACCACCCCAGGAUUUGAAAAUCAAAGAAGUCACUAAAUCAUCUGUCACACUGACUUGGGAACCUCCUCUCCUAGAUGGAGGCUCCAAGAUAAAGAACUACAUUGUUGAAAAGCGUGAAUCCACAAGAAAAGCUUACUCAACUGUUGCAACAAAUUGCCAUAAGACUUCCUGGAAAGUAGACCAACUACAAGAAGGUUGCAAUUAUUAUUUUAGAGUUCUGGCAGAAAAUGAGUAUGGAAUUGGCCUCCCAGCUGAAACUGCAGAGUCUGUUAAAGUAUCAGAAAGACCACUUCCUCCAGGAAAGAUAACUCUACUAGAUGUCACAAGAAAUAGUGUGUCACUCUCUUGGGAGAAACCAGAACAUGAUGGAGGAAGUAGAAUUCUAGGCUACAUCGUGGAGAUGCAGAGCAAAGGCAGUGAUAAGUGGGCAACAUGUGCCACAGUCAAAGUCACCGAAGCCACAAUUACUGGAUUGAUUCAGGGUGAAGAGUAUUCAUUCCGUGUUUCAGCCCAGAAUGAAAAAGGAAUCAGCGAUCCUCGACAGCUUAGCGUACCAGUCAUUGCCAAAGACCUUGUCAUUCCACCAGCCUUCAAACUGUUAUUUAACACUUUCACAGUGCUAGCAGGUGAAGAUCUAAAAGUUGAUGUCCCAUUUAUUGGACGUCCAACUCCAACCGUGACCUGGCACAAAGAUGAUGUGCCUCUGAAACAGACUACUAGAAUAAAUGCAGAAAGCACAGAAAAUAACACACUGUUGACAAUAAAGGAAGCAUGCCGGGAAGAUGUUGGCCACUAUGUAGUUAAACUUGUAAACUCAGUAGGUGAAGCCACUGAAACCCUUAAUAUUAUUGUUCUUGACAAACCAGGGCCUCCUACUGGACCCGUUAAAAUGGAUGAAGUGACUGCAGAUAGUAUUACUCUGUCCUGGGAACCACCAAAAUAUGAUGGUGGAAGUUCUAUCAAUAAUUAUAUUGUGGAGAAAAGGGACACUUCUACAACUACCUGGCAUAUUGUGUCAGCUACUGUUGCAAGAACAACAAUAAAAGCCUGCCGACUGAAGACUGGAUGUGAAUAUCAGUUCAGAAUUGCAGCUGAAAAUAGAUAUGGAAAAAGUACUUAUCUCACAUCAGAGCCUAUUGUAGCCCAAUAUCCAUUCAAAGUUCCUGGACCUCCAGGAACACCUUUCGUGACAGCUUCGUCCAAAGACAGUAUGGAGGUCCAAUGGAAUGAGCCAGUCAAUGAUGGUGGUAGCAGAGUUAUUGGUUAUCAUUUAGAACGUAAAGAGAGAAAUAGCAUCCUCUGGGUAAAAUUGAACAAAACACCUAUUCCACAAACCAAAUUUAAAACAACUGGCCUUGAAGAAGGAAUUGAGUAUGAAUUUAGAGUCUGUGCAGAAAACAUUGUGGGCAUUGGCAAGCCUAGUAAAGUGUCUGAAUGUUACGUAGCUCGUGACCCAUGUGAUCCACCAGGUCGACCAGAAGCAAUAAUUGUCACAAGGAACUCUGUGACUCUUCAGUGGAAGAAACCCACCUACGAUGGUGGAAGCAAGAUCACUGGCUAUAUUGUUGAGAAGAAAGAAUUACCAGAUGGCCGCUGGAUGAAAGCCAGCUUUACUAAUGUCAUUGAAACUCAAUUUGAAGUAACCGGCCUAGUUGAAAAUCAGAGAUAUGAGUUCCGGGUUAUAGCACGAAAUGCUGCAGGAGUAUUUAGUGAGCCAUCUGAAAGCACAGGAGCAAUCACAGCAAGAGAUGAAGUAGACCCUCCACGGAUAAGUAUGGAUCCAAAGUAUAAAGACACAAUUGUAGUCCACGCUGGUGAGUCAUUCAAGAUUGAAGCUGAUGUUUAUGGCAAACCCAUACCAACCAUACAGUGGACAAAAGGUGAUCAAGAACUUUCAAACACAGCUCAUUUAGAAAUAAAAAGUACUGAUUUUGCCACCUGCCUCAAUGUAAAGGAAGCAGGUCGUGGUGAUAGUGGUAAUUAUGUACUGAAAGCAAAAAAUGUUGCUGGAGAGAGAUCAGUUACUGUAAAUGUCAAAGUUCUUGAUAGGCCAGGACCACCUGAAGGACCUAUUGCUGUGUCUGGAGUUACUGCUGAAAAAUGUACAUUAGCAUGGAAACCCCCACUCCAAGAUGGUGGUAGUGAUAUCAUAAACUACAUUGUGGAAAGAAGAGAAACCAGCCGUUUAGUCUGGACUGUGGUUGAUGCCAAUGUGCAAACACUUAGUUGCAAGGUUACCAAACUCCUAGAAGGAAAUGAAUAUACCUUCCGCAUAAUGGCUGUAAACAAAUAUGGUGUUGGUGAACCUCUUGAAUCUGAGCCAGUCAUUGCCAAGAACCCAUUUGUUGUGCCAGAUGCACCAAAGGCACCAGAAGUUACUACAGUGACCAAAGACUCAAUGACUGUUGUAUGGGAAAGACCAGCAUCUGAUGGUGGCAGCGAAAUUCUUGGUUAUGUCCUUGAAAAACGGGAUAAGGAAGGCAUCCGAUGGACAAGAUGCCACAAGGGUUUGGUUGGGGAAUUGCGUUUAAGAGCAACUGGACUCAUAGAAAACCAUCAUUAUGAAUUUAGAGUCUCAGCUGAAAAUGCUGCUGGUCUCAGUGAACCAAGUCUUCCUUCUACUUACCAAAAAGCUUGUGAUCCUAUUUAUAAGCCAGGACCACCAAAUAACCCCAAAGUCACAGAUAUUACAAGGUCUUCAGUUUUCCUCUCAUGGAGCAAACCCGUUUAUGAUGGUGGCAGUGAAAUCCAGGGAUACAUAGUUGAAAAAUGUGAUGUCAGUGUUGGGGAAUGGACAAUGUGUACUCCACCAACCGGAAUCAAGAAAACAAAUAUAGAAGUAGAAAAGUUGUUGGAAAAGCAUGAAUACAAUUUCCGUAUCUGUGCUGUUAAUAAAGCUGGAGUUGGAGAACAUGCUGAUGUACCUGGGCCUAUUAUAGUUGAAGAAAAAUUGGAAGCUCCAGACAUUGAGCUUGAUCUAGAAUUAAGGAAAGUAAUAAAUAUAAGAGCAGGUGGUUCCUUGAGGUUGUUUGUUCCCAUUAGAGGUCGCCCUACACCAGAAGUUAAGUGGGGAAAGAUGGAUGGUGAAAUCCGGGAUGCAGCUCUAAUUGAUGUCACAUCCAGCUUUACGUCUCUUGUCCUUGAAAAUGUGAACAGAUAUGACAGUGGAAAAUAUACUCUCACCUUAGAAAACAGUAGUGGAACAAAGUCUGCCUUUGUUACUGUGAGAGUCUUGGAUACACCAAGUCCACCUGUUAACCUUAAAAUAACAGAAAUCACCAAAGACUCAGUAUCAAUCACAUGGGAACCACCUCUGUUGGAUGGAGGAUCCAAAAUAAAAAAUUAUAUUGUUGAGAAACGUGAAGCUACAAGAAAAUCUUAUGCUGCUGUUGUAACAAACUGCCAUAAGCACUCAUGGAAAAUAGAUCAACUUCAAGAGGGCUGCAGUUACUACUUUAGAGUUACAGCUGAAAAUGAAUAUGGUAUUGGCCUUCCUGCCCACACUGCUGACCCAAUUAAGGUUGCUGAAGUUCCACAACCACCAGGAAAAAUAACAGUGGAUGAUGUCACGAGAAACAGUGUUUCCCUAAGCUGGACAAAGCCAGAACAUGAUGGUGGCAGCAAAAUUAUACAAUAUAUUGUUGAAAUGCAAGCUAAGCACAGUGACAAAUGGUCAGAGUGUGCCCGUGUUAAGAACUUGGAAGCAGUAAUUACGAACUUAACCCAAGGAGAAGAAUAUCUAUUUAGAGUUGUUGCUGUAAAUGAAAAGGGAAAGAGUGAUCCUAGGUCCCUUGCUGUUCCAGUAAUUGCCAAAGAUCUAGUUAUUGAGCCAGAUGUAAGACCUGCAUUCAACAGUUAUAGCAUCCAAGUUGGUCAGGAUUUAAAAAUAGAAGUUCCAAUUUCUGGACGUCCUAAGCCUACCAUUACCUGGACAAAAGAUGGCCAACCACUAAAACAGACAACAAGAUUCAAUGUUACUGAUCUGCCUGACCUUACUGUGCUUACCAUUAAAGAAACCCACAAGGAAGAUGGUGGAACGUAUGGAAUCACAGUUGCCAAUAUUGUUGGACAAAAAUCUGCUUCCAUUGAAAUUAUAACUCUAGACAAGCCUGAUCCACCAAAAGGCCCUGUGAAAUUUGAUGAGGUCAGUGCUGAGAGUAUUACAUUAUCUUGGAAUCCUCCACUAUAUACAGGUGGUUGCCAAAUCACUAACUACAUUGUUCAAAAGAGAGAUACGACCACUACCGUAUGGGAAGUUGUUUCUGGUACUGUUGCAAGAACAACCUUAAAAGUGACUAAGCUGAAAACUGGCACAGAAUACCAAUUCAGAAUAUUUGCUGAAAACAGAUAUGGACAAAGUUUUGCCUUAGAAUCUGAUCCUGUUGUAGCCCAAUAUCCCUACAAAGAACCAGGCCCUCCUGGCACACCAUUUGUUAAUACCAUUUCUAAAGAUUCUAUGGUUGUACUGUGGCAUGAACCAAUUAAUAAUGGUGGAAGUCCAGUCAUUGGUUACCACCUUGAGAGAAAGGAAAGAAACAGUAUUUUGUGGACAAAGGUCAACAAAACUAUUAUCCAUGACACCCAGUUUAAAGUACUUAACCUUGAAGAAGGUAUUGAAUAUGAAUUCAGAGUUUAUGCUGAAAAUAUUGUUGGCAUAGGCAAAGCAAGCAAAACUUCAGAAUGUUAUGUGGCCCGUGAUCCCUGUGACCCGCCAGGAACUCCAGAAGCAAUCAUGGUCAAGAGAAGUGAAAUUACUCUACAAUGGACCAAGCCUGUAUAUGAUGGUGGAAGCAUGAUCACUGGCUAUAUUGUUGAGAAACGGGAUUUGCCUGAGGGCCGCUGGAUGAAAGCCAGUUUCACAAAUGUCAUUGAAACACAAUUCACUGUCACUGGCCUUACUGAAAAUGAAAGGUAUGAAUUCAGAGUGAUUGCAAAGAAUGCUGCAGGUGCAGUAAGUAAACCCUCUGACAGUACUGGACCUAUAACAGCCAAGGAUGAAGUUGAACUUCCAAGAAUCUCAAUGGAUCCAAAAUACAGAGACACAAUUGUGGUCAAUGCUGGAGAAACAUUCAGACUUGAGGCUGAUGUCUAUGGAAAGCCCCUACCUACCAUUGAGUGGUUAAAAGGAGAUAAAGAAGUUGAAGAAUCUGCUAGAUGUGAAAUAAAGAAUACAGAUUUCAAAGCACUGAUCAUUGUAAAAGAUGCCAUAAGAAUUGAUGGUGGACAAUAUAUUUUAAGAGCUUCUAAUGUUGCAGGUUCUAAGUCAUUCCCAGUAAAUGUAAAAGUGUUAGACAGACCAGGGCCUCCAGAAGGUCCUAUUCAGGUAACUGGAGUCACUUCUGAAAAAUGCUCAUUAACUUGGUCUCCACCCCUUCAAGAUGGUGGCAGUAACAUUUCCCACUAUGUUGUUGAAAAAAGAGAAACCAGCCGACUUGCAUGGACUGUUGUUGCUCCAGAAGUUGUAACCAAUACAUUGAAAGUAACCAAACUUUUAGAAGGAAACGAAUAUAUUUUCCGUGUAAUGGCUGUUAACAAAUAUGGAGUUGGUGAGCCUUUGGAAUCUGCACCAGUACUAAUGAAAAAUCCAUUUGUGCUUCCUGGUCCACCAAAGAACUUAGAAGUAACAAAUAUUGCCAAGGACUCCAUGACAGUCUGCUGGAAUCGUCCAGACAGUGAUGGUGGAAGCGAGAUUAUUGGCUAUAUUGUAGAAAAGAGGGACAGAAGUGGCAUUAGAUGGAUCAAGUGCAAUAAGCGGCGAAUUACAGAUUUGCGAUUAAGAGUUACAGGAUUGACAGAAGAUCAUGAAUAUGAAUUUAGAGUAUCUGCAGAAAAUGCUGCUGGAGUUGGAGAACCAAGUCAGGCUACAGUUUAUUAUAAGGCUUGUGACCCUGUAUUCAAACCUGGCCCACCCACCAAUGCCCACCUUGUAGACACCACCAAAAAUUCAAUUACACUUGCAUGGAGCAAGCCCAUUUAUGACGGUGGCAGUGAAAUCCUGGGAUACUUAGUAGAGAUCUGUAAAGCAGAUGAAGAUGACUGGAAAGUAGUGACACCACAGACUGGCUUGAAAGUCACUCGAUUUGAGAUUUCAAAGCUUAUCGAACAUCAGGAAUAUAAGAUACGGGUUUGUGCUCUCAAUAAAGUUGGUUUAGGUGAGCCUGCAUCAGUACCUGGUACUGUGAAACCAGAAGAUAAACUUGAACCUCCUGAACUUGACCUUGAUUCAGAAUUAAGGAAAGGAAUAGUAGUCAGAGCUGGUGGAUCUGCCAGAAUUCACAUUCCAUUCAAAGGCCGACCAACACCUGAUAUUAUUUGGUCUCGAGAGGAAGGUGAAUUUACUGAUAAAGUUCAAAUUGAAAAAGGCUUAAACUAUACCCAAUUAUCAAUAGAAAACUGUGAUAGAAAUGACGCUGGAAAAUACAUCCUCAAACUGGAAAAUAGCAGCGGCUCCAAAUCUGCAUUUGUUACUGUGAAAGUCCUAGAUACUCCAGGACCUCCACAAAACUUGGCAGUUAAAGAAGUGAGGAAAGAUUCUGUCACACUGGUCUGGGAACCACCUAUCAUUGAUGGUGGUGCAAAGAUUAAGAACUAUGUAAUUGACAAGCGAGAAUCCACCCGAAAGGCAUAUGCUAAUGUGAGUGCCAAAUGCAACAAAACAAGUUUCAAAGUUGAAAAUCUUACUGAAGGAGCCAUUUAUUACUUCAGAGUUAUGGCAGAAAAUGAAUUUGGAGUUGGGGCUCCAGUGGAAACUCUUGAUGCAGUGAAAGCAGCUGAGCCUCCUUCACCACCUGGGAAGGUUACACUAACUGACGUGUCUCAAACCAGUGCCUCACUUAUGUGGGAGAAACCUGAACAUGAUGGAGGUAGCAGAGUUUUGGGCUAUGUGGUUGAAAUGCAACCGAAAGGAACGGAAAAAUGGAGUGUUGUUGCUGAAUCCAAAGUUUGCAAUGCAGUUAUUUCUGGUCUAAGUUCUGGGCAGGAAUAUCAGUUCCGAGUCAAGGCUUACAAUGAAAAAGGAAAAAGUGAUCCAAGAGUCCUUGGUGUUCCAGUCAUAGCUAGAGAUUUGACUAUUCAACCAAGUUUCAAGUUGCCAUUUAACACAUAUAGUGUCCAGGCUGGAGAAGAUCUCAAGAUAGAAAUACCAGUUAUAGGUCGACCUAGGCCUAAAAUUUCUUGGGUAAAAGAUGGUGAGGCUCUUAAACAGACAACCAGAGUCAAUGUUGAAGAAACAGCCACAUCAACUAUUUUACACAUUAAAGAAAGCAACAAAGAUGACUUUGGAAAAUAUAAAAUAACAGCGACAAACACUGCAGGCACGGCAACAGAAGAUCUUAGCAUAAUAGUUUUGGAAAAACCUGGGCCACCAGCUGGACCGGUUCGCUUCGAUGAAGUUAGUGCAGACUUUGUGGUCAUAUCCUGGGAACCACCAAUAUACACUGGUGGCUGUCAAAUAAGCAAUUAUAUUGUAGAGAAACGUGAUACAACCACUACCACCUGGCAAAUGGUAUCAGCAACAGUAGCAAGGACAACAAUUAAAAUAACCAAACUUAAAACAGGCAGUGAAUACCAAUUCAGGAUUUUUGCUGAAAACAGAUAUGGAAUGAGUCCCUCACUAGAUUCCAAACCAGUUGUUGUACAAUAUCCAUUUAAAGAACCUGGGCCACCUGGAACUCCUUUUGUGACAUCCAUAUCAAAAGAUCAAAUGCUUGUAGAGUGGCAUGAGCCUGUCAAUGAUGGCGGGAGCAAAGUUAUUGGUUACCAUCUUGAACAGAAAGAAAAGAAUAGCAUUCUUUGGAUGAAGUUAAACAAAAUCCCCAUUCAAGACACCAAGUUUAAAACUACUGGACUUGAUGAAGGCCUUGAGUAUGAAUUCAAAGUUUCUGCUGAAAAUAUUGUUGGCAUUGGAAAACCUAGCAAAGUAUCUGAGUGCUUUGUUGCUCGUGAUCCAUGUGACCCACCUGGCCGCCCCGAAGCCAUUGUUAUAACAAGAAACUAUGUCACGUUGAAAUGGAAAAAACCUGCCUAUGAUGGUGGUAGCAAAAUAACAGGCUAUACUGUAGAAAAGAAAGAUCUACCUGAUGGUCGUUGGAUGAAAGCCAGCUUUACCAAUGUGCUAGAAACAGAAUUUACAGUGAGUGGGCUUGUAGAAGACCAAAGAUAUGAAUUCAGAGUAAUAGCAAGAAAUGCAGCUGGAAACGUUAGUGAGCCAUCAGAAAGCACUGGUGCAAUUACUGCUAGAGAUGAAAUUGAUGCACCCAAUGCUUCCUUGGACCCAAAAUACAAAGACAUGAUUGUUGUUCAUGCAGGAGAGACCUUUGUUCUGGAAGCUGACAUCCGUGGUAAGCCUAUACCUGACAUCGUGUGGAUAAAAGAUGGGAAAGAGCUUGAGGAAACAGCAGCCAGAAUGGAAAUUAAAUCUACUAUACAAAAAACAACUCUUGUUGUCAAAGACUGCAUAAGAACUGAUGGGGGACAGUAUAUCUUGAAGCUCAGCAACGUUGGUGGUACAAAGUCUAUACCAAUAACUGUAAAAGUUCUUGAUAGGCCAGGACCUCCUGGACCACCUCUGAAAGUUUCAGGAGUUACUGCAGAAAAAUGUUACUUGGCAUGGAACCCACCUCUGCAAGAUGGUGGUGCUGGUAUUUCUCAUUACAUCAUUGAGAAGAGAGAAACAAGCAGACUCUCGUGGACCCAGGUUUCAACUGAAGUACAGGCACUGAACUACAAAGUUACUAAACUUCUUCCAGGCAAUGAGUAUAUAUUCCGUGUCAUGGCUGUGAACAAAUAUGGAAUUGGAGAGCCACUGGAAUCUGAGCCUGUCAUAGCCUGUAAUCCAUAUAAGCCACCAGGUCCUCCUUCAACACCUGAAGCCUCAGCAAUCACUAAAGAUUCAAUGGUAGUAACAUGGGCACGUCCGGUAGACGAUGGUGGAGCUGAAAUUGAGGGCUAUAUACUUGAAAAGCAUGAUAAAGAUGGCAUCAGAUGGACUAAAUGCAAUAAGAAAACACUAACAGAUCUACGACUCAGAGUGACUGGACUUACAGAAGGCCACUCCUAUGAAUUCAGAGUUGCAGCCGAGAAUGCAGCCGGCAUGGGUGAAUUUAGUGAGCCUUCUGUUUUCUAUCGUGCGUGUGAUGCUUUGUAUCCACCAGGCCCCCCAAGCAAUCCUAAAGUAACAGACACGUCUAGAUCUUCAGUAUCUCUGGCAUGGAAUAAGCCCAUCUACGAUGGUGGUGCUCCUGUUAAAGGCUAUGUUGUGGAAUUCAAAGAGGCUGCUGCUGAUGAAUGGACAACCUGUACACCACCAACAGGUCUACAAGGAAAGCAGUUCACUGUUACUAAACUUAAAGAAAAUGGUGAAUAUAACUUCCGCAUAUGUGCCAUCAACUCAGAAGGUGUUGGUGAACCUGCAACCAUACCUGGAUCAGUUGUUGCUGCUGAAAGGAUUGAGCCUCCUGAAAUUGAACUUGAUGCUGAUCUAAGGAAGGUUGUCAUUCUUCGUGCAAGUGCCACCUUGAGAUUAUUUGUUACCAUCAAAGGUAGACCAGAACCCGAAGUCAAAUGGGAAAAAGCAGAAGGCACUCUCACUGAGAGAGCCCAGAUUGAGGUAACCAGCUCAUAUACGAUGUUGGUUAUUGAUAAUGUUACCAGAUUUGACAGUGGUAGAUAUAACCUGACUCUAGAAAAUAACAGUGGCUCUAAAACAGCUUUUGUUAAUGUCAGAGUUCUUGAUUCACCAAGUGCACCUGUGAAUUUGAUUGUGAAAGAAGUGAAGAAAGAUUCAGUAACAUUGUCUUGGGAACCACCACUUAUUGAUGGUGGAGCUAAAAUUACAAAUUACAUUGUUGAAAAACGAGAAUCUACAAGAAAAGCAUAUGCCACUAUUACAAACAAUUGCACUAAGACCACUUUCAAAAUCGACAAUCUCCAAGAAGGGUGUACUUACUUCUUCCGUGUCUUGGCUUCAAAUGAAUAUGGGAUUGGUUUGCCAGCUGAAACAACAGAACCAGUUAAAGUGUCUGAACCACCCCUGCCACCUGGAAGAGUUACUCUUGUGGAUGUGACACGUAACACUGCCACCAUUAAAUGGGAGAAACCAGAAAGUGAUGGUGGCAGUAAAAUUACUGGUUAUGUAGUAGAAAUGCAGACUAAAGGAAGUGAGAAAUGGAGCACUUGCACACAUGUAAAGACACUAGAAGCCACUGUGUCUGGUCUGACUACUGGAGAAGAGUAUACCUUUAGGGUAUCUGCAGUUAAUGAAAAAGGGAAAAGUGACCCUAGACAACUUGGAGUACCAGUAGUUGCAAAAGAUAUUGAAAUUAAACCCUCAGUUGAGCUUCCUUUCAACACUUUCAAUGUUAAAGCUGGAGACCAACUCAAGAUUGAUGUGCCAUUUAGUGGGAGACCCGUGCCUACCGUAAGCUGGAAAAAAGAUGGACAAACCUUAAAAGAGACAACUAGAGUAAAUGUUCAGUCAUCAAAGACAGUAACAUCGUUAAUUAUCAAGGAAGCUUCAAGAGAAGAUGUUGGAAAGUAUGAAUUAUCCAUUUCAAACAGUGCUGGAGUUACAACCGUUUCCAUUACCGUAAUUGUCCUUGACAGACCAGGACCUCCAGGACCUAUACAUAUUGACGAAGUUAGCUCUGACAAUGUAACAAUAUCUUGGAAUCCUCCAGAAUAUGACGGUGGCUGCCAAAUUAGCAAUUAUAUUGUUGAGAAAAGAGAUACUACUACUACAACAUGGCAAGUAGUAUCACAAGCAGUUGCAAGGACAUCCAUUAAGAUAGUUCGCCUGACAACAGGAAGUGAAUAUCAGUUCCGUGUUUGUGCAGAGAACCGUUACGGUAGGAGUACUUACAGUGAAUCAUCAGCUGUCGUUGCAGAAUACCCGUUCAGUCCGCCAGGUCCUCCUGGAACACCUAAAGUUGUACAUGCCACAAAAUCCACCAUGAUCGUAAGUUGGCAAGUACCAGUUAAUGAUGGAGGAAGUCAAGUAAUUGGCUAUCACCUUGAGCAUAAAGAAAGAAGUAGUAUUCUUUGGACAAAAGUAAACAAAACUCUCAUUACUGAUACACAAAUGAAAGUUUCUGGCCUUGAUGAAGGACUGAUGUAUGAAUACCGUGUAUAUGCUGAGAAUAUUGCAGGAAUUGGUAAAUGCAGCAAGGCAUGUGAGCCAGUUGCUGCAAGAGACCCUUGUGAUCCUCCUGGUCAACCAGAAGUUACAAAUAUUACCAGAAAGUCAGUUUCACUUAAAUGGGCUAAACCCCGAUAUGAUGGUGGGGCUAAAAUCACAGGUUACCUUAUUGAGCGCAGAGAACUGCCAGAUGGCCGGUGGUUGAAGUGUAACUUUACCAAUGUACAAGAAACUUAUUUUGAGGUAACUGAACUUACAGAAGAUCAACGUUAUGAAUUCCGUGUUUUUGCAAGGAAUGCUGCUGACUCCAUUAGUGAGCCAUCUGAAUCAACUGGACCCAUUACAGUAAAAGACGAUGUUGAGGCCCCAAGAAUUAUGAUGGAUGUCAAAUUUCGUGACAUUAUCGUGGUCAAAGCUGGGGAAGUCCUUAAAAUCAAUGCAGACAUUUCAGGACGACCUCUACCUAUAAUAUCCUGGUCAAAGGAUGGCAAGGAGAUUGAAGAAAGAGCAAAGACUGAAAUUGUUUCAACAGACUGCACAACUUCAUUAACAGUUAAGGACUGUGUGAGACGAGACACUGGUCAGUAUGUGUUAACUCUCAAAAAUGUUGCAGGAACUCGGUCUACGGCUGUUAACUGCAAAGUCCUUGAUAGACCUGGGCCACCAGCAGGACCUCUAGAAAUAAAUGGCCUAACUGCUGAGAAAUGUUCACUUUCCUGGGGACCUCCACAAGAAGAUGGUGGUGCAAAUAUUGACUAUUAUAUUGUAGAAAAACGUGAGACAAGCCGACUUGCAUGGACAAUUUGUGAAGAAGAAUUAAAAACAACAUCUUGUAAAGUAACCAAAUUACUUAGAGGUAACGAAUAUAUAUUUAGAGUCAUUGGUGUUAAUAAAUAUGGUGCAGGUGAGCCCCUGGAGAGUGUGGCUGUAAAGGCACUUGACCCCUUUACGGUGCCCAGUCCACCCACAUCUUUGGAGAUCACAUCUGUGACCAAAGAUUUCAUGACCUUAUGCUGGUCAAGACCCGAGAACGAUGGGGGUAAUGAUAUCUCUGGAUACAUAAUUGAACGUCGGGAGAAAAACAGCUUACGAUGGGUACGUGUAAACAAAAAACCAGUUUAUGAUCUGAGAGUAAAAUCAGCAGGACUUCGGGAAGGAUGUGAAUAUGAAUAUCGGGUCUAUGCAGAAAAUGCUGCUGGUCUGAGCCUUCCAAGUGAAACAUCACCCUUGGUUCGAGCAGAAGAUCCAGUCUUCUUACCCUCUCCUCCGUCUAAACCUAAAAUCGUGGACUCAGGAAAAACAAAUAUAACUAUUAGCUGGGUUAAGCCUUUGUUUGAUGGAGGGGCCCCAGUUACUGGAUACACAGUAGAAUAUAAGAAAUCUGAUGAAACUGAGUGGUUAGUUGCCAUCCAGAGCUUACGAGGCACUGAAUAUACAGUAAGUGGUUUAACAACAGGGACUGAAUAUGUCUUUAGAGUAAGAUCAAUAAAUAAGGUUGGUGCUAGUGAUCCAAGUGACAGCUCAGAUCCUCAGGUAGCAAAGGAAAGAGAAGAGGAACCUAUAUUUGACCUUGACAGUGAAAUGAAGAAGACUUUGAUCGUCAAGGCUGGUGCCUCAUUUACCAUGACUGUGCCUUUCCGAGGAAGACCAGUACCUAGUGUAAUAUGGACUAAGCCAGAUACUGAUCUCCAUAAUAGAGCUUGUAUUGAUUCUACAGACACCCGCACAUCGCUUAGUAUUGAAAAUGCCAACAGAAAUGACUCUGGAAAAUACACGUUAACAAUUCAGAAUACUUUGAAUGCUGCUUCAUUGACCUUAGCCGUCAAAGUUCUUGAUACCCCCGGGCCACCAACUAACAUUAAUGUUAAAGAUGUAACCAAGGAAUCCGCAGUGUUAUCAUGGGAUGUUCCUGAAAAUGAUGGUGGUGCCCCUGUGAAAAAUUACCAUAUAGAAAAACGAGAGGCCAGUAAGAAAUCAUGGGUCACCGUGACUAACAACUGCAAUCGACUUUCCUAUAAAGUGUCCAACCUACAAGAGGGAGCCGUUUACUACUUCAGAGUCUCUGGAGAAAAUGAGUUUGGUGUUGGCGUACCCUCUGAGACCAAGGAAGGAGUAAAAAUCACAGAAAAACCAAGCCCACCUGAAAAACUUGGAGUGGCAAGUGUUUCUAAAGACAGUGUUUCCCUGAUAUGGCUUAAGCCAGAGCAUGAUGGUGGAAGCAGAAUUGUACACUAUAUUGUUGAAGCUUUAGAAAAAGGACAGAAGAAUUGGAUUAAAUGUGCAAUUGUAAAAACCACUCAUCACACUGUUUCCAGUCUGAGAGAAAACUCAGAAUACUUCUUCAGAGUGUUUGCUGAAAAUCAAGCUGGUAGAAGUGAUCCAAGAGAGCUUCUACUUCCUGUUCUUGUAAAAGACCAACUAGAACCACCUGAGGUUGAUAUGACUAACUUCCCAAGUCAUACUGUCUAUGUCAGGGCAGGUUCCAACCUUAAGGUUGACAUUCCAAUUUCUGGAAAACCACUUCCCAAAGUGACAUUAUCCAAAGAUGGUGUCCCACUAAAAGCAACCAUGAGAUUUAAUACUGAAAUUACUGCUGAAAACCUCACCAUUAAUCUCAAAGAAAGUGUUGCUGCUGAUGCUGGAAGGUAUGAGAUCACUGCUUCCAAUGCCAGUGGAACAACAAAAGCAUUUAUUAACAUAAUUGUGCUGGACAGACCUGGCCCUCCAUCAGGCCCUGUUGUUAUCAGUGAUGUAACCGAAGAUAGUGUGGUUCUCAAGUGGGAGCCACCAAAGUAUGACGGUGGAAGUCAAGUGACCAACUAUAUUGUCCUUAAGAGAGAAACAAAUACCGCAGUAUGGACUGAAGUUUCUACAACUGUGGCAAGAACCAUGAUGAAAAUCAUGAAACUGACAACAGGAGAAGAGUAUCAGUUCCGCAUCAAAGCUGAAAACCGCUUUGGCAUCAGUGAUCACACAGAUUCAGCUUAUGUGACUGUCAAACUCCCAUACACAACACCUGGACCACCUUCUACACCGUGGGUCACAAAUGUCACCCAAGAGAGCAUCACUGUUGGUUGGCAUGAGCCAGUGUCCAAUGGAGGCAGUGCAGUAAUUGGAUACCAUCUAGAAAUGAAGGACAGAAACAGUAUUUUAUGGCAGAAGGUUAAUAAGAUGGUCAUUCGCACAACUCACUUCAAAGUCAGUACAAUCAGUGCUGGACUUAUUUAUGAAUUCAGGGUAUAUGCAGAAAACGCUGCUGGCAUUGGCAAAGCAAGUCAUCCUUCUGACCCAGUUCUUGCCAUUGAUGCCUGUGAACCUCCAAGAAAUGUCCGUGUCACAGAUAUUUCAAAAACUUCUGUCAACCUUUUGUGGCAGAAACCAGCUUUUGAUGGUGGAAGCAAGAUAACAGGCUACAUUGUUGAGAAACGUGAUCUUCCAGAUGGCCGGUGGACCAAAGCCAGCUUCACCAAUGUCAUUGAGACUCACUUCGUUGUAUCUGGCUUAACUCAGAAUGCUCAGUAUGAAUUCCGUGUUUUUGCUAAGAAUGCUGUCGGCUCCAUUAGCAAUCCCUCUGAAAUUGUAGGUCCCAUUACAUGCGUUGACACUUAUGGUGGACCUGCAAUUGACUUGCCUUUAGAAUAUACAGAAGUUGUCAAAUAUAGAGCUGGAACAUCUGUGAAGCUCAGAGCUGGAAUCUCUGGCAAACCUGAGCCUACUAUUGAAUGGUACAAAGAUGACAAAGAGUUACAAACAAAUGCACUAUUAUCUAUUGAAAACACAACAGACCUUGCAUCUAUCCUCAUCAGAGAUGCCAGUCGAAUCAAUAGUGGACACUAUGAAUUAAAGCUAAGGAAUGCCAUGGGUUCUGCAUCAGCCAGCAUCAGAGUGCAGAUACUAGACAAACCAGGGCCUCCAGGUGGACCAAUUGAAUUUAAGACUGUCACUGCUGAAAAGAUCACCCUCCUUUGGCGGCCUCCAGAAGAUAAUGGUGGUGCCAAAAUAACUCAUUACGUUGUAGAGAAACGUGAAACAAGCCGGGUGGUAUGGUCUGUAGUGUCUGAAAAUCUGGAAGAGUGCAUUAUUACCACUACCAAACUCAUCAAAGGAAAUGAAUAUAUCUUUCGGGUCCGAGGUGUGAACAAGUAUGGAAUUGGUGAUCCUCUGGAGUCUGAGCCAGUUGUAGCUAAGAAUGCAUUUGUUACACCUGGGCCACCCAGUGUACCAGAAGUGACUAAGAUUACCAAGAAUUCAAUGACCGUUGUCUGGAAUCGACCAGUUGUGGAUGGUGGUAGUGAAGUAAGUGGCUACUUCCUUGAAAAACGUGAUAAGAAGAGUCUAGGCUGGUUCAAAGUACUUAAAGAAACUAUCCGGGACACCAGACAGAAAGUGACAGGACUUACUGAAAAUACCGAAUAUCACUUCCGAGUUUGUGCUGUAAAUGCAGCUGGUCAAGGUCCAUUCUCUGAACCAUCUGAUUUCUACAAAGCUGCAGAUCCUGUUGAUCCACCAGGUCCACCAGCCAAGCUGAGAGUAGUAGAUUCAACAAAAUCCUCAAUUACUCUUAGCUGGAGUAAACCUGUUUAUGAUGGAGGCAGUGCUGUUACCGGGUAUAUUGUGGAGAUGAGAGAAGGUGACAGUGAAGAAUGGACUAUUGUCAGUACUAAGGGAGAAGUAAGAACAACAGAGUAUGUUGUACCUCUUCUGAAACCUGGAGUCAAUUACUAUUUCCGUGUAUCUGCCCUAAACUGUGCUGGACAAGGAGAACCUAUUGAAAUGACAGAGCCUGUACAACCCAAAGACAUACUUGAGGAACCAGAGAUUGACUUAGAUGUGGCUCUUAGAACUUCUAUCAUUGCAAAAGCUGGUGAAGAUGUACAAAUCUUGAUUCCAUUUAAAGGGAGACCUCCACCCACUGUCACUUGGAGAAAAGAAGAAAAGAAUCUUGGCAGUGAUGCCAGGUACAACAUUCAGAACACUGACUCCUCUUCAUUACUCAUCAUCCCUCAAGUUACAAGAAAUGAUACAGGAAAAUAUGUCCUAACAAUAGAAAAUGGAAUUGGGGAGCCAAAGUCUUCAACUGUGAGUGUUAAAGUACUUGACACACCAGCUGCCUGCCAGAAAUUACAAGUGAAACAUGUUUCCCGGGGCACUGUCACCCUGUUUUGGGACCCUCCUCUCAUCGAUGGUGGCUCUCCCAUAAUAAAUUAUGUCAUUGAAAAGAGAGAUGCCACCAAAAGAACUUGGUCCGUUGUUUCACACAAAUGCUCCCAUACAUCCUUUAAGGUAACAGACUUGUCAGAGAAGACUCCCUAUUUCUUCAGAGUCCUUGCAGAAAAUGAAAAUGGACUAGGGGAGCCCUGUGAAACUACAGAGCCAGUGAAAGCUGCUGAAGUGCCAGCUCCCAUACGGGAUCUUUCAAUGAAGGAUUCAACAAAGACAUCAGUUACCUUGCAGUGGUCCAAACCUGAUUUUGAUGGUGGAAGUGUCAUCACAGAAUAUGUUGUUGAGAGGAAAGGCAAAGGUGAACAAACAUGGUCACGUGCCGGCAUAAGUAAGACAUGUGAAAUUGUAGUGGACAACCUUAAAGAACUAUCAGUCCUAGAAUUCAGAGUUUCUGCAAAGAAUGAGAAAGGACUGAGUGAUAGUGUUGUAAUUGGACCAAUUACUGUGAAAGAACUUGUCAUUCCACCUGAAGUUGACCUCUCAGAAAUCCCUGGAGCGCAAAUCAGAGUAAGAAUUGGUCAUAAUGUACACCUUGAAUUGCCCUACAAAGGAAAACCAAAACCAUCUAUCAGUUGGCUGAAGGACAGUAUGCCACUAAAGGAAAGCGAACAGGUCCGUUUCAGUAAAACAGAAAACAAAAUAACUUUGAACAUCAAAAAUGUGCAAAAAGUGCAUGGUGGGAAAUAUACCAUCAUUCUAGAUAAUGCAGUAUGCAGAAACUCAUUUCCCAUUACGAUCAUCACACUUGGCCCCCCAUCAAAGCCCAAAGGACCCAUUCGAUUUGACGAGAUUAAAGCUGACAGUGUUAUCAUGUCAUGGGAUGUUCCUGAAGAUGAUGGAGGAGGAGAAAUCACUUGUUACAGCAUUGAGAAACGAGAAGCUUCACAAACUAACUGGAAAAUGGUGUGUUCUAGUGUUGCUAGGACAACUUUUAAAGUUCCUAACUUAGUUAAAGAUGCUGAAUACCAGUUCAGAGUUAGAGCAGAAAAUCGUUACGGAGUAAGCCUGCCACUCGUCUCAACAAUUAUUGUGGCAAAACAUCAGUUCAGGGUACCUGGCCCACCAGGAAAGCCUGUUGUAUACAACAUAACCUCUGAUGGCAUGUCAAUCACUUGGGAUGCACCACCAUACGAUGGUGGGUCAGAAGUUACUGGAUUCUAUGUUGAGAAGAAAGAAAGAAAUAGCAUCCUGUGGCAGAGAGUUAACACAACUUCAAUCUCUGGAAGAGAAUACAGAGUUACUGGACUUCUUGAGGGCCUAGAUUACCAGUUCCGUGUGUAUGCUGAAAAUUCUGCUGGUCUAAGCCCACCUAGUGACCCAAGCAAAUUUACCCUAGCAGUAUCUCCAGUAGACCCACCUGGCACACCUGACAGCAUUGACGUCACCCGGGAAACUAUCACACUUAAGUGGAAUCCACCAUUGCGUGAUGGAGGCAGUAAGAUCGUCGCCUACAGUAUCGAGAAACGCCAAGGAAACGAUCAUUGGCUUAGAUGCAACUUUACUGAUGUCAGUGAAUGUCAGUACACAGUCACAGGACUUAGUCCAGGAGACCGACAUGAGUUCAGAAUAAUUGCAAGAAAUGCUGUUGGGACAAUCAGCCCCCCUUCACAAUCUUCAGGCUACAUUAUGACAAGAGAUGAGAAUGUUCCUCCAACAAUAGAAUUUGGUCCUGAGUACUUCAGCGGCCUUGUUAUCAAGGCUGGAGAGAGCCUAAGAAUCAAGGCUUUAAUACAGGGUCGGCCAGUGCCUCGGGUAACUUGGUUUAAAGAUGGAGAAGAGAUUGAAAAGAAAAUGCAUGUGGAAAUAACUGAUGUCCUCGGGUCCAGCAGUCUCUUUGUCAGGGAUGCCAAUCGCGAACAUCGUGGUGUAUACACUGUUGAAGCCAAAAACAUAUCAGGCUCCACAAAAGAAAACCUUACUGUGAAAGUACAAGAUACACCAGGAAAAGUAGUUGGGCCAAUAAGAUUCACUAAUAUAACUGGAGAGAAGAUGACACUCUGGUGGGAUGCUCCCCUGAAUGACGGAUGUUCUCCUGUAACUCACUACAUGAUUGAAAAACGAGAAACCAGCAGGCUUGCAUGGGCACUCAUCGAGGAUAAGUGUGAAGCCCAAAGUUACACUGCAGUUAAAUUAAUAAAUGGCAAUGAAUAUCAAUUCCGUGUUUCUGCUGUCAAUAAAAUUGGUGUUGGCAGGCCACUUGAUUCUGACCCGGUGGUGGCCCAAAUACAAUACACUGUUCCAGAUGCACCUGGUAUUCCAGAGCCUAGCAACAUAACUGGCAACAGCAUUACACUCACGUGGGCCAGGCCAGAAUCAGAUGGUGGUAAUGAUAUACAGCACUACAUUCUUGAAAGGCGAGAAAAGAAGAGCAUGCGUUGGGUAAAAGUUAUCAGCAAACGCCCGAUUACUGAAACCAGACACAAAGUUACCGGACUGACUGAAGGCAAUGAAUAUGAAUUCCAUGUCAUGGCUGAAAAUGCUGCAGGGGUAGGACCUUCUAGUGGCAUUUCAAGAUUGAUUAAAUGCAGAGAGCCAGUGAGCCCACCAGGGCCUCCCACAGUGGUCAAAGUGACAGACACAUCAAAGACAACUGUAAGCUUAGAAUGGGGCAAACCAGUUUUUGAUGGUGGGAUGGAAAUAAUCGGCUACAUCAUUGAAAUGUGCAAAGCAGACUUAGGAGACUGGCAGAAGGUCAAUGCUGAAGCAUGUGUCAAAACUAGAUAUACUGUCACCGAUUUGCAAGCAGGUGAAAAUUACAAAUUCCGAGUUAGUGCUGUUAAUGGCGCUGGCAAAGGAGAAAGCUGUGAGGUGUCUGGUACAAUUCAAGCAGUUGACAGACUAACCCCACCUGAACUUGAUAUUGAUGCAAACUUCAAGCAAACUCAUAUUGUUAGAGCAGGGGCCAGUAUUCGUCUGUUCAUUGCCUACAGUGGCCGACCUACUCCUACCGCAGUAUGGAGUAAACCAGAUUCUAACCUUAGUAUUCGAGCUGACAUUCAUACAACAGACUCCUUCAGCACCCUCACUGUGGAGAACUGCAAUAGAAAUGAUGCUGGUAAAUAUACCUUCUCUUUGGAAAACAACAGCGGAAGUAAGUCUAUAACAUUCACUGUCAAGGUACUAGACUCUCCUGGGCCACCUGGUCCUAUUACCUUCAAGGAUGUAACCAGAGGGUCUGUUACAUUAAUGUGGGAUGCACCCAUCCUUGAUGGUGGGGCCCGAAUCCAUCAUUAUGUGGUGGAGAAACGAGAAGCAAGUCGUCGUAGCUGGCAAGUAGUCAGUGAAAAAUGCACUCGCCAGAUCUUCAAGGUCACUGACCUCUUAGAAGGAGUCCCCCACUACUUCCGCGUUUCUGCAGAAAAUGAGUAUGGCAUUGGUGAACCAUAUGAAACGCCAGAACCAAUUGUCGCCACAGAAGAACCUGCUCCACCUAAGAGACUUGAUAUCGUUGAUACAAGCAAAUCCUCAGCAGUGUUAGCUUGGCUUAAACCUGAUCAUGACGGAGGAAGCCGGAUCACCAGUUACCUUCUUGAAAUGAGACAGAAGGGCUCUGAUUUCUGGGUUGAAGCUGGUCACACAAAGCAGCUUACAUUUACAGUGGAACACCUGGUAGAAAACACUGAAUAUGAAUUCCGUGUGAAAGCCAAGAACGAUGCAGGCUACAGUGAACCCCGGGAAGCCUUCUGUUCUGUCAUCAUCAAGGAGCCUCAGAUUGAACCAACUGCUGAUCUCAGUGGAAUUACUAAUCAGAUCAUAACUUGCAAAGCUGGAAGCUCUUUUACCAUUGACAUACCAAUCAGUGGUCGCCCAGCCCCCAAAGUAACAUGGAAACUUGAAGAGAUGAGACUUAAGGAGACUGACAGAAUGAGUAUCAAGACAACAAAAGACAGAACCACACUUAGUGUUAAAGAGAGCAUGAGAGGUGACUCUGGACGUUACUAUUUGACUCUUGAGAAUACCGCAGGGGUAAAAACCUUUACAGUUACCGUCAUUGUCAUUGGAAGGCCAGGUCCAGUUACUGGCCCAAUUGAAGUCUCCUCUGUCUCUGCUGAGUCAUGCAUCCUGUCAUGGACUGAACCUAAGGAUGAUGGUGGCACUGAAAUCACUAAUUACAUAGUUGAAAAACGUGAGUCUGGGACAACAGCUUGGCAGCUUGUAAAUUCCAGUGUCAAACGUACCCAGAUUAAAGUAACCCACCUCACAAAAUACAAGGAAUACUCUUUCCGUGUCAGUUCAGAAAACAGAUUUGGUGUCAGCAAACCUCUGGAAUCAGCACCAAUAGUUGCUGAACAUCCAUUUGUCCCUCCAAGUGCACCUACCAGGCCUGAGGUCUACUUUGUGUCUGCAAAUGCCAUGUCUAUCCGUUGGGAAGAACCAUACCAUGAUGGUGGCAGCAAAAUCAUUGGAUACUGGGUUGAAAAGAAAGAACGUAACACCAUUCUUUGGGUGAAGGAAAACAAAGUACCUUGCUUAGAAUGCAACUUCAAAGUAACUGGCUUGGUGGAAGGUCUGGAAUAUCAGUUCAGAACUUAUGCACUAAAUGCAGCAGGUGUUAGCAAAGCUAGUGAAGCUUCAAGACCCAUGGUAGCUCAAAACCCAGUUGAUCCACCAGGAAGACCAGAGGUAACAGAUGUCACUAGGUCUACAGUGUCACUCAUCUGGUCUGCACCAGUUUACGAUGGAGGAAGCAAGGUUAUAGGCUACAUUGUUGAACGGAAGCCAGUUAGUGAAGUAGGAGAUGGUCGCUGGCUAAAGUGCAACUACACCAUUGUAUCUGAGAAUUUCUUCACUGUGACAGCUCUAAGUGAAGGCGACACCUACGAAUUCCGCGUAUUAGCCAAGAAUGCAGCUGGCGUCAUUAGUAAAGGGUCAGAAUCCACGGGUCCUGUCACUUGCAGAGAUGAAUAUUCACCACCCAAAGCUGAACUGGAUGCUAGAUUGCAGGGAGAUAUUGUAACUAUCAGAGCUGGAUCUGAUCUUGUUCUCGAUGCAGCAGUUGGUGGCAAACCUGAGCCCAAAAUUAUCUGGACCAAAGGAGACAAAGAAUUAGAUCUCUGUGAAAAGGUCUCUUUGCAGUAUACCAGAAAACGAGCCACUGCUAUCAUCAAAUUCUGUGAUCGAAGUGAUAGUGGAAAAUAUGCAUUAACUGUGAAGAAUGCCAGCGGAACCAAAACUGUGUCUGUCAUGGUCAAAGUACUUGAUUCUCCUGGUCCAUGUGGAAACCUCACGGUCAGCAGAGUAACGGAAGAGAAAUGCACUCUAGCUUGGACCCUCCCUCAAGAAGAUGGAGGUGCAGAAAUAACUCACUACAUUGUGGAAAGACGUGAAACAAGCAGACUCAACUGGGUUAUCGUUGAGGGAGAAUGUCCAACUUUAUCACAUGUGGUCACCAGACUCAUCAAGAACAACGAAUACAUAUUCCGUGUGAGGGCAGUCAACAAAUAUGGCCCAGGUGUACCUGCUGAAACAGAACCCAUUGUUGCUAGAAAGUCAUUCACUAUUCCAUCACCACCUGGUAUGCCUGAAGAAAUGGGUGCUGGCAAAGAACAUGUCAUCAUUCAGUGGCAAAAGCCAGAAUCUGACGGUGGCAAUGAGAUCAACAACUACCUCGUUGAUAAGCGUGAAAAGAAGAGUCUGCGCUGGACACGGGUCAAUAAAGAUUAUACUGUUUACGACACCAGACUUAAAGUGACUGGCUUAAUGGAAGGCUGUGAAUACCAGUUCCGGGUCACAGCAGUAAAUGCUGCUGGCAACAGUGAACCUAGUGAAGCUUCCAACUUCAUCUUAUGCAAGGAACCUUCAUAUACUCCUGGACCACCUUCUGCUCCGAGAGUUGUAGACACAACCAAAUUCAGCAUUAGCCUGGCAUGGACGAAACCAAUGUAUGACGGUGGUGCUGACAUCAUAGGCUAUGUCCUUGAAAUGAAAGAAAAAGAAACUGAUCAGUGGUACAGAGUGCAUACAAAUGCCACUCUAAGAAAUCCUGAAUUCACCGUCCCAGAUCUUAAAACUGGCCAGAAAUAUUGCUUCAGAGUUGCUGCUGUAAAUGCAAAUGGCAUGAGUGAAUACAGUGAAUCAACUGCUGAAAUUGAACCUGUAGAAAGACUAGAAAUUCCAGAUCUUGAGCUUGCUGCUGAUCUGAAGAAAACUGUUACUGUGAGAGCUGGGGCUUCUUUGUGGCUCAUGGUAUCUGUAUCAGGAAGGCCAUCUCCUGUUAUUACAUGGAGCAAAAAGGGCAUUGAUCUUGCAAGCCGAGCAAUUAUUGACACCACUGAAAGCUACACUUUGCUUAUUGUUGACAAAGUUAACCGGUACGAUGCUGGAAAAUAUACCAUUGAAGCAGAAAAUCAAUCUGGCAAAAAAUCAGCAACAGUCCUUGUUAAAGUGUAUGAUACACCUGGCCCAUGUCCUUCUGUGAAAGUUAAGGAAGUGUCAAGAGAUUCUGUGACCAUUACUUGGGAGAUCCCCACUAUUGAUGGUGGUGCUCCAGUAACCAACUAUAUUAUUGAGAAACGCCAGGCUGCCAUGAGAGCAUUCAAAACAGUAACUACCAAAUGCAGCAAGACACUUUACAGAAUUUCUGGACUUGUAGAAGGAACCAUGUACUACUUCAGAGUACUUCCAGAGAAUAUUUAUGGCAUUGGCGAGCCCUGUGAAACAUCUGAUGCUGUCCUGGUCUCAGAAGUCCCCUUGGUGCCUCAAAAGCUGGAAGUGGUGGAUGUCACCAAGUCCAGUGUUUCUCUUGCCUGGGAGAAACCCCUCUAUGAUGGUGGUAGCAGGCUUACUGGAUAUGUUCUUGAGGCCUGUAAAGCUGGUACCGAAAGAUGGAUGAAAGUUGUAACCUUGAAACCCACUGUCUUAGAGCACACUGUUAUCUCACUCAAUGAAGGUGAACAGUACUUAUUUAGAGUGAGGGCACAGAAUGAGAAAGGUGUGUCAGAACCGAGAGAGAUUGUCACCGCAGUAACUGUUCAAGACCUACGAGUAUUGCCUACAAUUGAUCUUUCUACAAUGCCUCAAAAGACUAUUCAUGUCCCAGCUGGCAGACCUGUAGAGCUGGUUAUACCAAUUGCUGGUCGUCCACCUCCAGCUGUAUCCUGGUUCUUGGCUGGCUCCAAAGUGAAAGAAUCAGAGCGCGUCACUGUUGAAACCCAUAGUAAAGUAGCCAAGUUAACAAUCCGUGAGACCACUAUAAAGGACACUGGAGAAUACACACUUGAACUGAAGAAUGUGACUGGAACUACUUCAGAAACCAUUAAAGUUAUCAUUCUUGACAAACCUGGACCACCAACUGGGCCAAUCAAAAUUGAUGAAAUUGAUGCUACUUCGGUCACCAUUUCCUGGGAGCCACCUGAAUUGGAUGGUGGUGCUCCACUGAGUGGUUAUGUGGUAGAACAGCGGGAUGCCCAUCGACCAGGCUGGCUGCCAGUUUCUGAAUCCGUGACUAGAACAACUUUUAAGUUUACCAGACUCACUGAAGGAAAUGAAUAUGUGUUCCGUGUAGCUGCUACAAACCGAUUUGGAAUUGGCUCUUACCUACAGUCUGAGGUCAUAGAAUGCUGUAGCAGCAUCAGGAUUCCAGGACCUCCAGAAACAUUACAGAUUUUUGAUGUCUCUCGUGAUGGCAUGACACUAACUUGGUACCCACCUGAGGAUGAUGGUGGUUCCCAGGUGACCGGUUAUAUUGUAGAACGUAAAGAAGUCAGAGCAGAUCGAUGGGUCCGUGUCAAUAAAGUAGCAGUGACUAUGACACGUUAUCGUUCCACUGGCCUCAUUGAAGGACUAGAAUAUGAACACCGUAUUACUGCUGUUAAUGCCAGAGGCACUGGGAAACCAAGUCGUCCUUCCAAACCUGUUGUUGCCAUGGAUCCAAUUGCUCCUCCAGGAAAACCCCAGAACCCAAGAGUUACUGACACCACAAGAACAUCAGUCUCCCUUGCCUGGAGUGUUCCUGAAGAUGAAGGAGGAUCUAAAGUCACUGGCUACUUGAUUGAAAUGCAGAAGGUCGAUCAGCACGAAUGGACCAAAUGUAAUACCACCCCAACAAAGAUCCGGGAAUAUACACUAACACAUCUACCUCAGGGUGCAGAAUACAGAUUCCGUGUCUUGGCCUGUAAUGCUGGUGGACCUGGAGAGCCUGCUGAAGUACCAGGAACAGUGAAAGUCACUGAAAUGCUCGAAUAUCCUGAUUACGAACUUGAUGAAAGAUACCAGGAAGGUGUCUUUGUAAGACAAGGUGGAGUCAUCAGGCUCACCAUACCAAUAAAAGGAAAACCAUUCCCAAUAUGCAAGUGGACUAAGGAGGGCCAAGACAUUAGUAAGAGGGCUAUGAUUGCAACCUCCGACACACACACUGAACUUGUGAUUAAAGAAGCAGACAGGGAUGAUUCUGGAAACUACGACUUGGUUCUAGAAAACAAGUGUGGCAAGAAGGCAGUUUACAUCAAGGUCAGGGUGAUUGGAAGUCCAAAUACUCCGGAAGGUCCACUUGAAUAUGAUGACAUACAAGCUCGUUCUGUAAGAGUAAGCUGGAGACCUCCAGCUGAUGAUGGCGGUGCUGAUGUCCUCGGGUACAUUGUUGAGAGGCGAGAAGUACCUAAAGCUGCCUGGUAUACCAUUGAUUCCAGAGUUAGAGGCACAUCUCUUGUGGUAAAAGGCCUAAAAGAAAAUGUAGAGUAUCACUUCCGUGUGUCAGCAGAAAACCAGUUUGGUAUCAGCAAGCCCCUGAAAUCUGAAGAACCAGUCACACCAAAAACACCACUGAACCCUCCAGAACCUCCCAGCAAUCCUCCAGAAGUGCUGGAUGUAACUAAGAGUUCCAUUAGCUUGUCCUGGUCACGACCCAAAGAUGAUGGUGGCUCUCGGGUCACCGGGUACUAUAUUGAACGGAAAGAAACCUCUACUGACAAGUGGGUUCGGCAUAACAAGACUCAGAUCACUACCACGAUGUACACAGUCACAGGCCUGGUUCCUGAUGCCGAAUAUCAAUUCCGUAUCAUUGCACAGAAUGAUGUUGGCUUAAGUGAAACCAGUCCUGCUUCUGAACCAGUUAUUUGCAAAGAUCCUUUCGAUAAACCAAGCCAACCUGGAGAGAUUGAGAUCCUAUCUCUAUCCAAAGACAGUGUUACUCUUCAGUGGGAGAAACCUGAAUGUGAUGGUGGUAAAGAAAUCCUUGGAUACUGGGUAGAAUACCGGCAAUCUGGAGACAGUGCAUGGAAGAAGAGCAACAAGGACCGCAUUAAGGACAGGCAGUUCACAAUUGGUGGCUUAUUGGAAGCCACUGAAUAUGAAUUCCGGGUUUUUGCUGAAAAUGAGACUGGAAUCAGCAGACCUCGACGAACUGCCAUGUCUGUGAAGACUAAACUGACAUCUGGAGAGGCACCAGGAGUACGAAAAGAAAUGGCAGAUGUCACCACUAAAUUGGGUGAAGCAGCUCAGCUAUCCUGCCAGAUUGUUGGAAGGCCCCUUCCAGAUAUUAAAUGGUAUCGCUUUGGCAAAGAGCUAGUACAAAGCCGAAAAUACAAAAUGUCAUCCGACGGGCGCACUCAUACUCUCACUGUAAUGACAGAGGAACAAGAGGAUGAAGGUGUCUACACCUGCACAGCUACCAAUGAAGUCGGAGAGGUAGAAACCAGCAGCAAGCUACUCUUGCAAGCAACUCCUCAGUUCCACCCUGGUUACCCCCUGAAGGAGAAAUACUAUGCAGCGGUAGGGUCUACUCUCCGUCUGCAUGUUAUGUACAUUGGUCGCCCUGUACCUGCCAUUACUUGGUUCCAUGACAAGAAACCUUUGAAAAAUUCAGAGACCGUUACCAUUGAGAAUACUGAGCACUAUACUCAUCUAAUCAUCAAGAAUGUCCAGCGUAAGACCCAUGCUGGGAAGUACAAAGUACAGCUGAGCAACAUUUUUGGAACAGUUGAUGCUAUCCUUGAUGUGGAAAUACAAGAUAAGCCAGACAAGCCUACAGGGCCAAUUGUGAUUGAAGCACUACUUAAGAACUCUGCAGUAAUCAGCUGGAAACCUCCUACAGAUGAUGGAGGGUCAUGGAUAACCAAUUAUGUGGUUGAGAAAUGUGAGGCAAAGGAGGGUGCUGAGUGGCAGCUGGUAUCUUCAGCCAUUUCAGUAACGAGCUGCAGAAUUGUUAACCUCACAGAAAAUGCUGGCUAUUAUUUCCGAGUAUCUGCUCAGAACACCUAUGGCAUUAGUGAACCUCUAGAGGUCUCAUCAAUUGUUGUUAUUAAGACUCCAUUUGAAAAGCCUGGUGCUCCUGGCAAACCAACUAUAACUGCUCUUACAAAAGAUUCCUGUGUUGUGGCUUGGAAGCCACCUUCAAGUGAUGGUGGGGCAAAGAUUAGAAAUUACUACCUUGAGAAGCGUGAGAAGAAACAAAAUAAAUGGAUUGCCGUGACAACAGAUGAAAUUCGAGAAACUGUCUUUUCUGUACAAAACCUUAUUGAAGGUCUUGAAUAUGAGUUCCGUGUGAAAUGUGAAAACCUAGGUGGUGAAAGUGAAUGGAGUGAAACAUCAGAACCCAUCACUCCUAAAUCUGAUGUUCCAAUACAGGCACCACACUUUAAGGAUGAACUGAGAAAUCUGAAUGUCAGAUAUAAGAGCAAUGCAACAUUGGUCUGCAAAGUCACUGGUCAUCCUAAGCCUGUCGUCAAAUGGUAUCGCCAAGGCAAAGAAAUCCUUGCUGAUGGAGAAAAGUAUAGAAUUCAAGAAUUUAAGGGUGGAUACCACCAACUCAUCAUAACAAAUGUAACAGACGAUGAUGCCACUGUCUACCAAGUCAGAGCUACUAACCAAGGGGGAUCUGUGUCAGGCACAGCCUCCUUAGAUGUUGAAGUUCCCGCAAAGAUACACUUGCCUAAAAAUCUUGAAGGCAUGGGAGCUGUUCAUGCUCUCCGGGGAGAGGUCAUCAGCAUUAAGAUUCCCUUCAGUGGCAAACCAGACCCAGUGAUCACCUGGCAGAAAGGACAGGAUCUCAUUGACAACAAUGGCCAUUACCAAGUUAUUGUCACCAGAUCAUUCACAUCCCUUGUCUUCUCCAAUGGAGUGGAGAGAAAAGAUGCUGGCUUCUAUGUCGUCUGUGCUAAAAACCGAUUUGGAAUUGAUCAGAAGACAGUCGAACUGGAUGUGGCCGAUGUUCCUGAUCCCCCUAGGGGAGUCAAAGUGAGUGAUGUCUCAAGAGACUCAGUCAACUUAACUUGGACUGAACCAGCUUCUGAUGGUGGUAGCAAAAUCACCAACUACAUCAUUGAAAAAUGUGCCACUACAGCAGAGAGAUGGCUCCGUGUGGGUCAAGCUCGGGAAACACGGUAUACUGUGAUUAACUUAUUUGGUAAGACUAGCUACCAGUUCCGUGUAAUAGCUGAAAAUAAAUUUGGUCUCAGCAAACCUUCAGAACCUACAGAACCAACCAUAACCAAGGAAGAUAAGACUAGAGUAAUGAACUAUGAUGAAGAGGUGGAUGAAACCCGAGAAGUUAGCAAAACUAAGGCUUCUCACUCCUCAACCAAGGAACUGUAUGACAGAUACAUGAUUGCUGAAGAUCUGGGGCGUGGACAGUUUGGAAUUGUCCACCGCUGUGUUGAAACUUCUUCUAAGAAGACAUACAUGGCCAAGUUUGUCAAAGUUAAAGGAACUGACCAGGUUUUGGUAAAGAAAGAAAUUUCUAUUCUGAACAUUGCUAGGCACAGGAAUAUUUUAUAUCUCCACGAAUCAUUUGAAAGCAUGGAAGAAUUGGUUAUGAUCUUUGAAUUUAUUUCAGGGCUUGAUAUCUUUGAAAGAAUUAACACCAGUGCUUUUGAACUCAAUGAAAGAGAAGUUGUAAGUUAUGUUCGCCAGGUCUGUGAAGCCCUUGAAUUCCUACACCGUCACAAUAUUGGGCACUUUGACAUUAGGCCAGACAAUAUCAUUUACCAAACAAGAAGAAGCUCUGUCAUUAAAAUCAUUGAAUUUGGUCAAGCCAGGCAGUUAAAGCCAGGGGACAACUUUAGGCUUAUGUUCACUGCUCCUGAAUAUUAUGCACCUGAAGUACAUCAACAUGAUGUUGUCAGUACAGCCACGGAUAUGUGGUCCCUGGGAACUCUGGUGUAUGUUCUGUUGAGUGGUAUGAAUCCUUUCCUAGCUGAAACCAACCAACAGAUGAUUGAAAAUAUCAUGAAUGCCGAGUAUAGCUUUGAUGAAGAAGCCUUCAAGGACAUCAGCAUUGAAGCCAUGGACUUUGUCGAUCGGCUCUUGGUGAAAGAAAGAAAAUCUCGCAUGACAGCUUCUGAGGCACUCCAGCAUCCAUGGCUAAAGCAGAGGAUAGAAAACGUGAGCACUAAAGUCAUCAGAACACUAAAACACAGGCGUUACUACCACACCUUGAUAAAGAAAGACCUGAACAUGGUUGUAUCAGCAGCCCGAAUCUCCUGUGGUGGGGCAAUUAGAUCUCAGAAAGGAGUGAGUGUUGCUAAAGUUAAAGUUGCAUCAAUUGAAAUUGGCCCUAUUUCUGGGCAAAUAAUGCAUGCUGCUGGAGAAGAAGGUGGGUAUGUAAAAUAUCAAUGCAGCAUCGAAAAUUACGAUGCAUCCACUCAAGUGACCUGGUACUUUGGCAUCAGACAGCUGGAGAACAGUGAAAAAUAUGAAAUUACCUACCAAGAUGGACAAGCCACCCUGUAUGUCAAAGACAUUACUAAAGCAGAUGAUGGUACCUACAGAUGCAAGGUGGUCAAUGACUAUGGAGAAGACAGUUCCUAUGCAGAGCUCUUUGUCAAGGGUGUGAGAGAAUCUUAUGACUAUUACUGUCGUAGAACUGUAAAGAGAAUUAAAAGGAGGACAGAUGCUAUGAGACUCCUGGAGAGGCCGCCAGAAUUUACUCUGCCUCUCUACAACCGGACUGCCUACAUUGGUGAAAAUGUCAGAUUUGGUGUGACCAUAACAGUUCAUCCAGAACCCCGGGUGACAUGGUAUAAAUCAGGACAGAAAAUCAAACCAGAUGAUGAUGACAAGAAGUACACAUUUGAGACUGAUAAGGGUCUUUACCAACUAACAAUCAACAAUGUAACUAUAGAUGAUGAUGCUGAAUAUUCUGUGGUAGCACGGAACAAGUAUGGUGAAGACAGCUGUAAAGCUAAGCUGACAGUGACUCCACACCCACCAGCGGCAGAUACUACCCUAAGACCAAUGUUCAAACGAUUAUUGGCAAAUGCAGAAUGUCAAGAAGGCCAGAGUGUCUGCUUUGAAAUUAGAGUUUCUGGAAUCCCACCACCAACUUUAAAAUGGGAGAAAGAUGGUCAGCCUCUGUCCCUCGGUCCCAACAUUGAAAUUGUCCAUGAAGGCUUGGACUAUUAUGCUUUGCAUAUCCGAGAUACACUGCCAGAUGACACAGGUUAUUAUAGAGUCACUGCCACCAACUCUGCUGGCUCUACAAGCUGCCAGGCUCACCUACAAGUAGAACGCCUGAAGUACGUCAAGAAAGAAUAUAAGACUGAAGAAGAACGUGAAAGACACGUACAAAAACAAAUUGAUAAGACGCUAAGAAUGGCUGAAAUCCUCUCUGGUACUGAUUCUGUGCCACUGACCCAAGUAGCACAGGAGGCACUACGGGAAGCUGCCAUCCUCUACAAACCCGCUGUCAGCACCAAGACCGUAAAAGGUGAAUUUGAACUCCAGACAGAAGAAAAGAAGGAAGAAAAACGACUCCGUAUGCCUUACGAAGUACCAGAGCCACGCAGGUAUAAACGCACCACCGUCGAGGAAGACCAACACAUUAAGCAGUUUGUGCCAAUGUCUGACAUGAAAUGGUACAAGAAACUACGUGACCAGUUUGAGAUGCCUGGGAAGAUGGAUAGAAUUUCACAGAAAAGGCCCAAACGUAUCCGCCUCUCAAGAUGGGAACAGUUCUACGUGAUGCCUCUUCCACGCAUUACAGACCAAUACAGACCUAAAUGGCGUAUACCCAAACUAUCCCAAGAUGAUCUUGAGAUAGUGAGACCAGCCCGCCGUCGGACACCAUCUCCUGAUUAUGACUAUUAUUAUCGACCCAGAAGGAGGUCUCUUGGUGACCUUUCAGAUGAGGAACUACUCCUUCCAAUUGAUGAUUACUUAGCCAUGAAAAGGACUGAAGAAGAAAGGCUGCGUCUUGAAGAAGAACUUGAACUUGGCUUCUCUGCUUCCCCACCAAGUCGGAGUCCUCCCCAGUUUGAGCUAUCUAGUCUACGUUAUUCUUCACCAACUGCUCAUGUCAAGGUAGAUGAAACAAGAAAAGAUUUCAGAUAUUCAACUUAUCACAUCCCGUCUAAAGUGGAAACUGGCACAAGUUACAUGGAAUUACGUGAACGCCAUGCCAGAGCUGCAUACAGACCUUCUAGGCAGCGGCAAAGAAUCAUGGCUGAGAAAGAGGAUGAGGAAUUGCUCCGUCCAGUUACGACAACCCAGCGGCUCUCAGAAUAUAAAAGUGAACUUGACCACAUGGCCAAGGAAGAAAAAUCUAGAAAGAAAAGCAGAAGAGAAAGAGAAAUAACUGAAAUAACAGAAAUUGAAGAAGAAAUUGAAAUUUCAAAACAUGCGCAAAGAGAGGCAUCUUCAUCUGUCUCUAGGCUACUAGGAAGACGACGAUCUCUUUCUCCAACUUAUAUCGAAUUAAUGAGGCCAGUAUCUGAAUUAAUCCGGCCACGUACACAACCAGCUGAAGAAUAUGAAACUGAAAGAAGAUCCCCAACACCAGAGAGGACUCGGCCACGUUCUCCCAGCCCAGUGUCAAGUGAAAGAUCACUCUCAAGAUUUGAGAGAACUGCUAGAUUUGACAUAUUUUCCAGGUAUGAGUCUAUGAAGGCUGCAUUAAAGACUCAGAAGACAUCAGAACGAAAGUAUGAAGUUCUGAGCCAACAGCCUUUCACUCUGGACCAUGCUCCUCGAAUCACACUGAGAAUGCGUUCACAUCGUGUACCAUGUGGGCAAAAUACCCGCUUCAUCUUAAAUGUUCAGUCUAAGCCAACUGCUGAAAUUAAAUGGUACCAUAAUGGUGUAGAACUCCAGGAGAGCAACAAGAUUCACUAUACCAAUACAAGUGGGGUUCUGACCUUGGAAAUUCUGGACUGCCAUAUUGAUGACAGUGGGACAUAUCGUGCUGUGUGCACUAAUUACAAAGGAGAAGCUUCUGACUAUGCAACAUUAGAUGUUACUGGAGGGGAUUAUACCACCUAUACUUCCCGACGCAAAGAUGAGGAAGUACCAAGAUCAGUUUUUCCUGAACUGACCAGAACAGAGGCAUAUGCUGUUUCAUCAUUUAAGAAGAAAUCUGAGAUGGAAGCUUCCUCAUCUGUUAGGGAAGUCAAAUCACAAAUGACAGAGACCAGGGAAACUCUCACAUCACAUGAACAUUAUGCUUUGGCUGAAAUGAAAGCCACCGCAUCUGAAGAAAGGUCAGUGGAGGAGAAAACUACACAUAGAAAGAUUAAGACAACUUUGGCAGCAAGGAUUCUAACCAAACCACGGUCCAUAACUGUACAUGAGGGUGAAUCUGUGAGAUUUUCUUGUGACACUGACGGUGAACCAGUACCAACAGUUACAUGGCUCCGUGCAGGUCAGGUAAUCAGUUCCUCUGGCCGUCACCACGUCACAACCACAAAGUACCAUUCUACCUUUGAGAUUUCUUUGGUCCAGGCUUCAGAUGAAGGCAGCUACACUGUGGUGGUAGAAAACACUGAAGGAAAACAGGAAGCACAAUUUACUCUGACUAUUCAAAAGGCCAGGGUCCCUGAAAAGACAGUUACAUCACCACCAAGAGUCAAGUCCCCCGAGCCUCAUGCAAAAUCUCCAGAAGCAGUGAAGUCACCCAAGAGAGUGAAAUCUCCAGAGCCAGUUACUUCUCACCCAAAAACCACAGCACCGACAGAAACCAAACCCACACCAAUUGAGAAAGUACAGCUAGCAGUCACUGCUCCUCCCAAGAUAGUUCAACCACUCAAAGUGGAAGCUUCUAAAGACAUUGCAAAGCUCACAUGUGCAGUUGAAAGCAGUGUUUUAAGUGCCAAAGAGGUAGCAUGGUACAAAGAUGGCAAGAAAUUAAAGGAAAAUGGCCAUUUCCAAUUUCAUUAUUCAGCAGAUGGCACUUAUGAACUCAAAAUCCAAAACCUCACUGAAGCUGAUCAAGGAGACUAUGUCUGUGAAAUUUCUGGUGAAGGUGGGGCUUCUAAGACUAGUUUCCAGUUUGGUGGCCAAGACUUUAAGAGUAUUCAUGACCAGCUGUCCAGAACUCUUGAGACCAAGACAUCAGUUGAAAAAACUGCUGAACUGACAGAGACCAAGAAAUCAAUCCAAAAAACUGCAGAGUCUACAGAGACCAAGAAAUCAGUUGAGAAAACUGCUGAGUUGACAGAAAUUAAGAAAUCGGCUCAGAAAUUGUCUGAGCCAACAGAAACCAAGAAAACUGAAAAGAAAGCUGCUGAACCAGUUCCUUCAAAGCCAGUAAUUGUUACUGGGCUGCAAGAUAUGGCCAUAUCUUCAAAUACUGUUGCCAAGUUUUCAAUUAAAGCCACAGGAGAGCCUUGGCCCUCUGUUACCUGGACUAAGGAUGGAAAGGCUCUUGUACAGGGAGGAAAAUACAAACUAUUUGAAGACAAAGGAGGAUUCUACUUAGAAAUACGUGAGACCAGUACUUCAGACAGUGGACUCUUUACGUGUACAAUAACAAAUUCAGCUGGAUCUGUUUCCUCUAGCUGCAAAUUAAUAAUAAAGGAUACUAAAGAUGAGGAAAAGAAAACUUCAAUACAAAAGACCUCAGAAAUGACUUCUCAGAAAAAAGCAGUUGCCCAAGAAGAAGUAGCCAAAAAGGCCAUGGUUUCUGAAGAAAUCCAAAAAUCAGAAACAAUAUCUCAUGAGAAGUCAUCCCUCAAGGAGGAAUUUUCAAAAGCACUCAUUUCUGAAGAUAUCAAGAAAUCAGCUGCAGUCUCGCUGGAAAAAUCAGUUGUCCAUGAGGAAAUUGUGAAAAAGACCCAGGCAUCAGAAGAAAUCAAAGGUCAUGCUGAAAUUAAAGCAUUUUCCACUCAGAUGAGCAUAUCUGAAGGUCAGAAAACCACUCUAAAAGCUAAUAUUGCUGAUGCCUCUGAAGUCAAGUGGGUAUUGAAUGGAGUGGAGCUUACUAACUCAGAAGAUUACAGAUAUGGGGUGUCUGGCAACGAUCACACCUUAACCAUCAAGAAAGCCAGCCACAGAGAUGAAGGAAUACUUACCUGUAUAGGUAAAACCAGCCAAGGGAUCAUCAAAUGCCAGUUUGAUAUGACACUGUGUCAAGAGCGCUUAGAUGCCCCUGCCUUCAUCACACAGCCCAAGUCGCAAAAUGUGAAUGAAGGACAAAAUGUCCUCUUUUCUUGUGAAAUCAGUGGAGAUCCAACACCUGAAAUCGAAUGGUUUAAAAACAACAUGCCAAUUUCUAUAUCUUCAAAUGUCAGAGUAAGCCGCUCCAAAAAUGCAUAUUCUCUUGAAAUUCGAAAUGCAGCAAUAACUGACAGUGGAAAAUACACAGUCAAAGCCAAAAAUUUCCAUGGACAAUGUUCUGCCACAGCAUCCUUAACAGUGCUCCCUCUAGUUGAAGAACCUCCAAAAGAGGUAGUAUUGAGGACAAGUGAUGAUACAAGCAUGCAAGGAAUUUUCUCUUCACAAUCAGUUCAAAUGUCUGCCUCUAAGCAAGAGGCAUCCUUCAGCAGUUUCAGCAGUAGCAGCACUAGCAGCAUGACUGAAAUGAAAUUUGCAAGCAUGUCUGCCCAAAGCAUGUCUUCCAUGAAAGAGUCUUUUGUAGAGAUGAGUUCCAGCAGUUCUAUGGGAAAAUCUAGUAUGACACAACUGGAAAGUUCAACUAGUAGAAUGCUUAAAGCAGGUAUAAGAGGAAGUCCACCUAAAAUCGAAGCUCUUCCAUCUGACAUCAGCAUUGAUGAGGGCAAGGUUUUAACACUAGCCUGUGCUUUUACGGGAGAACCCACUCCUGAAAUAACAUGGUCCUAUGGUGGAAGAAGAAUUCAAAAUCAGGAACAACAAGGCAGGUUCCAUAUUGAAACUACUGAGGACCUGACAACUCUGAUUAUCAUGGAUGUGCAAAAGAAGGAUGGUGGACUUUAUACCCUAAGAUUAGGGAAUGAAUUUGGAUCUGACUCUGCUACUGUGAAUAUAAAUAUUCGAUCAAUUUAGAGAGCCUAGGCUCUUCUAUUUACACCUGACUUUUUGCAAGUAAUUCACACAUGGACUAAGUAUAACUGCUUCACAUGGACUAAACUUUCUGAUCUGUAAAUAUAAAAAGUAUUUUUUUAUCGAUCUAAAUGAGACAAAGGCCAAAGCUAUAGAUGACUUGCUGUCAUUAUUAUUGACUUAAGAACGGUAUACAUUUCUAAUUGACAUGUACAUACUGUAUAUAGCCGAAGUAACGGUUAUCAAGUUUUGUACCAUUUAUUUAGUGACAUUUUACAAUGCAACUUAUGGAACUAACUGUUGGUAGGAGAAAGUUUCUCAUGAAACGAAUACCCUGCUCAACAUUUAACUAAUCUUUGUGCCUCAACAAAGUGUUGAUGUCUAAGAAUGCCUCAGUGGGUAGAGAGAUUCCCCACUGAAGAUGCCCUUAUACCUAAGAGAUAAUGCUGUUCAUGUAACCUAAUACAUGCAUAAAUAUUUACUGAAUCAGAAAUGUAAGGCAUUGGUGAUGUUUGCAAAUACCCUCCUGUAAACUUCAUCUGAAUGUCUCACAUUCCUUCUGAUUAUGUCACAUUCAGAAUUUUCAUUUGACUUACCUAUUGGUCAGAACAAAGUGUAAGCGGCCAACACUUUGUUCACCCCUCUGCACUGCUUCUAGCGUGAGGACUGCCUGGAUAGCUUGAAAAAGUAACAUCUCCUGGCCAUUCCCUCAUUUAAACAAGAUGUUCAGGUUUUCCAAUGCAGAAGCAGUGUCCACUCCUGGAGGUUCCUAGAGUGCAAUAAUUGUGUUCGUGUGGUAGUAUUAGAAUUAUCUUACAUCUAAAAUUUGGGCAACUAAGCAAUGAACCACAGCAAAGAAAACAAAAUACCAACACAGCAAGCUGUUGUUAAACCAAUAAGCAAUGCCCUCAACUUCAAUUUGAUAUAGUUCUUAUCAAUUAGAAAUAAAUGAUCGUUAAUUGUAAUUGAACCUCCUGGAGCUUUAAAGUAGCAUUGAAAUAAAAGCAUGUUAUCUGCACCUCA